GAGAGAGAGAGUGAGGGAGGGUGUUAGGCUGAAAGUGUGUGAGUAGAGAGACUGAGAGGAACAGAGAGAGAGAGAGAGAGAGAAAGAGAGAGAGAAUCAGCAGUGUGUGUGAGAGGUUGAAGGAUCACUUGUAUCCCGUCUUGUUUUUGGGAGACUAACCUUGUUCAUCUGAGCAUUGUGGGACUGUUUUAUGUUGUUGUUGUUGUCGAGAGAGACGGACCCUUACUCCAGCAUGCUCACUGAGCCUGAGCUACCUCAGGAGUGUAACAGGUACGUGACGCUUUCUUACACACACACUCAGAGACACACACAUGCUUCCCUACACACACACACACAUAAACACAGACACGCACACACUCGCGUAGAGAUGACAGAGGUACAGGACAGAGUGCCGGGUAAAGAGGAGUAGAAAGUAGAGAAGCAUGUGUGUGGAGAGGAGACUCACUCGGUCUGUGUGUGUGUGUGUGUCUGUGUGAAGCAUGUGAACUGUCUCAGUGAGUAGGCUGAGUUUGAAGCUGGAGUGUGUGUGUGUGUCCGUGUGUGUGUGAGUGUGUGUGUGACAGAGUCAGCGAUGGCAAAGGAGAGUUGAUGAUUGACUUGUAGGUUUUUGGGGAAGAUCUCAUAUGCAAAGCUGGAGCAGAGCAGACACUGAACAUGUGUUUGUGUGUUUGAGUGUGUGUUUGUGCGUUCAAGUGUGUGUCAGGAGUUGAAGAACUGAGUCCCUUUUCUGUCUCUGAAGUUGUGUUGAGGACCUUUUAAAACAAACUGUUGAGAUGCGUGUGUGUAGUCGAGUUUGUGCGUGUGUGUUAGAGAGGGGAAAAAAAGACAGAUGAGGUGUGUGUCCGUGCGCGUGUGUGUGUGUCAAAGUCCUCUCAUCUUGUCAUCUCCACUCAUCACCACUACUUCAUCAACUUCUGCUUUACUCUCUCGGUUAUUUUUACGCCUCCAACCUGAAGGUGCGAUCAACAAGUCCAACUCAAAAAAGUGAUUCACAGGCAGUCGUUUAAGAAAAAGCGCACAAAAACAACAAACCACUGAAUCUGAGUUUGUUUACACUCUGCCCUCCCGCUCAGCCUCCCUCUUCUUCUUCUUCUUUUUAAAAAAAAUUUAUUUAUUUGCGAUUUAUUUUCUCACUUAAUCCAAAUUCAAUACAUGCAAACCCGCCGUAAUCCUAUUGUCAAUCUGCAUGGUGCUCUGUUGUGUUGUUAUUUUUCCCCUGCCUUAUGCUAAUGUUAAUCUCACUGUGCUCCUCUGAUGUUUGUGCGGGGCCUUCGCUUCGUUUAGAGGUGCGAACCCUCUAACCUUGCCCUUUUCCGACACUGUCAACACAAGUGGCUUUCGCCGGUGGAAUAAUGGUUGUUUGAUGCUAAUGCUGUGAGAGACAGAUUACGGUAUAAUACCCGGCGUUUUAAUACUAACACACACACAUAUGCAAACACUCACACACACACACACACACACACACACACUCUGCUCUCCCUUCCCCUGCUUGACUUUUAUUGCAUUAAAGUGGCGCUCUGUUUUGCCCGAUGAAACUAAUCUUUUGUUCCGAGAUAAACCGGGUCGGUGGGGUUGCCGAGGGUGAGUAGGGGGGAUUUCAGGGGCCCCCUUUGAAUUAAGAACACAUUUAGAUGUGGCAAAAAAUGUGUUUUUAAUAAACCGUUCAAUCCGACAAAGUGGUUGAAGAGAGAGGAGGAAAAAAAAAAAGAUAACAACAGCUAGGAGGAAUUAAAAAUUUAAAGGAUUACAUGGAAAAGCAGAAUGUAUGGAGAUAAAUGCAGGGAUUACAAUGACUUAGGAGGAGAGCGCUUAAAACUCUUGCUUUCCAGUAAUGCACUCCAUCACUGGCCGUGUGUGUGGAUAUACAUGUGUGUGUGUUCAAAUAUGGAUGUAUGUGUGUGUGUGUGUGUGAAAGAGAGAGAGGGGUAUCCAUUCUGUGUGUGUGUGUGAGUGUGUGUGUAUGUGUGUGUAUUUGGUGUGUUUCCAGUGUGUGUGUUGAGCGGCAGUCUCUCGGCGAAGCUGAGUGUGUGUGAGUUGCCAGUGUGUGUGCGCUUCAGCCUCGGUGGUCGCGAUGCUCUCCGUUCCUGCGUCUCUGUAAGUGUCCGCUCGCCUCCUUUCACUCAUGCCUCUUCUUCUUCUUCUUCUUCUUCUUCAUGUCCUCAUCAAACUUCCUCUUCUUCUCCUUCUUCUUCUUCUUUUAGUUUUCUGACGCUUCUUUCCACUUUCCCCCUUCCUCUUCUUUUCCUCGUCUUCAUCCUGUAAUCGUAUUGAUAAAAUUCACUUUGAGCCAUUUGUGGUGGAUGAAAAGUCAAUAAUAAAAGAGUUUGCUGGAGUUUGUAGAAGAAGGUUCGUCUGAUUUGAUGACAGGGAGAAAUAAUAACAGAAAUCUAAGUUUUCUGUUUGCUGUUGAAUCUGUUUUUUAUUUCUUUACAAAGAGGCUUUUAAACAUAUUUUGUAAUUCUCAUUUCAUCUAGGCCAACAAAAAGUCUUGUGAUAUGGUUUUUGUCUUCUUUUCUUAAGCUUUUAAAAAUUUACUUCAUGCCUUGCCAAAGCGAGAUUAUUCUUUGAUUUAUCUUAUUUUAUUAUCCAAUUGUUUUUUUUUAUAUCUAAUAUGCUUUUUGUGAUUCAGAGCGUUUUUUUGCUCGUCUGAGCGCUCGGCUUUGUAUCAAAAUUUCCAGUCGAAGCUGAAAAUAGUGGAAACAGACUGCCUUCGCUAACACGGCCUCAUCUGUUCGCACAAACAGAACAGAAAUAUACACAGAGGGAGAAAACGGAGAAAGCCAAAGCAACCAAAACACUUAUGAGAAGAGAGAGAAAAAGAGACAUUUCAAGUGACUGGAUAUAGACGUGGAGGGAGAGAAAUAAUGUGGUCAAACUGACACAUUCCUCGCUGAUGGACAAGAGACGGAGUGAAAGAAGUAGAAGAAGAAGAAGAAGCCGGGUCACAGAAAAGUGAGAGUGCAAGAGAAGAAGGGGGGAGGCAGCAGGGGUGAUUUUAGGGGGUUGAAUUGGUAAAGAGGAGGAGGAGGAGGGGGGGAGGAGAGGAAGGCAGUGGUGGAUUUUCACACCCCUCCAUUUGUCCCCUCACUUUAUUGGGGUGUUUGUGUGUGUGUGUGUGCGUUUGAAGCGGGGGAGACAGUCAGCGGUGGAUGUGUCAACACUUUGAGCGGUUUAAGCAGGACGCACUCAGAUACAAUCUGACAUUAGCGGCGUCGCACUCAGACACCAGGACCGCAGCAGCAGCAGCAGCAGCAGCAGCCCGGAGGAUUUAACUUUAAUAAAUUGAAAAGAACUUAAAUUAAAAAAAAAUCAUCACUGGAUUCAUUUUAUUUCCAUAAAUCAGCACGUCUAAUACUGUUUAUUUUAAAUACCACAAUGAGUUACUUCAAUUUAUAUCACAGGAGAAAACAUUUACUGAACUUUGAUGAUUUGUCUGUUUUAAUUUCAUCAAAAUUAAUCAGUGAAACUUUCAACGGAGGAUGUGUCAUCACUCAUUAAACGACUCGUGAUUGACAUUAAGAGAGGUGCACAAACGCAUCAGUAUGAAUCACUUAAAUAUUACUAUAAAAGAGAAAAGACCACUCAGCUGAUUCCGUCGACUGGACCUCAGAUGUCAAACUUUUUAUUCUGUUUAUUUAUUUAUUGUUUUUCAGUCGUCUUAAACCGUUUUUAGUAAUUAGCACAGUUUGCAUUUUGGGCAGGCGUGUAAAAAAAAAAGAUCACAUUUUUGUGCCUGGCGAUAAAAACUUGCUCUCAAUUUAAGUGAGCAGUGCUUCUUCCAGUGUGUCUCUGUACUUCAUUUAAAAGGGUGAGAUUAAAGUGGUGUGUGUGUGUGUGUGUUUGAGGAACGACAGAAUGUGUGUGUCUGUGAAGAAGAGAGAGAGAGAGAGAGAGAAAGAGUGGAGUAAUUGAGUAGAGCGUCCGUGCUCUGCAAACUAAUGCGCUGUUCUGCCCUCUCUUCCCCUGUGGCCCUGUCCCGGCCUCUCCCCGACAACUCUCUCUCUCUCUCUCUCUCUCUCUCUCUCUCUCUCUCUCUCUCUCUCUCUCUCUCUCUCUCUCUCUCUCUCUCUCUCUCUCUCUCUCUCUCGCCCACCAUCACCAGCCUGGACUGGGGGCCAUUCAUUGUCUGGGCCAUAUUGUCUGUCCCCAGAGAGCCUUGAUAACCGUGUCUCCAUCCACUGUGCGAGAGGAGGGGAGGGGGGCAAAAAAGAGAGAGAGAGAGAGAGAGAGAGAGUAAAAGAAAGAACGACAGACAGAAAAAUACCAGAAGAGAAUGAAUAAGCCCCCCCACUCAACCCAACCCACCCCCUUAAACCUCCUCUCAACUUCCUCCCCUCUCUCAACACCCCCCUCCACCUCCCUCACCCCUCUGACUCUCUCGCACUACGACCUCCCACUCAGGUGCAGUCAGCUGGCGCUCUCCAUUGGCCGACAGAUGAAAGAAAGAGAGGGGAGGGGGGGCAUGAAUUAAGCUUCAUUUAGUUAAAGAGGAGCGUGGAGGAGAGAGGGAUGGAGUGACUGAAAAAAAAAAGAAGAAGUGUGUAAAACUCAGACUGAGAUGUCCCUCUUGGCUAACCGGGGUCCAGUCAGUCGAGUCAUAUGACAUGAGGUCACAGGGAAGGGGUCAGGGGCCAGUUGGAGGUAUGGCAUUGUCAACAUAGCAGGAGAGUGUGUGAGUGUGAGUGUGUGUGUGUGUGUGUGUGUGUGUGUGUUCAGGCAUCCCUCUUUCUUUCUCUUCUUCUUCUUCUUCUUCCUCAACUUUUUUUUCAUCAUCUAUCAAUCCAGGCAGCUUGUCUUACACUAAUCCUACUUUGUUACCUUCACACACACACACACACAUAUAUACACACACACACUGUUUGCCAUCCCUCCAUUCUACAAUAGGAGACAGUGUUAGAGGCUUAGAGCUCCCUCCCAGAGCGCCACAAUGAAACCUCUGUCCCUCCAGGUAGUGAGGAAGGGAAAGAGAGAGAGAGAGAGAGAGAGAGGAGGAGGAGGAGGUCGAGAGCGGAAGGAGGAGGUCAGAGGAAAAAGGUGGAGACCAUUUGGGCUGAGAGGUGGGAGAGUUUCAAAGUGCGGGGCGAAAAAGGGAGAGCCCAGCUGGGGGUGUGUGUGUUGUCAUUUAUGUGAGAAAAUGAGCCCGCAAUUGUGUCGGUGUGUAGGUGUGUGUGUUACUGUGAGAGUGUGUGUGUGUGUCUGGUUUACAGGGGCAGGCCAAGUCGCUGACAGUGAGACAAAUGUUGUGACUCCUUUAUGGAUUGCUUAACAAAUGCAGCACAAAUAGCGGCCCUGGCACAACAAUGGAAAAACACUGUCCCUCGCUCAAUAAACAUUAUGCAGCGUCUCCCCCUUCGGAAAACACCAGGGGAGCGGGGCCGCCGUCCACCGGAUGCACUUUUCCUCAAGCUGUCUGCCCCCCCCUCCACCUCCACCCCCCCAACUCUCUCUCUCUCUCUUCCUUCUUUUUUUCUACAGAGACGCAAUUUUCCCACGAGUUGUCUUUGCUUUAAAUUAACGAGGAGACACCUUCAAGUCAGACACAUAGACAGAUAGAUGGAGCGCAGAGACUCUCCUCCCUUAUCUCUCCCCUCACUCCUCUUUCCUCUCCUGCCCUUUUAUUCUCCCUCCAUCCUUUCCCUUUCCCUUUCCUCAAAUGUCACUUGCGAUCACGUAGUCUGGUGACUCAGUGUAAAGACAUAAAUAAGAUUUAAAGACGGCGGAGGGGGAAAAAAAAGCCGAAAACAUGACGAGGAAAGUAUGUGGAGCGAUGCCUGGCUGGUGACUAAAGGUUUGGACGGAUGAAUGGACAAGAGAGGAAGACAGACAGGGGGGGAAAAAGAGAGAGAGAGAGAGAGAGAGAGAGAGAGAGAGAGAGGUGGUCCCAGAGGCCACAUGAGUUAGUCUACGUCUUCUGCACCCCGCCCCCUUUUUUCGCUCAUGCACAGACUCAUACACACUACUUGUGGACUUGUCUCUCCAGCAUGUGUGUGUGAGUGUGUGUGAUCAACGGCAGUGACAUGAGUGUGUGUGUUAUUGCCUUUUGUGGUUAAGCUGGACAGGAAACACGGUUUGGGCUGUCGGCCGCCGAUUUAGGGCACCUCACAGAGGACGCUUUGUGUGUGUAAGGCUGAGUGUGUGUCUGCGCCUUUGUGAGGGUGUGACUGUGUGUGCAUAUGAGUGCGUGUGUGUAUGUGUGUGUGCAUAUACAGGCAGGAGCUGUGUUCACAUUUUGUCUACCUCAGUGGAGAAAGUUAUCCAGCAGGAAUAUUGUUUUUUGUUUAAUUUAAGUGACUGAUUCGAUUCAAACUUUCUGUCGUUUUUCGAAGCACCGCUGCUAUAAAAUAUCCUCCGUUCUCCAGGUCCUCUCUCUACUAAUCUUUAUCCCUCCAUCUCAGCCUUUUCCUCUCAGUGGCUGCCCCAGUCUUCCCACUGUUCAAAAGGACAGCCUAUAAAUAGAUAUUAGGCAAUAUCCUUAAGAGUCUGCAUGGAGAAGAAAGGAGAGAAGGAGGGAGAGAGGGGAGGGAGAGAGAGAGGGGAGGGAUGGAGCGACAUUCUUACAAACAGCUGAUUGUGUAAAGAGGGAACAGUAAGUAAAACAACACCAGGCGGGAGAGAGAGAGAGAGAAGCAGAGAGAGAGAGAGAGAGAGAGAGGAGGACGACAGAUGAUGUUAAAAUAAGUUCAAGAGUGUGUGACAGAGAGAUAGAGACAGAAAGAAGAAGAAGAAGAAGAAAUCAUUUUUGAAAGCUCAGACAAGGAAAAGGAAAUGCAGCGGGAGAGCGAGAGAAGGGGAAAAAAAGCGACGGCAAUAAAGCCAGUGAUAGCGCGACACAGGGGGAAACAUUUGUUUAAAUUCCCGCCUGAGGUGUCAUACGGAUGUAAAUGUUGCGGUCGGCUCCUCGGAGGCAAAACGCCCUGGGCGCCUUAUCUAAAAGGCACAUUCCGCUCAACUAUUUUGAUAUGCCCUUCCAUUCCCUCUGAGAACCAUUUCAAAGAUCGCUCGCAUUUCCACGCAAAUAGACCCCGCACCUGAGUGACAGGCAGACACUUCUCAGCAGUCACAAGGUGGCGGGGAAAAAAAAGAAAAAGAGAAAAAAAACACAACAACACAACAACACAAAUGUCACUUUGACUCCUGACAGCACUUUGGAAUUAGCCGGCGUGCUUAUUUUAACUGUUAGACGAUGGAUGUGACUGAGUGUGCAGCCCUGUUUGUGUAGUGGUUGAAAUAAUGGCUUGUAAUUUAAAGAGCGUGCACACACACACUCAUACACAGACACACACACACACAGAAGCAUGCCUGCACACACACACUUUACUGUUGAAUUCUCCAGAGGAGGCUCCCACGCUCCCUGAAAGCUUGUUCUGAGUAGAGGAGUUAACAAGAGCAGUUAGCACCAUGAUAAUGUUAGCAGCCAGACACACUGAGCGAGAAAGUCAGGCUUGUGUGUGUGUGUGUAUAAAUGUGUGUGUGUGUAUAAAUGUGUGUGAUAGCCUGUGACAUUUCUGCAAUGGCUGCUUUAUCUUCCUCUCCUCUGGAUGAAUCUGCAACAUAUCGCUGUCCCCAUUUUGCUCAAUUCAUUUAAUGUGUGUUUAUAAAUGUGUGUGUUUGUGUGUGUGUCAGUCUCCGAUGUGUGAUGAGCCCCACUUGCGUGAUUUUAAUCCCCCCCGCCUGUAUUUAAACACGCUCGCGUGUGCGUAAACUUGCCGCGGCUGACGUGCCAACAUGAAAUGGACAAGUCGAUUACAGUAAGCGAAGGCCAGGAGACGGUUAACCACCAAUGAUGGCGAUUAUUCGGCCCCGUUAAUGGACGCACGUCGCUGUCCGAUUAGUGACUAAGCAGCAGUGGACAUAUGUGAUAUGAGAGGGACUUAGCUGAGGAGCCGCUAAUCAUCAAAAAGCCAAGGGGAAGUGGCGCUCUAAUCUCAGCUUAGCGCUCUCACCGUGUACACACUUAUAUGUCUGUGUGUGUGUGUGUCUGUGUGUGUUAGGUUCUAGGAAAGGAAAUGAGAGUUUGAGGGUAGAAGAAGAAGAGACAAACAGCAGAUUGAAGUUUUUUAUUUCUUAAAAAAUCACAGUAAUAUUGUUGCUCUGGUGUUAUGUCAUUUGAAAGCCUGUUAUCAUGCUGCUCUGUGGAAAAGCCUAGCAGCGUGUGUGCGUACACAUUAAGUGUGUUAAAGGCUGUGUUUUGGUGCGGGGUGUUUGAUUUUUUUGGUAUUGUUGGAAGGAGCGAAAUUAUGCAAAUAUUCUCUAAUUAUGACCUGGACGGCGCUGCCAAUUUGUCGACUUAAUAAAACCUCAUCUUUUUUUAAUCCUCUCAUUGCUUUGGCGCUUUCAGGCGGCUUCCUCCAGGUCUCCUUCAGGUCUCCGUCAGCGUGACAGCCCUGCCAAACUUUAAAUGAAGUAGCCGGCGCAACCUGCACACCCGCAGUGCCCAAUUGUAUAGUAAUUCAACUUCAAAGACAAACGGGAGGGAGAAGGGGGGAUUUUAUAACCAGAGAGGAGCUGCGAACGGCCUCCCCAUUCAUAGACAACCACCGCUGAGGAAGUAGUAGCAGAGUUAGGAGGGAGGAAGGAGGGGGAGGAGGAGUGUGAAGGUAGAGGAGGAGGAAGGGGGGGCUUCAAGUAUGAUGAAAUGUUUGUCACCUCCUUUUACAAGAGUCAAGUGCGCUCUGCUCCAGCUGACUUUUGGGAUAACAGUGUUGUUUUCUCUGUUAAUGUGUAACCGCUCUGGUCUGCCCGUCUGAAUCUGUCCGUGUGGCUGCUGUGAUGAAACGACGGUCAAUAAAGUUUAAGAAACAAACUCGGACAGAAAAAGAAACACACAAACACGCACACAGGAUGUUUCGGACAUAAUGAUGUUAGAGGACUCAAAGCUGACCUCAGGUCUGUGAGCUGGGUUAGAGCUGGGCAGAGGUGUGUGUGUGUCUGUGUGUGUCUGUGUGUGUCUGUGUGAGUGAAACAAAAGGCCUCAGUGUGAGAAAGUGAAAGGAGGUAAAAUAAACAGGCAGUGAUGAAGACAGACCUGCUGUGUUAGGGCCUCUGUUCCAUGUAUGCACACAUAUGUGUCUGUGUGUGUCUGUGUGCGCUUGUCUCAAAGGCCUGUAGUUUGUACAGCUGGGCAUGCCCAUUGCAUUCAACAACACAAACACAGACUCACACAGACACACAUAGUUUCCUCCUCAGUCAUCUCAUCUUAAGUGCCAUAAACUUUAUCUCAAGUAAUUUUGAUAUGGCUCGGAUUUAUUGAUAGCAGAGUGUACUUUUGUCUCGUACUCCUUUGUCAUCAGAAUAAAUACAAAGUCUUGACUCCUCAGUUAUGGCCCCAGCUUUUUCUGCUGAGCAAGCCCGCAAAGAUAGAGCGUCCAAAGAGAGAGAUAAAGGAAUCAGCUGGAGAUAUUCCGACUCUGUUGUGGCAUCUGUCUUCUGUACACAUCGUCCUGCGUGAAAACACUGACUCGAACUUGCUCAGCAACAUUGCUUCAGAUAAAAGGAGGGACAUCUACCCGCUUACAAGUCAGUGAGAUCGACUCAUGGAUGAAACCGCGCUCAUUGUGCUUUUACCUUAACCUUUACCUCGAUGUGAUAACACCACACGUUGUGUCUCUCAGCAUGGCGUUUCCCUCGGCCCUCAAGAUUGUUUGCCUUCCCUCUGUCAUAAGGUAAAUAAGCAGUGAAUUAGCGGCGGGUCUGUUCCUCGGAACAAUGCCAGAUGUACAGUCCAGAGGAAAUCCAAUAGAGUCAGGAGUGUAAUCAGUUUACCGGAGACAAGCAGCGAGAGAGAGGGGAAGAAUUUAGGAGGGAAAGGCCAGAGAGGAAGAGGAGCAAAUCAGAGGCAGACGAGGAGGAAGAAGAAGAAGAAGAGGCUCUGAUGUUGAGAAGUUCAAGGCUGAAGAAGAAGAAGAAAAAAGAAAUAAGGAAUUGGAGACUUUCAGAGACAGACGCCUGUUGCUUUUUUCUCACCCUGUACCAUCACACGCAGCCCCUCCCUCCCUCCCAGUCUUCACAAGUCCCUCUGUCCCUCUAUCCACGCCUCCACCCCUGUCAUGUGUUGCCUCUGUGCAACUAAACGUUUGCAGCCUAUUACCCGGGGUCAUAGUCGCACUGGCUUCAAGGCUGACAAGUGCAUCUGAAAGCACUCAGGCGAUGCUGAGAACCACAUUAAAUUCUAUUAUUGCUGCAUAGUCACUGCAUCCCUAUUCAGCUGAAGUACACGGAGGCAAAUUUACCUUGCGAGAGACAGAGUUCACCUAAUAGAUGUGGCUUUAUAUCCUUUCCUUCUUUUCAAGGGAACAAAGCCACGGUAACAAAUGCAAACAGCGGGGCCCUCAUGUUGCCAGCUAUUUUCCUCCUGUGCCUCUAUUGUCCAGAGGUUUUCAUAAACACAUAUUAUUGCCACGGUGUAUACUGCUCUCACUCUCUAUCUCUCUCUCUCUUUUUUUUUUUUUUUUUUCACUCUUUCCCACUCUGUAUCUCUCAGUGAAAGCCUAUUGUCAAGACAUGGUCAUUUCCUUCACAAUGCCAGUGCAAGCGGGCUCCAUUUGCGGUAAUGGCCCCGUCUUUUGGAAAAUGUGAAUGUUGAAUGGCCCCCGUGGUAAACAUACUGUAAGUCCUGAGAGUGUGUUUGAAGGUCUGCCAAGGAGCUGGGUGCUCACAAACCCACUGAAGGGAUAUUGUGUGGCAUUGAGACUGAAUGAACGAAUCCAGAGACGCGAGAAGAAAGGAAAUUGGUGCGGGUUGAUGAGCUAAAUAGUGAUUUUUGAAUACCUGUGGGGAGGACCUGCAUGCAGGUGUUUUUUUUUUCUUACAGUAACGACACAAUUAGGUACAGUCAAUCUACCAGUCGGAUCAGACUUUCCAGGAGUUUAUAGAAACUACCUCUGACAGCAGGGGAGCUCUAUAAUUCUGUCGUCUCCAGUCGUCUCAACUUAUUAUAUCAUCUUUUUGAGUAUCGCUCACUCUUCCUCUUGUUUUUCCUUCUCCUCUGUCUUUCUAUCUCCUCUUCUUCUUUCUUUUCUUUUUUUUUUUUUUUUUUCCAGGAUGUAUUCCAAGCGACCAGCCUCUCCAUAUGGGGGGACAGAUGGAGAGGUAACCAUGGCAACCAGCAGACAGCGAGUGGAGGAUGAGGAGAGCGAGGGACUGGGCGGUGUCAUCCACCUCCCUCUGGCCUCCUACUGUGGCAAGGUGUCCCCUCGCUCACCCCCCAACCGCAACUUGGACAGCCCCCCCAACAUGGUAAGGAGCGCUGCUGCUGCUGCUUUGUUUUUGAAUCCGGACUUUGAUCGCUGUUUCCCAGGGUGGCGGCGCCCACCUGUGGGUGUCCAACUGAGGGUCAAACUAAGAGAGAUGAGUCUCACUGGCAGGAGAAUUUGCAUAGAAGUCUUUAAAUGUUUAUAAAACGUCAUAAUCCUUAAACCAGGGUGUAAAGUUUCUCAUAUCCAAGGCUGCUACCGCUCUUGUGUGUUUUUAGAAGCUCAAGGUUGGAAGUCACCCCAGAUGAGAUUAUGUUUCUAAUAAUCCUGACCUUUAGCUCCACUCAGGGUUAGGUGGCACUGAAGGCAAACGCGGUUUCACAACUUUGACUGUACAUGAAAACCAUCGGAAUUUGGCUCUGUUCAGUCUGAAAUGAACUUUAUUGACAUGUUGUUUCAGUAAAUAAUUCAAUUUGUGUGGAUGAGAAAUGUCCGAAAAGGCAGAAAUUUAGUCGCUUUGAUAAAUUUACAAAUAGAGCGCAUUUAUAAACCAGAAUAAAUGCUUUUACAGUACAGAUUUCUAACUCCCCUUUGACUUUGGCAUGUUGUUUACUUCUCUAAUGGCAGCUAAGAGUCACCUUUUAAACCUGACAACCAAACAAGAAAAAAAAAAACGCACAAAUGUCUACAAAGUGGAAACAAAAAAUAUAUGUAUAUUUCUUUAGUUGCCAACAAAAGACCUGAAAAGAGUGAUCUCUCUUAAGAGGCUGAAAUUGACUUUUCUCUGUGAGUGAAAAGCAGUUUGGUGCUGGAAGCUGGAUUUUUUUUUUUUUUUUUCAAAAAUGGAGGAAAAAAAAAAGAAGAAGGAGGUUCAAGGCUACUGUUUGGGUGCACACGUGUUUUUGCUUUUAUGUGCGCGCCACCAGCCGUUGCCUUCAGCCCAUUUGAUGCACAGUUGCGUGACUGCAAAAUGUGAGCCAUCGCAGUGAGUCAUUUUCUUCGGGAGGAAGUGUGACAUUGUGUGGUGGUGCUGGAUGUAUGGCUCUUUAUCUCUAUGUGUGUGUGUUUGCAGCUCCUGUGAUUCACGUUAAACGCUCGCCGAGGCUCCAGAGUAUUCGGACUCUAUAUAAACUUCUGUCAGUCGACAUACGUGUGUGUGUGUUUGAGUACGCCGCUCUGUGUGCAUUGCGCGAGGAAUCUGUUUUCCUGCGUGUGACUCAUCCCACAUUCUUUACAUUCGGUGUGAUUUACAAUGAACGCCGGGUACAUAUGUGCGAUUUACUCGUCUGUGUAAGGCAUUCGAAGUCACUGUUACACAUUUUUAAAACGCAACCACCCGUAACGAGAAAUGUGGUGUUUACAUUGUUAAAGAGAAACUUAUGUAAGUGUGUGAAACAGUGUGUUUCACUUUGAGUGGGUGUGGCCUGGGCCCUCACCCUGAUUGAUACACGCCUUGUCCCGGUGGCGCUCUGAUAAAGAUCGUCGACCUUUCCCCCCAUACUGACAAUAAAUUCUUGCACGCUGUAAAACAAUGAAACAGCGCUUAGGAGCUGUAAUGGAAAGCUAAUUCUGUAAUUAGCCCGCUGAUUAGCCUGCAGGCCCCUCCCGCCGUGGACUCGUGUGCGGCAGGUGCUGACUGUAAACCAAAGUCCUGGGACAUGCAUGCACACACACACACACACACACACUCAGGGUGAGCUUUUCUCUCAUUAGGAGGGAAGAAAAUGUGAAUUUAUGACGAUAUAUCUUUUAGAUGUGCACCAUCCAAAAUGCAAAUAAAUAAAGAUGAAUUUGCCUUUUUCUGUCCUCUGAGGCGACAUGUUAAAAAUGACACAAAUGUCCACUGAAUGUCAUCAGAAGUGAGACAUCUUGAUGUGUGUUUGAGGAGUUGUGCUCUUCAAACAGGAGGAGGAGGUGGGGGUAUGAUGCGCUGCAUAAAGGCUGAUGGAGCUUAUUGAGGGUGUUUAGGUGGGGGCUUUUCUUGCUGCAUGCUCAGCAUGUUGUUAGAUGUCUCUCUUUUUUUUUGAGGAGGGGGUUUACAGCAUCAAUCUCUGGGCAGCUGACUGUCAGUGAGGAGUUGAUGAAGAGAAUUAGAGAGAAGUGGAGAGUGGGAGAGGGAGAUUUACAGCAUGGUGGGAGUGUUAUGGAGUGUUACAGAGUGAGGUGGGGGUCUGUGUCUCUCAGGGCAAUUGUUGUAAAGUGAUGGGGGAAGUAAAAGGCUCAUCGUCGACUGGUUGACUUAGAAGUGAGGCAGCAGGGGGAGAGUGAGUGGAGAGAAGGAGGGAGGGGGGAAGAGGAGAAGGAGGAGGAGGAGGAGAAGGGGGGGGUGAGAUUACAGCUUUAUCUUGUCAUAGUAAAUUAACACGGCAGCGGAGAAGCGCCCGGCUGCACACUGACCUCUUCAUCCCGCCCGCCUCGCCUGCCUGCUCGGCUUUGGCCCGAGCUGCUUUACCUGCCUGCUGCAGCUGUAUACACACACACACACACACACACACACACACUGAACAAGGCUGAAAGGCGUCCCAUUAUUCACCGGUUUAUAAAUGUAGUUUCUCUUGCUUUAAGAAUGGAGCUCUUCAUAAUAGUCUGCUAAUUUAGGCUCUGACUCUGACGCUCGAUUCUGAUUGGCUCGGCGCAGUUGGCCUCAAAUGCAUGAUGGGACUCAGUCAGCUGAACCAAUCAACGCCGACUCCUGACAUGAUGCAAGAAAAACCCACAAAACUCUGAUUGAAACUUUGUUUUCCCGAGUAAACAACAACAUUUAUGUCCUUCUUAAUACGGCGCGGCUUUAAAUCAGCAGUUUUUAAUACCUCUCUUUCUUGCUUGUUUUCUUUUAGGCCCUUUUAUGUUUCUGUUUUGCAAAUCCUUGCAGGAAAAAAAAAAUGUUUUCACAUCAGGCAGAGGCAAGCAUCUUUUCUCAUAAAUGUGUUAAUGGACAAACACUAAUUAUUUCAUUAACAGGCGAGAUGCACACAAACACGAUAGAAAACUAUAAAGAUAUUUCAUCAGGCAUUAUUUCUUAUUCAUUUCCCUCCACAGGCCCUCUCUUUCCCUCUUUUUGUGUUAUUUGAAUGUGUGAUUAUGUUUGUGUGUGCGCGCGUGUGCUGGUGCGUGUGCGUUCAUGUGAAUUUGACAGAUUUAACACAGUCAUUGAGCAGUCUUGAGACACACUGGUCACACUUAAUUUCUCAUGCCAGUGAUGCACUAAUGAAUCAACACACGCUUGCCUGUCAACAGCGAAGGGGUCGUGGUAAAAUAUACUGGCAUUCAUUUUAGCCAAACUGCUAUUUAAAAUACGGAAAAUACAGCUGUGUGUGUCGAGAUAAGGAGAGGGCAAGUGUGUAAUUCUCAGACAAUAAGUUUAAAUAUACAAUCUGAAUGAGGACGUAUACGUUUGUGAAGUAAUUCAAUGGCAUAUUUUUUUUGCUUUCUUUUAAAUGACCGCUGAUUUAAUGCCACUUUUUUUUUUAUUUCGCACUCUGGUUGUCGAUUGGACGGAUGGAAAAGGGCUCAACUGUAUUAUUGGUACAGAGGAGAGAAGUAAUAUGUGUGUGUUUGUGUCUCUUUCCCUGCUUGUCCCAGCCUGAGGGACCUCGAAGUCAAAACUGACAGUGUCUGUGUUUAGCCAUGGCAUGUAAAAGGAUUUGCAGCGUAUGUGUGUGUGUAUGUGUGUGUGUGUGUGUGUGUGAGUUUGGCAGUGUGUCGGAGGUGUGUUAAGUCUAUGUCGUGGAGAUUGGCAGCUCUGGCGGAAAGCUAAGUCUUCCCCCCCCUGCAGGAGUGAUCAGUGACAUUCUCUCAGUGUGUGUGUUUAUGUGUGUGUGUGUUUAUGUGUGUGUGUGUGUAUUUUCGUUGAGCAGCUGUUUCCAGUUCUUCCCACUACCACAUUGUCCAUGCCUUGAUCCACAACGACGCGCCAAGCAUCAAAUAUUGUUUUUCACACAUACACCUUGCACAGCCCGAGACAUGUCAGGCUAUGGCAGAGAGAGAAAGAGAGAGAGAGAGAGAGAGAGAGAGAAGGAGAGAGAGAGAGAGAGAGAGUUUCCUCUGUCGGGCAACAGAGAAGGAGGAAGGGAAGAAGACGAAGAAAUCAAAAAAAGAACAUGAACAGCAGCAUCUGUGCUGGCUGUAGGGAAAAAAAUAGCAUUUUCUGGCAAGAGUUACGUGUUUUUAAACCAACCUCCCCUCACAGAUGAGCUUAAGAAGACAAAAGUUGUUUAAUUCGGUUCCAUUGCAGAGGCAGUAAAAGGAUAAAGAGAGUAAGGCGCAAUUUUUACUUUGUUCCAGUCAUUUUGGAAGAGAAUUGACAUCUGCAAACUAAAGGCAGAACCGCCCACACUGCCAGCCUGCCACAUCCAGUGCAUAUAAAUACAUAUAUGCAGGCAGGCGCUCGCACAUUAACACACACACCUACAGGCUAUGUGCACUCACAGUGUCACACAUAUACGCAAACGGAAAAAAAAAAAAAAGCUCACACACAUGCACCGAGAGGAGGGCAUGAACGUUUACAGUAUCCAGAAAUUUGUUUGUACUUUUGAAUAAAUGCAUGUUGAUGAGAAAAGUUUCGCAGUUUUGAGUGACGAGGGUUUUUUUUACAAUCGAGGUCCGUCUCCUCGUCUUGUCUUUUUGAUCUCCCUCGUCUUGGACUUUGCGAACGCAGAGUAUAAAAAUGUCAGCAGGGCACGUGGAUUAUGUUGCUGCAAGGUUGAUGAGAAGAAGAAGAAAAAAAAAUCAUAAGCCAUUUAAGUUGCCUGUGGGAUCAGGCUGCCAGUCUGACUUCACACAUAAAUAAUGUCAUGGGCCCUAAUUUACCAGGUCUUUGAAGAAGCCGCGGCUCCCCGCUAAUUCCCUUUGAUUGGGAAAUGACCUUCAUUGUUGGACGCAGCGAGAUGACAUCUCCCUGGCAGAUUUUUCGACAGAGCGAAGAGAUCCGACAACCCCUCACCCCGAGUUUCACCAACCUCCCCCUCCCCUCCCCCUCCCCCCCUGCUCUCCCUCCAUCUCCCUCUCGUUUUCUUGUUCUGUUUGUUUUGUUUGCGCGACAUCUUUCUCGAAAGAAAGAGUGCGGCUGUUUUAAGUAGGCGCUGGAUUAGAUAAAUGGGAUGUGACAGGUGUGACCGCUGCCUUCAAGAUGCCUGCCUUCCUCUCUCCCUCUCUUUUUCCGCGUAUCCCUCCAUCAACUCUCUCCCUUUCUCUCAUUUCCUCUAAUAACAUUGCCUUUCUCUCUUUCCCUCUGUCUCUCUCUCUCUUUUGCCUUUCACUCCCUCUUUCUUUCAUUCUCUGACUUCUACCCACUUACACUCCUUCUCUCCUUCCCUCUGUCUCACCGCAUUUGCACGUCACGCCGGCGCUGAUGCAACUCGUAAUCACAAAGCCGCCUCAUUUGAAGUCUGAAUUUCCCUAAUCUGAAGAAUGGGGUGAAGAAAGAAGUAAAAGCAACAAAGAAAGGCAGGAACAGGUUGAGCCGUCACUCGGUCAGGUGGUGAGAGGAGAAGAAGUAAAGUCUUUCAGCGCUGCGAAUCACAAGACACUUUCCCAGCGCAGCACAGCACAGCCCUCAGCCAGCGUGUUAACAGCAGCUGAUUGAAGCCUCAUCACCCCAUCCUCCAAAUGCAGCUCUUACAAGCAUAUCAUAGCUGUCACACUCUGUCCCCCUGUUACAAUGCAUGUGCAAGAGCUCUGUGGAGAGAAUUAGUGAAUUAUUGAGCGUGCUGACUUAUUCAGAGUGUGGGAGCAGACAGAGUCGAAGAGAGAAAGAAAGAGAGAGAGAGAGAGUCAGUGAAGUGUAGAAAACGCCAAGUGAUAAUGGUCUGCUGUACCUCUCAUACACCGUUUGGAUACAGACAAUAAAAGCACGGCUGAUACUCAGAGUGUCUGAGACGCCGAGAUUUGAAACUUUGAUUUAAUUUUUUAGAAAGAGAGGAGAGUGUGUGGCCUCAACUUCUCAGCGCCCAACCUUCUUACUCUAACUCUCAAAGUAGUUCUUGGCUUUAGGGAUGGGUGAUAAAUUCUCAUUCACGAUAUAUCGUCAGAAGAUUCCUCCAUGAUAAAUAUUUGCCACCUCGUGAUAAAUACGAUAAAUGCAAGUUGAAUAGAGCAGAAUAUCAAACAAACAAACAUGGCCGAAGGUAAUGAAGAAGACGUUUCUGAGCACCGCAUGAGGGAUUUCCUUCAAGACUGGGGCUUAUAUGAGCGCAAUCAAGUAUGCCUGACAUUAGACCGUGGAUAAGAUAAGAUAAGAGUUUCCUUUAAUAGUUCCACUGGGGGAAAUUCCUUACAGCAGCAUAGUACAGACACAAAAAGAGAAAUUAAAGGAAAUAUAUUUACAUGAGUCAUGUUUACAUGAGUACAGGAUCUGCUGCUGUUCACUCUGUCCAAUAAGAGUUUUGAACAAAUGUUGAAAACUUUCACCAUAACCUCCCACUCAAACUUGUGGUUCAGUAUCUUAUUCGACUAUUCCAGCUGGUGUUCUCAAGACAAAAUGAGUCAAAAAUAUUGAUUGGAAUUAUAAUAUUUUAUGUUGUUAUCACCAGAAUGGCAAAUCUUAUCAUGAUGAAUCUUCUAGCCUAUACGUAGCUCAUCCCUCCUUGGGUUAUGUGAUCGACAGAAAUAAAAUCCGGCGUCAUCUUCAGUCCAGAUGACUCCACGGUGAACUGUGCUCUCGGUAUUAAGUUCCACUUCCACCAGCAGCCUGUGAGUUAAUCAUUAUAAAACAAUCUCCGCUGUAAUACGCUGUAAUGUCAUUAAAACAGUUGGAACGUACCAACGCGUCUCUCCCUGUGUCACUAUCUGUGUGUGUGUGUGUGUGUGUCUUUCCCACACACACAUGAAUACUUACAGUACAUGCAUGUAGGCGAACAGGAACCUGUGUGUGCAUGUGUGCCACUGUCCCAGGUGGCAUGCUCCAUAUUGUAGUGAGAUUAGCCAAAGAUUAACCCUGUGGACCAUUGACCCUCCUGUCUACAAAGAGCUGAGCUGGCCGGCUUAUUGACUGACUGACUCACUUGUUUGUGUAAUUAAAGAGAAUAACACACACCUUAACACACCUGGUCAUGUGUGUGUGUCUAUGUGUGUGUGUGUGGGCGCUGUACAGGCCUGUGUAUCUCUCAGUGUCUUUAAAGCAUGUACACAAACUAAGCGCGAUAACGGGAUAUUAUUGUGUGUGCUCUAUUUUGUAGCUGACGGCAUCCUCCUUCUCAGUGUCACUGUUAAUUGGGCUCAGCCGGCAUUUAGUCUAUCAUGUGGGUUAGCCAAACAAACACAGGUUUUAUUGGGUCAAAGAUUAAGACGCUGGGAGUUACUUACCGAUCAGCUGCUGUCAGGAGCUUUUCUCACUGUUUAUUCAUCCAACGUUAUAUCAGACGCAUCAGUUUAAAGACCCACUCCGAUGAAAAUCAUGUUUUUCUCGUUGUCUACAUGUUCAAGGAAGGAAAUAUCGUGAGAAAAAUAAGAGUAUUACUGCAUUUAAACCGCUGUGAAUCUCUCACAGACCCAAACAGCAGGUUCAGAGACAGUAGUGUUGCCAGAUGGAACAUAUAGAGACUCAAAAUUAUUGUAUUUUUUAUCGUACACACGUCAUAAUCAAAAUAACAAUCUUACUGUUGCAUCAAAGUCAUAUUUAGUCACGUUGUUUAGUGUCCUACAGGCACCCACGAUUUUAUGGCUACAGUUUUGUGGUCAUUCACUGCCCCGCUUCAAAUCAGCAGCGUAUGAUCAGGCUUCUCUACUGAGCACACUCGUUGUUCAGAGAGAAACCUCACUCAAACUACAAUUGGAUGCAAACAUCACAUGGUAAAAGAUCCCACUGAGCAAUAAACAGCCAAUAGACUUCUAGGUUUAUUAGACCUAAUUUCAACUGUCUAGAUUUUGUAUAUUUUAGACAGAAUUUAGUCGUCGCACUUUAACCCAUUAUUCAAUAGCUAUUUAUUUCAAAAAGCAACUGUGAGUAGCAUAACUGAUCUCCAAGUUCUUUACCAAAAUAAAUAUGAUAGCCGUUGAGCAAUAUACAGUGUAGUAUAGAUAUAGCCCAGAUUUAGACUUGGUCUAAACUUUUAUGUCUAAAAAACUUUCAUUUUAGACCAGUCGUCUAUGCUAUAUUGAGACGUCUAUUAGACCUGUUUUAGACCAAAAAAAUGCUCAGUUAGAUGCCUUUAGGGUUCGGAAAUAAUAAACUGGAACGUUAAGGUCAGGCGGACUGAGACAGCCCCAUUGCACCAAACAUUCACAAAACUGUCAAAUUAUCGCACAUUUAGACUUUUCUUCUGGGUUAUUCAUAUAUUGUACAGAGGGAAAACUUAUCGUACAAAUACGAUAAGUAUCGUACACCUGGCAACCCUGAUAAACAGUGAGAUUACCUAUGUAGCAAAUUCAAGCUCCUCCCCCAGAGCCCACUUUGAAGGCCACACUCGGAGAAACAGGGAAGACGAUUGCCGAACUCACAGAUUGCAACACUCAUAAGAAAGCUAACGAUAAUAUUAACUUUCAUCAUGUCCCCAAAGACAUAAGUGUCCAAGAGCGGAGUAGCUCCUAUGUUACCUGUUUCUUCUCCUACAUCGGCAAUGUUAGGCUACAAGCUAGUGCUAGCGCUGUCUCUGCCUACGACUCAGAGGCGAAUUGCUAAUGAGCUACAAGAGCUCUGUAGAAGGAAAGUCCUUAAAAAUGAAACAGAUAACAUGAUUUAGACUAAAAAAUUCAUAAUCAUAACUUAAAGACUGCUGAUAACAAUUUAAGUCAUAAAGAGAAAAUGAUCGGAGUUGGACUUUAAAGAUAACUCUGCCCCUUCAGCAGAUGGAUGUUUAAAGUGCACAAUGACGGUCAAACAUAUGGCGUAUAAGUGAAAAAUCAGGGGAAAUGACUCUAGUGGAGUGGACCUAAAACACUCUGAAAACUCGAUCCUGCUUUCAAAGAGUUGACUUUUCAAAACUAGGGGUUCAGAAAUCUGUUUUUUUUCCCUCCAAACGUAUGAGAGGAUUACGAUUUCCAAAGUCAUUGAACUUCACAUGUAAAAGACUGUGUAAACUUUAGUCACAAGACAGCAGGAGAAUUAUUCAUCAUGACAGCUUGGCAAAAGGCGCGCUGCUUUACUGUGAGCUGUAUAUUUUAUAUUUUGUCGCUGUCAUGCCGAUUGUUGUUUUGUCAGUCCUUUUAAGAGUUUAUGGAAAUGACUUGACACCGCUCCAAAGCUUUGUUUUUUGAAAGGAGAUCUAUUUUUUGUGAUUUUUGUUCCUGUUUGACGGAGUUGCAUCCUCAGCAUUAAUUGUCACGAAUCUUUGGACAAAAGUAGCGCAGUGCUGGAACUUGGGAUUUAGUACAGUAGCGUUGGACGCCCCUCAAAGCCGAGCCGUGGAAGGCUUUGUAAUGAAGAGUUAGCGUGACUCUGAGAGUGUGCGGAGUCUUUUGCUGUCGUUUCAUGUGCUCGUUCUGUCAAGUACCUCCAAGUUAGUCAAAUGCAGAUUCCAGGGGAUGUUAUAAAGAAAGAAGAAGAAGUAUGCCCCAACUUGAGAUAACUGGCCAGGGAUGACAGUUGGUUGUAGUAUCGAGCGACGAGAAGGGGCGAUGGAGAGAAUAAAGAAAGUAUGAGACAGAGAGAAGGAUGGAGAUAAUGAGUGGGUCCAUGCCAGCUCCUUCCCGCCUCAUCCUCCUUUUUUUUCUCUCCCGGUUCCUUUAAUCAUGUCUUAACUUUAAGGUAAUUUUUGAAGCUAAUUAUGACUCUCCUCCUUUCCGUCUUUUCCCUCCAGGAGCAGGACUGCACUAAGGGGAGCUCUCUGAGCCCGUACCCCCAGCACAACGCUACCUCACCUGGCAAAGAGGACGGCGGAGGAGGAGGAGGAGGAGGGCGGCCCUGCAGCGACGGGGGCUCGGCCACGGGUACCCUCGGGACCCCGGAGAGGCGCAAGGGCAGCCUGGCAGACGUGGUGGACACACUGAAACAACGCAAGAUGGAGGAGCUGAUCAAGAACGAGCCGGAAGGUCAGUGAUGAAAGCGGGCGCUUGUCCGGCCAGAUGUGUGAUCUGUAACUCCCCACCAACUCCCUGGCUCUGCGCCGCUCUUUCAUCACACUCUGUUGUCCUUUCUUUCUUCUCCUUUCGUUCUGUGUUGUUUCCUCUCUCUCUCUCUCUCUCUCUCUCUCUCUCUCUCUCUCUCUCUCUCUCUCUCUUCCUCCCUCUGUUAUGAACCCGUACACACUCAGAUGAGAGGCGAGCCUUUGUUUUUCCAGAACACAGACAGACAGCAUCAGCUGUUUGGGCCUAUUGUCCUCCAUUAUUUGCAUAUUUAUCACAACCUGACAAAUAAGAUGCGUGUGCGUGCGUGCGCUCGUUUGUGUGUGUGUGCGUGCGUGUGUGGUAUUCUCUAGAGUGUGAAAAGCCAGCAAAUGUACUUGGAUGUCUUAACAGCUCCCAACAAAUGUUCCUGUAUAAAUAUCAAGGAGGCGACAUUCAUGACGAGGUUUUCGCUCGACGAUCAGAGGACGUUAAAACGCCUCUCUGGAUACCUUUGCUACCAUUCCUGUGAUUAUCUCUCCUCCUCCCCUUUUAGAUAAAGAUUUCGCUCACUAUUGGGAAGACAGGACCGUGUUUUUGCCCGGGGCUACACUUAGCUCACUUAGCCUGCACAUUUUCAUACUCAAGUGUAGCCUUGGGGGUAACAGUUGGAGUCAAGAGAUAAAAUUAACCCAUGGCCAACUCCAUUUUUUCCACCGCGCAGAUAAAUAGAGGCUUAAGUCGCUAUGAAACGCAUGUGAUAGUGAUAAUGUGAUAAAGAGAUUACCAACAGGUGGGCCCCGAUCUGAUAUCUGACGGCGGGAAUAUAAAUAACAUUAAUUGACAGAGAUAUCUUUUGUGCGCUUCGCAGGGAGGUCAGUGUCAGAUCAGUUACACAGCCGACACCUGAGGCUCAUUGAGUUGCUGAAGGGCACGUCAGCAAAGGAGAUAAAGGCUUUAGCAGGUCUGAAACGCUGGAGUCCGACCAAGACGGAAGCAUGUUAAAAAACACCCUGAGCUGUUACUAAAGACGCCCCGUUACUCUUACAUCACACGUGAUUAACGCUUAUCCCGAGUCCACGGAGAUCUGUCUGAAUCCACUUUGAUAUGACGGCGUUUAGAUUUCAUCUCCUGAAGGGUAUCAUGGAAAAAUACUUAAAGGUUUCUUUUCAAACAUUCGUGCAUGCACCACGCGGUCUUAAGCGACCGAAAAGGUGAAGGAAAGAGUGCAGCGGUGCAGUGUGUAUUCGCCGGUUUAAGUGUAGGUGUUCUUGUGUGCAUGUGUGUCUCCGCUCUGACAGUACAUCAACAGGCUUUCAUUUCAAGCGGCGCUGUGCUAACCUUAUUUUCAGGCUUUUCUGUUAGGUUUUCAAAGCGGCCAGGACUGCUGGUCAGCUCUCGCCGUCUGGUUGUUUUUGUUCCAGUCAAUAAAGAGGCCUGUUGUGGCACAUUUUACAAAAAAAAAAAAAGAGAGAGAGAGAGAAAAAGAGAGAAAAAGCUGGACUGUUUGUCGAGCUGAGCUGUAAUUGAGGUGUGUUUUGGGUUGUUCGCUGCUUCACUAGACCUCAUGAACUGGCUGCACAGGGAAAAAAACAACAUUAAUGGAUCUUUAUGAGUCAGCCAGCGCAAUGGAGAGAGAGAGAGAGAGAGAGGGAGAAAGAGAAGGAAUAAUAGCGAGAGAGAGAGAGAGAGGGAGAGAGAAGGACAGCAGGAGCGAGAGAGAAGGAGGAAGAGUGAAGGGGAGAAGGAGCAGUGUCUUUACAGACCCCAUUAGCCGAGUGCCACAGUGUGCGGCAUCCAAACCAACCCGGAGCAUUAUCUGCCCUACGUUUAAAAGAAACACGCUGACAAAAGGCCCCAGUGCCUCCAGACCCAUCACACACACACACUCGCACAGACACACACAAACCCAGGCCAAGCAUGAGAGAAAGGAAGAAAAGAAAAAAGACUAGGGAAGAAAAGGGAUGCUGAGAAAAGAUGAAGAGGGGCAGAGGCAAAUGGAGGAGGAGGAGGGGGGAGAGAGGAACAAGAGGGGCGGUAUUGAACGCAAGAUAGAAAUCCCCUCUCUGUGCCCGACUAGCUAUUGUUUGGCUGUGUGGCUCACAAAGGCCAUUAGCAGCAAACAGCAGGUUGGGAUGAAAAUUUAAUGAAGGCUUUAAUCAUUAUGAAAGGCCUGGAAUAUUACUGCUCUCACACACACACACAGACACACACACACCGCUGCAAGCUGGAUCAAUGACACACACACACACGCAUACGCACACAUACAUACAUUCAAAGUACAGAAAACACUGAGACCCGGAGCGACACGAGACACGAAAUGGGUCAGAAAAGUGAUAAACAUCUACAAAAAAAUUAAAAGAAGGAGAGCCCUGAGCUGGACAUCACACACACAAACAUAGAAACGCACACAAACACACACACAAACACACACACACAGUGGAGCAUAAGUUUGAAAGAUAUAGUCCUGUGUCUGCGGCUAGUGUUGCUCUACUUAGGCUAGAUGAAUGGAGAGUGGUAGUUAGUAGGUCAGAGAGAGUGUGUGUACGUGUGUGUAACAUGUAUGUGUGUGAAACCUUUGGGAGCAUGUACACUUGUGGAUGUGUAUUUGCAUAUGUAUUUGUGUGUGUGAGCGUCGUGUCGCAUUUGCCUGUAAGCAUGCGAGAAGGAAGUGUGUGUUGCGGCCCCUAAUAAAUGACUCGCACUGAUGUCCCCCAUGGCCUGGCCCGACCAUGCUCCACCGCUCCUCUGCUCUCUUCAUUCAUCUCCUGUCUCACUCUUCUGGCCACCUGCUACCCUGGAGAUACACACUCACUCUUACACACACACACACACACCUGUAUACGCAGACACACACACACACUAAAAGCCAACACUUAUAUUCAAUUCUUCAGGAAGAGCAAAGAUAAGAAAUGCCAGGACACAGUCAGCCUUGUGUGUGUGUGUAUUUGUGUGUUUAUGUGUAUCUUGGUCUUGAGGCGAGGGGUUGCCGGGCAAGGCGGCUCCCGUGCUGGAGUGUGUGCGCGUGUCAUUACGCGGAGUAAUGAGAGCGGGGUGUGUACAGUGUUGCAGGAGACGCGGGGUCGAGAGGAGAGACGGUGGUAAAACCCAGGAGAGAUGUCCGCUCAAGUGCGCGCACCUUGGCAGCUCCCAUGGACCUGCCAUUUAACCCUUUGCGACCCCUGCGCCUCAGAGCAGGGCCUCCUGAUAAUCUAUUAACCCCUCUGAGGGACAAGAGACGCGCACUGCUAGAAAGAAAGACAGGAAGAUGGACAGAUAGAUAGAAUAAACUGCAUUAUGAGGAAACCAAGAGGAGAAACAUCACUAAAUGGGGCACAGAUGUUCCUCUUGGCCCCUGGAGUGGUGCCUCCACUGCCCUGGACUUUCACCAGACACUCAGCAUCUUCCCUCUCUCUCUCCUUUCCUUUCACUGUAGAAGCUGCGACUGUAAGUGGCUCACAUUAAGCAGCAGCUGAGCUGGCCACGUCUGUAGACCCUCUGCUGCUCAGCUCCGGCUCUCCGUCACUGGAGCUCCACGGCCCUUGGGACUUUGUCUCUCUCAUUUUUUUUUUAAAUUUAGCAUAACCAUGUUGUAGACUAGAAAAAUACAAGACUUGUUGGCUCGUAAUCGCCAUAUUCAAGGCUAGCAGGUACUAAAUGGUACCAGAAAGAGCUCUAAGUUUAACACUACAUUUACACGUGUCUGACUAUUUUCAAAAAUUGACAUUUAACCCUCUCUGUUUACAAAAAAAUAUUACGUUUUCAGAAAAGUUUUCGUUUACACUAACCCGUGUAUAUAUGCCAUGUGGGUAGCAGUGUAGCGAGAAUCUCAAGCCCAUGUUAGCCAAUCAGAAUCCCGCAUCGCAACAACAAUCUGCCGUCGGCUACCCAAAGCUCCGUUUUUCUCUGUUAACAUGCAAACAUGCAAACUGAGUUUUUAAAAAUCAUCAUUUUCAGGGACGAAUUCUCCAUUUGCGUCAAAACGAAGCGUGCAAACGAUGGUUAAUUUUUAAAAAUAACCGGGCACGCAUAAACGGGGCCUAAGAGUGCCACUUUUGUCCUGGAUUUUGCAUCACGUUCAUAAAUAAUCUUGGUUUUAUAGUCAGCAGCUGACAGCGCGGUUAUCUUUUCAUCAAUGCAUUACUUUAUGCACUAAAAUACGGUCGUAAAUUUUAAUUUAAUUUGAAUCUGAUUUUUCUUUUUCAUUUAGAAAAGCCUCACAAGUUGAAUCCCCUCUUGUUUUCAACAUUGUCUCUCUCAAUUAAAAAGCGAUAUCCCUGUUGUUACAUCGAGCCCUCGCCCCGCUCUCAGGUCUGACCCUGACCUUCAUACUUCAUGGCCUUGAUCUGGACACGCGUGUAGGGCAACAGCAGACACACUCUUGGGCAUCCAUACACACAUACACACACUCAAGCUCGGUGUGCAGGUUUACAGCUGUGCCGGCAACCUUGAGGUCAAGCAGAAUGGUGUUUUUAUGGCUGAGCGUACUUGCUGCUCCAAGGCACUGGUUUCCAUACUGAAAAUGCCAACUCAAUGACAGAUGUCACACACACACACACAUGCUCACACACACAUGCUCACACACAUGCACGCACAGCACUUCAUCUAUUUUCAAGGCAGGGAGGGAAUCCAGGGCUUGCUUUUAGAGAGCACUGAGGCAUUUUAUAGGACAGCACUUAGGCAAGGCCAUUGUGCCACACAAGCACACAGUGGCCGGAGCUCCCUCACGCCUCCGUACACUCCAAUGGGUGACAAUGGGAAGGGCGGAUACACUCUGCCAAGAAGGAGGAAAAAGAGAAAGAAAAGGGGAGAGAGAAAAAAAAGGAGCCGGAGAAGUGGAGAGAUGGAGGCAGUUUCUCGUUCAUCCGUCCGUCAGUCAAUCCACCCCCUCCUUCACUUUGCUUAAUCCUUCCACUGCUCUGCUAUCUGGGGGGUUAUGCCAAACAAACACACUCUCACACACACACACACACACACACACACACACACACACACACACACACACACACACACACACUUUAAACAUCAACAGCGGCAUAAACAACUGAUGCAAGUCAUCACAUGGACCUGUGACUGGAAGGCAGAUCCCAAAGGAAAAAUGUGGAUCGUGACACACAAACACACACACAUCUAUCCAUACAUACAGCAGCAGUGUGGGAGUGGGUGAUGGGUUAAAGGAGAGAGAGAUUUUUGAUCUUAUGUUGUUUUUUAGAGGGCAGGAGGAUGAUCUUAAAAGGUCUUUACAGCUCUGAAUUCUCUAAAUCUCACCUUAACCUCUUCCUUUGGAGCUGAGAGACAGUGAGGAAAAAAAAAGGCAUCAAAUUACGGAAAUAAAAGUCCCUUUGAGCGGAAAAAGAGCCUUCAAACCAUAUCUAAGAAAACCAGCACUCUUAUUAGCGUUAUUUCCAGUUUUUCUGAACGUCAUUGUGUCAGAUAACUUCGACGCGUUUGUAGUUGACGGGGAAGAAAUCAUCGCGGACAUGGUUCACAAUUCAAAUCGAGUCAAUUCUCUUUUCUUUCCUUUUGUGGCAUGAGAAACAGGCAACGUUUUGGGGCGAACCUGAGGCCUAUUGUGGGGCCGGUCCAUUGUUGGCUCGAUGAAAGGCGCAUUCAAGUCACUUUUCUUAUUGAAUUGUUUUGCGUCUGCUUUUCAACGUGGCUUUCUCCCUUCAGCCUCGCACGAGACAAUCAGUGGGGAUGAAACUCCUUUUCUGCCAUUCUUCCCCGUCCAGAUAAGCGAUAUUAAUGAGAUGAAUAGUGUGUGUUUGUGUGUGUGUGUGUGUGUGUCAGAGUUUGUGUUUUGGAGGGGGAAAGCAGUCCCUCAGCUUUUGUCCGACACAUGAGCAUAAAGAGACUUAAAGAGGAGAGAGGGUCCUGUGGAUUUCCUGAUGGUGUGUGUGUGUGUCUGUGUGUGUCUGUGUCUGUGCGUGUUAUUGGCCUCCUAGUGUGGCAUUAAGUUAAGGACAAAGGCCUGAGGUUCAUGAAUCAGCCAGAGCUUCUCACAAUCUGAUUGUCCAGGAGUACAGUGUGUGUGUGUUUGUGUGUGUAAACAGGAGAGUGGAACAGGUAGAAAGAACAUAUAUUAUGUAGGGCUGAGCGAUAUGACCUCAAAUCAAUAUCACGAUAUAUUGAGCAGUUCACCUCGAUAACGAUAAAUGGACGAUAACUACUCCACGAGCUGCUCAUCCCCUCAUGACGGACUUUUCAGACCGCAACUUCAAAAUGGCGAAGUCGAAUCUCCCAACUCAGUUGAAAUAAUUAAAGCCAUGAUUAAAGGUCCUUAAACACAGGGAACGACGCAAAUGCGAAAUUAUGAAAUAUUCGGAGGCGAAUUUCGACGCGCCUGACUAUACACAUCAAGCGCGAUGCGAUUUUGUGACUUUCCGGGGGGGAAAAGAUGCGAGAAGACUGACACAACAGCAGACUGACUGUUUUUCCGUUCUGAUUAGACACCAGUGUUGAGAUGACUCUCCACAAGUUGUCCUUCAGGUCGUUAUCAAGGCUGACUGUGUCCUGUUGUAAUAUUUGUGUUUUUUAUCAAAAAGCACUGUGUCCCCCGAAACGUUAACGAUCAGUCGGUCGGCCGUGUUGGAUAUACCGGUGAAUCUCACAACAACACGAAAUCUGAUUGGUCAGAAAUGGACACACAGUAUGUGAAACUUUAGAAAAUUUGACCCUGAUACGAAAAAAUAAAUGCCGCAGUGUCGCAGGACGGAAAAACAUCGUUGAUGUGAACGCUUGUACUGACAGGAUACGAGUUUGAAAAAAAUAUUGACGUCCGAAAUAAUCGCACGAAAAAAACGCUCCCGGUGUGUAAGGACCUUAAUUUAAGGUGUAGCCAAAAAAGUGACUUUAAUACAUAAUUAAGUAGCUAAGAGUCAUAUUUAAAAUAGACUCGUCAAAUUAAAAGCAGGAGACACUGAGGUAUCUGUAUCUUGACAUGGGCAAAAUGGUGUUGGUUAUUGUUGCAAAUUUCCGUAUCGGUAAAUUUUCAGUUUAUCGCCCAGCCCUACAUGAGAUUUUCUUCAUAUUAGGAACAAAUUUGUGCAUUUCCUGUGUGUCAUACACUCUGAGUCAGAUUGUCCAACUUCACCAACUCUCAAAUGUUCGACCGGCCCCAGUCCUCUUUGGCAUCCACCCGCUCGCUUCCAUUCAGCAGCAUAUCCCAUGACCAAAUCAGUGGAAUCCAUGAUUUAUCUAUUCAGCUUUCUCAUAAACUCUCUCUUCAUUUGCACACCCUGUUGUUGUUUUCUCUCUUCUCUGUGAUUUUUCUUUCUUGGUCUUUCCUUUUUCCCCCCCCCUCUAUUCCCAUGGAGAGACAGCGGAAUGUUUUUAUGCUGCAAAAUGUCUGCAAGAUGAAUGAGUUUUGUGUACAAGUGCAGUGAAUUUCAUUCAGUCCUCAAUUACAUUAUCAAAAGCCUUGGAAAUGUAGCUGAAAGAUCUUAAAAACUUUUCAUUGAGGCACUUAAGCAACAAAAACACUCACUGCUUUCUGCUUGAAGUUCAACCGGUUCUCAAAAGGGUCUCAUGAGUGCACCCGAAAAACAUUUCUAAAUUGUAAGAAUCACCAUCAAAGUUAGCAGAUAAAGUUCAACAUUCUUCCCUUAAGUAGUUUUCUCACACACCAGCAGAUACUUUUGUGAGUAGGUGGUUGUUGCAUUUGGGGAAUGAAAUGCUUGAUUUUACAUUUUGACAUUGCGCCACAGAGAGGUCUAAAAGCUAUCACUUUGCUGCGCGCUCUCCAGACUCUUCACACACUGGCAUGCAAGGAAGAGAGCGUGUGUGUUCAGAGAGGUGUUUUUAGUUAACUUUAAAUAAAGGGUGAAGUUAAAAUGCGAUGCAGUAAUAGUCUAACUCUUUUAUAGGCUGUCAUCUUAAAAAUGUUGAGAUGUGACCCUCUGCGGGAACGCGCGCGAUCUCGCAGGGAUGUGCGUACCGCGUGUACCCAUUUGCUUUGUGACCUUAUUAACUGUAGGUGCAAAUCCUUACUGUGUUGGCACCUUCAAUGCAGCAUGUAAGCUCACUGUAGGCUAUAAUGUGCUUUAUAUAGACUUUAAGUAAGCCUUAUGUUCGAGCUUAUUAGCUGUGACUGCCUUGUGAGAGAUCUAGCGUUUGCAUUUAUGAUACACAUCGCAUCUACAUAUAUUGUCUCUAUAUAAUGGGUGUAUUGGCAUGUCUACAUGUGCCUUUAAUUCCACAUAAUGCAUGUAAAAAUGAAUGAUCCUACACCCCACUCUCCUCUGUGUAUAAUCCAUGUAGGGUUGCGCACAAAGUAGCAUGAUCUGCUUAGCGCAAUUUGACAUCUCAGCUCCAACAAGGAUGUAGAGAGCGUCAGAGUAGUGUGCAGUUUGAGUCCGCCCAUGACGGCAGCGUCCGGCGUGCGGUUUAGGCCCUGACAUGGAUGUAAAAAGGGGCUUUAACAGCCCGAGUGGAGGCGUGAGAUCGGUGUGUAUCACCGUGUAGCUCCUGUUAGAUCGGCCGCACACAUGGCGCUGUGAACACACAUGCACGUCGUGACGCACACACCAGCUUGUGUGUGGCCUGAAAGCAACAAUGCACGAGGGGUACAGCAAAUGGACACAUGCCAACAAUUAACGUAAUAACCGCCCUCUCUCUCUCUGUUUCCGCUCGCUCCUACAUGACAGAUAUCAAGGUGGUGCGCAUACUGUUGUGUAGCUUUAGCACUUUAGUCAUUCGGAGAGCAACAAGUCCGUCCGAGAGUUACUCAGUCUUUCAAUAUGUCAGCCAGUCAGCUCGCGAGGAAGCGAGUCCUGCAGUGCAUCAGUCAGCCUGCCAAGAAGUCAGCCAUUCACUUACUCCGUCCAUUGAGUCCAUCACAGAGCCAGUCACUCAGUCAGCCAGUCCAUCAGCCAGCCACACAGUCAGUCUUUGAAGCCACGGGGUCUAUAUUAAUUAACCCCUGGCUUACUGGGCAGAGGGCGGGUCCCGCAGAUGAAGUGGUAGUGUCUGUGCUGUCAGCCUCAGGGGUCGUGACCCUCAGCCCUCAGCGCGGCCCGGCCUUAUUUGAGCCAGAUGUUGGGAGACAAGCAUCCCCAGCAGUCCCUCUCCCGCCUCCCCCCGCCCCCUUCGCUCCUGCUGCAUUCUUCUCCCUGACUGCCGCCACCGCCGCCGCAGCUCGUCGUCCAGCAGAGCAGGCCGCCAUCACCAGCCACUCAUGUCGGAGCUGGGAUGCUCCUCUGGAUUUCUCCGUCUUCUUUCCCUGCGCCCCCGUCUCCCCUUCUCUCCAGCUGUCCUUCUCUCCCUCUCCCCAUGGGAUCCCUCCAUCCAUCCAUUCACCUCUCUCUCUCUUUCCUCUCGCUGUAUUUUCACCCCUCCCUCCUUGUUUGGCCCACUGCCCCUUUCCGCUUCGCUCAGGGGAAAGAGUGCCGUGUGUGUUGUCUGGCAGCGUGCCUGCUCUCAUCGUUUUCCCCCCUUCCCCUUCCUUUUUAUCCCGCUCCCUCCUUCCCUCUUUCCUCCUUCUCAUCCCUUCCUUUUCCACCCUUCCUCUAUCCUUGAUUUCUAUUCCUCAUUUCUGCCACCUUACCUCUAUCCUUCUCCUCCUGCCCCUCUUUGUCCCUGUCACUCUCUCCACCUGCUUCUAAUCACUCCCCCUCCAUCUCUUUCACUGCCUGCCUCCAUUCAUACUUCGCCCCCUCCUCCCCUCCCUUUCUCCCCCCUCCUCCCCCCGUCUCUUCCUCGGCUGGGCUCAGGAGCAGUGAACAGGUGUUGUCUCCUUUUGAUUUGGGUGCGUUCGGAUUAAUGCUGUCAGCUCAGCUGUUAAAACAACUGCCACCGCCAGAUGCCAGUCAGUUUGGGGCUGGAGCUGUCACCUACACACACACACACACACACACACACACAAACAUCCAAACAUACACACACUCAGAUGCAAGUGCGCACUCACAGGGUGACGCGCACACUCACACACACACACAUACAGGGUCUCUUGGCUCAUUGUAAUACCGACAAAGCAAAUCAGCUGCUAUACGCCAGUCUUGUCUGUAACCCAGGUGUGUGUUUCUGUAGCCUUUCCAAACAUCACAGUCAGUGGUUAUAAGAGGGACAUUAUGACACGAUACUACAGCGAUUAUUAAAACAUAUUCAUGCGCGCGGCGUAGACUCACAAAGACGGUUUAGUCCAUCUUUUUUAAAAAACAGCCGUAUGAAAGGAAACGUCUGUUUUCUGCUCGAAAACAAAGAUGACAAGACUUUAAGAGUUGUAGAGAUGUUUUUCAAUAGCUUGCAUAAGUAGAAAGUAUUUAAUUAAUGGGCACUUAGCCUAUUUUACAUUUAAAGGUCAUUUCACUCGUCAUGGAGAAUACUACUCAGCCUGUGAAAACACUAUAAUGGAUUCUCUGGCUCAGGAGGAGCUUUAUUAAGUCAAAAAAAAAAAAAAACGAUGAUGGAAAAUAGGAGCAUAAAAUUAAAUAAACAAAAAAGGUUGUAAUAAAAAAUGCUCUUAAGUCGUAUUAAAGAUACAGAUACCUCAGUGUCUACUGCUUUUAAUUUGACAAGUUUAUUUUAAAUAUGACUCUUAGCUACUUGAAGAUGUAUUAAAGUCACUUUUUUUUGGCCGCACCUUGACUUAAUCAUAGCUUAAGUUCUUUCAACUGAGUUGGGUGACUCGACUUCACUGUUUUGAAGUUGCGAUAUGAAAAGUACGUCAUGAUGUUUCUCUGCAGAGGAAAUAAAAGGAACAGGGUGUCAGAUAAGGUACAAAUCCUCUAUCAUUGACUUCACCAUGGUGCUUUUCUUAAAGGUACAGAAUAGGGCUGGGUUAUAAACCAAAAAUUUACCGAUACUGAAAUUUACAACAAUAACCGACGUCAUUUUGUCCACGUCAAUAUAUUCGAUGUCAAAUAAAAUAAAUAACUAAAAGUUGGUUUUGGAUGUGUGUAGGUAGGCUAUGGUCUUAUGUCCCUUUAAGACCAUAGCUCCACCCCAUCCAGUCCAUAACAAAGAGGGAAAAUCAGGUGAGGAGAUGGAGGACGGUUCAAAAGUUGUAGCGGCUCAAGUAGACGACGUUAAUGUGGGAGGGGGUGAGCAGCUUGUGGAGUAGUUAUCGUCUAUUUAUCGUUAUCGAGGUGAACUGCUCAAUAUAUCAUGAUUGAUUUGAGGCCGUAUCGCCCAGCCCUAGUGCAGAAUGAAACAGACUGAAGGCUUCAUGUUGAACGUGGACACUUAAGGUUAAAAAGACCAAUUUAAUUACACCUUACAACCCGUUUCUUACAGUUAAACUAAAACUUAAUUUCAACACUUUGUAGGUCGUCUUAUUUUGUUUUUACAUCGAUGAAUUCGUUUCUGUAUCCACACGGUGAAACUCCAAUAAAGUUGUUUAAACAACAUUGGUCUGUAACCGUGUUUACUGUUGGAGAAAGUCUCCAUUCCUAAGGCAACGCAUGAUCCCUGCCCCCCCUCCCUUCACUCUUUCCCUCUGUACCCUCUCCUCCCUGCACACGCUCACUUGUUCCUUUCUUUUCUCCAAAAUAUCCGUCCUGUUCUGCCCGUAGUCAGAACAAACAUACGCGUCCGCACACCUGUCAGAACUUUAUUUUUCCCUCUUUUGCUGAAUUCAAAGUGUUAACCAUAAAUCUGAGCCACACGUUAUCUGUGUACACACAAUCUUUUUUCUUUUUUUUUUUUUUUGCACAGACGUCUUUCCCACACUCGCGGCCCUUUUUCCGCCUUACGGUUGCUUAAAUUUAGAAUCCUUGUCGGUAAAUUUGUGAAUAAAUGAUGAGUAACUAUGAAUAUCAAUGAUCGGUGGCAUGCAAGUGGUGUGUAACAGCGCUAUUUAGAGCCUGCGUGCAUGUGGGUGGAGUUUGCAAGCUUCAUUUAUGCGUUUGUGUGUGUCAGAUGGUGGGUAGUGGGCUUGGGAGUGGUGAUGCUGGUAUCUUAGUCUAUUAUAUUCACAAACACUUUCAUAGACACAAAGUAUCAGGGGAAACAUUUCCACGAUCCAUCUUCUCCUUCUGGCAGAUUUUUGAUCUAUCUUUAUCUCGCUCCAUCGUCGUCUCUUUGCUCCCCCCCCUUUCUCCCUCUCUCUCUCUCUCUCUCUCUCUCUUUCUUUCUAACACACUUUUUUUCCCUCCAUCUCUCUCAAAUUGAACUCAUGUUUGUUUGCAAGCUUCACACUAGACAGUCUUGUGAUGCCGGUUCAAGGAGCCGUCCACACCAAGACAGUGGACACUUGUUAGUUAGGUCAUGUUGGUGUGUCUGACAUACUCUUACACCCAAAAACACACACACCCAACCCACUCACUAACAUUGGGUCCUCUGUCUCGCUCCCAGCACCACUCCUCUGGUAUCAGUUUACUAUGUGUAAACACAAGCUCACACAGAAUUUUUAGCCGACUCCCCGCAGUGGAUUUUGCCCCCGUUUCUGCGGAUCACGCCCUCCUCAUCUGUGUUGUUGGUUUGCUUAAUAAAGCUAACAAAGUUAUGGUCAAGGUUUGACGGACCCCUCCAUCGUCUGCAUUCUCUCCUGAGCCAGACGUUGUUAAGACAAUUAGCCCGCUUAAGGAGUUGGGGAUGUCUUGUCGGAGGAAUGGAGGGGGGGUGAGGAUGAUAGGGGUCAGAGACUGACAGGAAUGUUGAGGAAGAAAAGAAGGACCUGUGGUUUCUGACUUGAGGACAGUUUCUAAAUCAAAUGACACUUAUCAGUAACGCACUAAUAAAGAUACGAACAAUCGGAUUAAUACAGGAAUGGUUUAAUUCGGAACACAAGCACCAGGUGGAAUCGGUCCUAUAAUCAACGUGAGGGUGUUUAAAGCUCCUGUAAGGAGUUUUUGACCUUUAUGAAAUUGACAAAAACUCACACUGAUGUUUUUUAACGACAUGAAAAUGCAAACAAGACCAUUUUUUGUCGUAGAUUAUAAAAGCUGUGAAGGGGGUAAGCGUUGGUUGUUCGACAUAAAAAAUCCGAAAUAAACGAGAGAUUUGACCGUCAACAAAAGCUGUAGCAGACAAGAUACGACAAGACUGGUUUGUCCGAAAGGUGGCGCCAAUCAGAAGUUAAUAACAAUAAUAAUAAUGCAUCAGAUUUCAUGUAUUGCUUUAUCAGAGACCCUCAAAGCGCUUUACAUUGGAUACAUCAUUCAUUCACUCACACAGUCACACCCUGGUGAUGGUAAACUACCUUUGUAGUCACAGCUGCCCGGUGGCAGACUGACGGAAACAUGGCUGCCAGUUUGCGCCUAGAUCCUCUCUGACCACCACCACACAACACUCACAAUCAAACACCAGUGGUGGACACACACUGGGAGCAAGGUGGGUUAAGUGUCUUGCCCAAGGACACAACGGACAGACUCGGGAUAGGGGGGAAUCAAACCGCCAACCUUCUGGUUAUUGGAUGACUGCUCUACCUCCUGAGCUACUGCCGCCCCACAGGAGCUAUACAUAACUGAUCGGUGAGCGUCUUUGCGGUUUUGUGAAGGAAGUAAAUGAGUUUAGUAAAUGCUUGACCCUUACUCCCUUUGAAACAGACUAAAUAUUCACUUAUGAGACAAAGCCAACCUUUGAGACCCCGCUAAGACAUCAGAUGCAUUUACGUAAAUAGAGGCAGUGUUAGCUAGCUUGUUUGUCAUACUAUGACAUCAACUAUUAAAAUAGUAAAAAUAGACGCUAAUGACGACAAUAUGUCCGUGCAGCAGAGUUUAGAAAGAUUCAUGUACCGUCAACAUGUGAGGGCUGAAUGAUAGGAGUGAGGGGCGUGUGUGGAUUUAGCCAUGACGAGAAAAAUGUCAGCACAAGUGAGUCAAAGGGAGAGUCUAACAUCACUCCAUAAAGUUCUGAUUUCACAGCAGUAAAAGGAAACCCACUUGGUUUCAUGGACGAUACCGUCCUCUCUUUAACCGCUAAACUGCGCUUGAUAGAAAAUCGUGUUUUAGCUUAACGGCGGCUUCGCUUUCAUCCUGCCAAGAACAUUUCUACCAACAUAAAUAUCUUAAAAACUGAUAUCAAAGAGCAGAAUGAUGAAUUUGCUCUCACUUCAGUAUGUUCUUUCACCCGCUCUGUUUUUGUCAUUUAAUUUGUGUGAGUUUCUUGUUCCUAUUUGUUAGCCACAGAUGGCUAAAUGAUCUAAAUGUGACCUAACCAGCAGCAUCAGCUGUUAUUGACGAGGCAAAUCUCAUCAACCAAUCAAACUUUUUUUUUUUUUUUCUUGCCUGUAAAACUUUGUGAUCCUGCCAGGAAAAUUGGGGGAGUAGGAAGAGAUUUACAGGGAGAGAUAUCGACGUGAGUGAAUAAUUGGAGCACAGUGACUCGGAAGGCUCCAACAGGUCAGGCACACAAAUAUUCACAGGCAGACACACACAAGCUAGUCAGCAGAGCAUUCCAGCGCUGUUUGGACUGUUGUUGUGAUUGGUCUAAUGGUUCUCACAUGUCUGUCGCCCUGUCUUUGAGCAGCAUACAGGACAAUGUGGGCUAUUCUUAAGACUUUACAACGUGCUCUGUCUAAGGCCGAUCCGCGCACAGAUGGAACAAACAUUCACACAUACAGAAAGAAAGACAAAAAGAGACAGAGACGGAUAUCAAGACUCAAACAGACGCAUAAACAGAGGGAGAAGUGUGUGCGUGUGCGUCUGUUAGUGCUUGUCAACAGCGUCCGCGCUAACUGGAAUAGGCGGGUCCCGCCUCCGCCGUCCGGCAAAGCAAAGACACUCUCAAGCCAAGCCAACUGUCAAUCAUAUAGUCAACACAGCGCCAAAACUAUGAUAGCAUCAGAAAUAACAGUCUUUACCCAUCAGUCUCAGUGGCGCACACACACGUAAACACACACACAGACACACAAAGGGAGGUUAAAGUCACAAGCUCAGCCUUGUUUGACUAGGCUUCCAGCAUGCAAAGCAACAUUAGUGUGUCAGGAGUGUCUUGCUGUUCUGUCUGUCUCUCUGUCAUUGCUUUGACAGGCAGACUAAAAAUGUCACGACUCACAAGAGAAAAUGCUGCACUUUGUGUGUGUGUUUGUGUGUGUUUGUGUGUGUUUGUGUGUAUCUAUAUGUGUGUGUGUGUGUGCGCGCUUGCAAUCAGUCUGUCUCCAGCGUAGUUAAUGCGUGGGUCCAUUCCCCUCUUAUACACGGCAGGCCCAAUGCACAAUGUCUUCUUUUGUUGUCACGUUAAAGUGAUGCAAUAAAGCUGUGCAGUGACAAGGACGGCCCCGGGGCCGCUGCAGUGACAGAGACAUUGAGUGCGUGCGUGUGCACAUGCAUGUGUGUGUGUGGAGUGGAGACAAGAGCACUGAAGAGGGGUUAUUGCUACGAGACAGAUUGCAAGUGUCAUUUUCCAUUACAGCAGCCUGAGCUACUAUGUACGACACACACACACACACACACACACUGUUACACACACUGUUACACACAGAGUUACACACCGAUACACAUGCCUUGGCCUACUUCAACAGGAUGCUUUUGACAGGGAGGGAUGCGCAUGCAUUAAAAGAGUGCCGACCUCGACUGUUUACCCCGUACUCACUCUGACGUCAGGUUGAGAAAGCAAAAAUCACAGACGCCUUUUUUCUUUUUUUUUUUUUUCUUUCUUUUUUUUUUCAAAUUCAGCCUCUGCCUGAUUGGUCGAUCCAAACGCCAUAGAUUUAAUCUGCUUUUUCCAUGGAAAUCAAGAUUUCAAGAGUCUGUAAAUCACAUUUCGAUGAGCACAAGAUAAAGAAAUUGGUACUGAAAACCUUAUUGCAACGGUUUUCACGGUUGUGUUGGUAGAUUGAAUCUCGAGCCUCUAAUGGUUGAGAAAAUUCUCUCACUUAUCGGGCUGGUGAAACCGUCUCGAAACACGUCGGCUCGUGUAAACGACGCACUCAGGUUUUCACCUGACGGCAGGAGCGAGGCCCGACGGUCUUGUCAGAGCGGCUCUCAAAGGCUCCUCAGUGAAUACAUCAUGUAUUAAAUACAGCAUGACUAUUGUUGCAUGUAAACCUCUAUUAUCUAUUCAAAAGUCUCUCAAGAGGCUCUGUUUGUUAACCAGGCAAUUAGCGGGCAGUAUUUGGUGGUUAUCAGUACCACAGUUGACACUUGGUCUCUUCAGCCUGUAAAGUAUGAGGCAGUAAAAUGAAAAUGGGAUCUGUGUUUGGUCCCAUAGCUUGUCCCUAAUAAGGUGCAGUGGCAGCAGCUAUCAGGGGCCGAGCUGAAUUAGUCCACAGCGGAUUCAAAUGUCUAGAUGCUAUCAAACAGCAUUUAAUGAUAAUGGAGGUCACCGAGGCAAUUGGGGAAAAUGUGUGUGUAUGCGCGCCUCCGCGUGUGUGUGUGAAAGGAACGUUUCUCUGUCUCCCGCAAAAACACAGCAUUAAGAUAGCAUCGCUAAUUUCUCCAGCUCGGCACAAAAACAACAUGCAGAGGAGGAGGAGGGGAGGAAAGAGAGAAAGAGAGAGAGAGAGAGAGAGAGAAAAAAAACAGCACACAAGCAGAAUGAAACAACAAGGAAAGUUUUUCUGCGACUUUCUCGAAUGUCGCUCCAGAUUUUGCCCUUCAUCGUUCUUUCACAAUGUCGCGCCCUCUCCGCUGCUAUUUCUGACUGCCAGUGUGUGGAUCUGGCUUGCUGAGAUUUCAUGCCAGUGUAAAAAUUGGCUGAGGGUUUGGUUCAAAUCAAAUUGGACAUAAGCACCCACAACACCAUCUGUUAGGGAAAGGCAGUGGAGUGAAGGGCAGAACUCUGUAUUCAGAUAAAUGGAUUUUCAAUUUAUUAAAUUGUUGACUGACACCCUUGUAAAUUUUCGCUUUAUGUGCCGUGUCCUAUUCUUAGCACGUCAAAUUUAAGGGAAACGUGUUGCUAUACAUCCAUACAGUCCUUAAUAUAGAAUAAAAAGCCCGCUGCACCUGUUGUUUUGUACGUCUUGAAUCUCUUCUUUUAAUAUUUCUGCAGCUCAGCCUCUUCACAUUUACAUGCGAGGUAAAAAAAAACGUCUUUUUUUUUACGCUCGUUUCGCUCAAACUUCAUCGCUCUUAAAAACGAAGCUCUCCUCGCUUAAUCUUUAGGUGUUUUUGGCAAGUGAUAUUUGUUUGCGAUUUUCUGUUAACAGGUGUGUCGCCCCUAAAUGUGUUUCGUGACGCAUCUGCGGUUGUCACAGUACUUUAGGGGGGGGAGACGCACCAUAUGUCCCUCGUCGCCUCACCCAAAAACUUAACUCACUUUUCAAGGUGAAUAAGAGUCUCUUAACUCUCAGAAGUUGAUGUCAUGUAGCUGUGUGAGUGUGUGUGUGAAUUUGUGCCAAAUAUUUUCUGUUUUGUGUUUGCGCACGAGUGUGUGUGUCCCUGUAGCCUGACUGCUGGUCUGGGUGUUUAUUAAUAACUGAAGUUGGAGCAGCUUCUGAAUUAAAAGUCACUGUGGACAUUGAGACUGAACAGGGACCGAGUCUCUCUCACACACACACACAAACACACACACACACACACUCUGUCUUCCUCCUCCUCUGCUUCGGUGGGAGACAGGGAGCAUUGGGAGGGGGCUACAAAGUAAGGAGGAGGGUUGAUGAGGAGGAGUAAAGGGAUUUUAGUGUUUACACAGAGGCCCGGCCACCGCGGCAACUGUUGCCAAGCGCAGUUCUCCCCAACAACAAGCCAGUAAUUGGUACUGUUAGCGGCUAACCUUGCGGAGGUGGUGGUGCGAGGUGGGCUUGGACAAAAAGCUUUUUGAUACAUCUCCCUCUCUAUCUCUGUCUCUUCUCUCAAGCCGCCUAAAAAUGCCCCUGUCUGUCUUUUCCUUUUUUUUUUUUUUUUUUUUUUUUCCGACAAGCGACUGCCCAUAAUCUUGGCACGGCCCCCUUUUGCUUUGGAAUGAUUGGACUGUCUUUAGAAGGAAUCUAUGAAAAUGUGUCCAGACACAUGGCCCAGCUCAACCAGACAUGAAUUGAUCAUCAAAAUAUCAACAUCAUCAUUUCGUAAUGGAGUAUGUUGGUGCUGUCAGUGCGAGGGGAAUAGCCAGACUGAGAAGCGAAAGCUGCAGUAUCAAGAGGGUGUAAAUAAGUGAGGACUUGUAUUUCCAAAUUCUGCUUUUCUGAAGUUUCUUUGAGGAGCUACAUAAUGCAGAAGGUCCAGUCCGUCUCAUUUUUUUUUCCCACUGACGGACGAACUCUUCUUCUACUUUUCAAUUUUGUGCAUUUUUCUCUAAAUAAACCAGCUUUAACUGUACAAACAUUGUUGUAUUUGGUUGGUAAAACAAACACAAGCAUUAAUGAGGUCAAGAAGAAUAAAGUCGGACCUUCUUCAUGUUGGUUGUUUACACUAAAAUCUCUUAUUGAGGUGCACCAUGUCAAACUCUGCCCUGCUUUAUCAGACUGUGACAGUAAUUCACUUAAGAUAACCUGCUUAAGGUUUUUACAAGACAGUUGCUGUGAUUUACUUCAAUGUGGAUAUAAUCUAAUCUUUCGAUCACAUGUAAACAUUAUCUUUCUGUCCCCGUCAUGGCAGCCGGCUGAUGUAGUUUCACCGCGAGAGUCAGCACACGUCUCCUUCUCCUCUCUUACUCCUUCCUUCCAUCUCAAUACUUCAGUGUUCAGGGUGGCGGUCUUAGACAAACUCCACCAGUGCUUGUAUAAUUGCUUAUUCAAUGCUGACCCCUGCUCAGUUUAGGAGGGAGGGGGGGUUGAAGGAGGAGGAGGAGAACAGAGGAGGAAGGAGGUGGAGUAGCUGGAGCCUCCACAUGGCUGCCAAGGCCCAAGUCAAUGUGGAGCCUGUUUUUCGGGAUAUAAGGGCCGGGCUACGGGUCCCAAGCCAGGGCCCUUUUCCUGUGGGCCCUCCUCCUCCUCCUUGUCUUCGUCCUCCUCCUUCAUCCUCCACCCUCCUCUGAGCCCGGCUGGGCCUGGCGCUGGCACAGAGGUCCCUUUGUUGUGCACCCGAGGGUCUGGGCUUUCUCUCUCUCUUUUUCUCUUUUCCUUCCCUCUCUUUCUCUCUCUCUUUCUUUCCACAGACUCUUACCUCCAUCUCCUCCCUCCCUCCCUCCCUCCCUUUUUCUCCAAAGGUCUCCUGGCUUCACAAAUAUGAGAUAAUAGGAAAAAUAGAGCUGGCCGCUUGCGGUGACUCAGGGCAAAACGUCUGAGUGAAAAAUAGAAAGUGAGCGAGAGAAAGAGUGAGAGAGAGAGAGAGAGAGAUGGUAUUGUUUGUGAGGCUGGUCAGAGCGAGCUGGACUGAAGUUGAGUCUCCUCCUCCUCUCUCUCUCUCUCUCUUUCUCUCUCUCUCUCACUCUCUCCAGCAGCUUCUGAAGCAAAAGCUCACUGUGGAUCCAAAAGCCGGAUGGGGGCUUGCUCUUACACACACACUCAUACACACACACACACAUGCACACACUGUUUCUCUCUCCCUCGCUCGGCAGGUGGACGGGGUUGUUUUGGCUCGGCUGCAGGGCAGCAGCUUGACUCCGUUUGAGCCAAUGAGCCAAGAUAAUAGCCGACGAUUCCAGAGUUAUUGUCAGCGUUUUUUUUUUUUUCCCUUUUGCUUUUCCCAGAAUCCCUCUCUCACUGGUGGAAGAUCGUAAUAGUAAUGCUGCUCGUAGAUGAAUUUAUGUGCUUUGCAUUAAUACGUCAGUGUGGGUAAACGAACAGUGGAAACUGUAAUGAUGGUGUUUUCAGCUCUCUGGCCUGUAGGAGGGCCUUGUUAGAGAUGAACCAAACAUCCUCAGUGUUUGUUUCAUUUUUACUUCGACAUAAAACCGCGUCGAAUAAUAUCAUUGUUCUCUUAUCGGAAUUACCUUUUGGAAACAAAAGGCGGAAACUUCAUUUGAAUGGUUCCACGCUCACACUCGCACAAACACUGACUCUCUAACUCUAACGUCCUCGCUCCUUCCUUCAUCCCUCCAUCAUUUCAAAGCGAGGCCAGUAUCCCUCUUCUUCCUAACACCCAACCCUAAAAAUAUGCGGCCAACACCCCUGCGUGGGCACAAACCUCCACCCGCUUACCUCACACAGCACAUCCAUACACAGAGACACGCAGAAGAAGAAGAAGAAGAAGGGGAGUACUCCUCUGAUUUUCGGUGGAAAGAGUUGUGCUGUCCUCCUUCAUAUUUUGUCAUGUUUGGCCGGAGUCCGCCGUUGUAACAUGCUUCUGCUAUGUUUCCAUCCCGUCCGCUGACUUUUAUGAAAUCUCCUGAAAUAUUGCAGGUCAUAUAAUCUGCAGGGCGGCGGCUAAUAAAUCCUUCAAAGCAGUGACUUAUACCCAGCAUUGUUAUUGCUGUGCAGUGUCUGUCAGGUGAUGGUGGCCGUAUUUCAUAUUCUUGCAGGAAAAAGGGUAAAACAACAGAAAGCACUUGGCAGCUGGAGGUAUCCUAAUGCACCGGCUAAUGCCCAAACAACCAUGAUGAGAAGCUAAUGCAUGAGAAGCAUGUGGAGUCACAGGUUCGGGACCUCCAAAGACAGCUUUGUGCACUUGUGUGUAUGAGUCUGAGUGUGUGUGUGUGUGUUUGUAGUUUCUAAAGGGUGACAGCAUGGGUUCUUUCUGGUAGUGUCCCCACAUCAAUCAACAUCACAGUAAAAGCUACAGCAUGCUUUGUCAUCCUUUUUCCCCUCUUUCUCCUUCCCUCCAUCUCUCCUUCUCUCCACUUGUCUCCACUCCUCUUGCCCAUUUCCUCCCAUUUUGCCAUCCGCCGCACAAUGAAAGAGCCUCUUGGCUUUUAUUAAUAGUUAAAGUGGCCCCAGCCUGUCACUGGGGACAAUAACUGCAGCCCUGUUAAUAAAUAAAAAUAAUAACUAGGAGAUGGAGACAGAGAGGGAGUGCAAUAGAAAGAGAACAGGCGACACUGCCAUUUGUUGUUCCCUCUCACUUGUCAAAGCUCUUUGGCUUAAAAGCCUCUGUCAUUGUUGAGGGAGAGGGGGCUGGAGGGAGAGAUGAGAGUGAGAGACAGAGAGAAAGAGAGGGAGAGGAGGAGGAGGAGGAGGAGGAGGAGGGGGGAGCCAGGGGCUAAUAGCACCUGUUGGGGUGAUGGUGAGACAGCUGUCACAGGAGGGAGAAAACACAGGAGCACACUGUUUCCUUUACUCUUUCUUCCUCUCUACAUCUGUCUCCUUCCCUCCUCCCUGAUUUUACAACAUAUUUUACGUCCGUCCCCCCGUACCCCGGGUCCUCCGCCGACUUCACGCCACCGCUAACCUUCCCCUUCAAGGCUACAAUGCCUUCUGACAGAAAGCACAAGGGCGCAUCGGGGACGCAGACUGCUGACUAACUGGCUGAGUGGCAGCAGAGAAAAACACAAGGACAGACCAGUCAGGGUCCAAGGACGGUGGAGAGAAAAGGCACAAGUGAGAGAGCAGAAAUGGCCUGCCUGGAAGUUCAGCAUUGAUCUCUUUUAAGUGUGUGUGAGUGUGUGUUUGUGUGUGUGCGUUUGUGCGGCCAACGGACCGUGAAUACCCGAUCUAGUCUCGAAGCAAGAGGAAAGGACCUGAUUCAGGCCUCUGGGGAGACCGGAGGCACACACACACACACACACACGCACACAAACACACAGAAACAGAGGUACAGUAUGUAGGACACGCUGCGCUGCUUUGUGUGUCUGAUCAGAGCUUUUAUGUCUCGACUGUCUUGCAUGCGUUUUCGUGUGAUUGUGUGUCACUUUAAAUCCUGAAAAUCUCCAGGUGGCUUCUCAUCCUUCCUCAUCUCCGCGCUCCAUCACAGUCGGAAAAAAUAGAGGGAUGAAGGAGAAAGAAAGAAAGAAGAAGUUUGGGUGAAGCUCUGCAAAAAAAGAAAACAACAAAAAAAAACCCACUUUGAUUUGUUGUGGAGUGCGGCAGCUCUGUGUGUAUGGGUGUGUAUUUUUGUGUACACGUCUCACUUUCAGAGGAAUAGAACUAAGCUGUUCGGCUCAACACACUGGACCCCUCUCUCUCUCUCUCUCUCUCUCUCUCUCUCUCUCUCUCUCUCUCUCUCUCUCUGUGUUGAAAGCAUUAGUGUUUGUGUGUGUUCGCGCGAGCAAGCUGUCUCAUACCAGCGAGAUUAAGACUUCUUUUUCCUUAAAUCAGUCUUGUCAUUAUAGGAGAAAAAAAAAAUAAUCCCAGCUCCAACAAACUUUUUCGCCCGCCGUCAGCAGUUGCCAGCGUGCGUAUAUAUCUCUGUGUGUAAAGCUGUAUACAGUAUAUGUGCUUAUUCCAGUGUGUACGUGUUGUGCACGCAUGCGCCUGUGUUUGUGCAUUCGAGUAUGUGUGUGUUUGCUUUGGCUGAUAGGGUUAAUCCCUGCACUCCAAGUGUAAAAACCUCUUUCCUAAGGAAGGCCUCGCAUCCCAAGUGCAGAUGGCUCCUUGUAAAUAGACUCCUCUCUCUCUCUCUCUCUCUCUCUCCUUCUCUCUCUCGUCCUCUUUCUUCACACUUUUUAGUCCUCCUUUGUCUGAUCAUUUCCCUUUGUUCAAGUUAAUAACAGUCAACGGGGUGACUGGAUGAUGGCUGUAUGUCUGUUCUGUGUGUGUGUUUUUAUGUCAAUGAGUGCAUACAGUAUAUGUGCACACAUUUAGGAUUGAAUCUCUGCAUGUGUUUGCUCUCUUGUGUGACAUUUCCAUUUGCCCCCACUGUGUUUGUGUGUGUGCACCGUGUGUGUGAGAACAUCAAUGUGUGACUGUGACCAUGGUUAGGAUUGUAAUUAGUGAUUCUGCGGGUGUGCGUGCAUAUAUGUGUGUGUGUGUGUGUGUGCGCAGGGGUUUGUGUGUGUGUGUGUGUAAGGGUCUGUGGAGUGUGUGUUGAAAACAAAGCACUAGCUGAUAAUGUGUCCAUUGUGGCGGGUGCAUUAAGGCCCUCUUUGUCUCAGGGCCCACAGGGCUAAUGAUUCUCUAGCAGCAGGUGAGAGGGAAAAAGCCUCUCUCUUUCUCUCCCUCUCUCCUCCACUUGUCUCUCUCCCUCUAUCUUGCGUUGCCUCUCUCGCUCAUUCCCUUUUGCUCACUUGUUUUUGUUCUUCAGAUUUCCUCUCUUUCGAUUAUCAGCUUCUCUCUUUCCACCUUUCCCUUCCUCUCUUUCCCUCUCUCUCCUGCUGAUGCGACCAUUAGGCUGAGCUGCCGCUGCCUUUAUUACAGCAAAUGGACUUUAAAUGAGCUUUAUUGUCAUGUUGGCCAGCCAACUGAAUCCCUCUCUUUCUUUUUCCUCUACCCCCACCACCCCCCUCCCUUUAACAGAGGCCCCCAGCAUUGAGAGGCUGUUGUCUAAGGACUGGAAGGAUAAACUUUUGGCCAUGGGCUCAGGGCACAUCGGAGAAAUUAAAGGUAUGGCACCAAAUAUUGAAGGCAGAACUAAACUUUACUAAACUUAAAAGCAACUCAAUUACCGUAAAUCCUCUAAUAAAAGCUGGGGCCUUUAUUUAUUUGGACUGCAGGAGGUACCAGGCCUUUAUAUGAAGCGGGCUUGUAUUCGAGGCAGGCCUUUAAUUUAAACUUUCAGCGUCUUAAUAUUUAUUCCAUAUAGUUUUUUUUAUAUAAUCUUUAACAGGACAGAGCCUUUUGAAUAAUGUGCUGUAACAAAGUGCACUCAGAAUUAAAUAAUUACCGUAAACAAUCAUUGUAAACUACGAGAACUAACCCUUACUGACUCCAUUGUAAUAACAGUUUCUUCUCCUUGCCUUGAGUUGCCUUGGUUGCAUUACGUUUUAUCGGACACUCCGUGUAAAAACAGGCGUAUAGCUGUCUUGUCUUGUAUCAACAUGUGGGUGCUAAAGUUCCGACGUCCUUCUCAGUUUAUGUUUUGUGUUUGCUCUUGUUGCCAUGGCUUCAGAUGUUGCGCUUCCUUCCUCAGUCAGCUUGCCUCCUGAUUGGCCGUCCUCAGGGAUCCCCCCCCACACAUCGUGAUUAUUGAACAUGAUUAAUGUUUACUAUUUCAAGUUGUUCGUGACGAUCUUUCACGCGGAUUGAAAGGAAGAAAAUCUGGUUUCAAAAUUGGAUAAUCUGCUUUUUGUUGGAAGGGCCAAAAUUCAAGACAUUUGGUCAUAAAGUCAGGUGUAUAACUAUGAAGACAGAAAUAGACAUUAAUAGAGAUCGAUGUUAAACUUUUUGGUUUCCAGACACAACUGUCUGCAAGUUUGCCCUUGCCUAAAGCGAUUAUAAGUCCCUCUGUGGGUAAACUUUCCACUGCGCUGAACUUAGUUUGAUACAGUGCUGCUGGCUGCUGGACAAUCAUUGUGAGACUUUCACCAUAAUAGAGGUACGAGGACCCUGAACCAAUAAUUAUUUACUCCUAGAGGAUGUGAUCCAAGCCUUGAUAAAGAGCCAGGCCACAGUUCUAAUAUAGAAAUCAUGAUAACCUUUAGAAACCUUGUAAAACUGGAACUUAAAAUUUUGUUUUUGGUGUUUUAGCGCCAAGUAUUUUCCCAAAAUCCCAAAGUUUACAAAGACACGAUGUAAAGAUCAGAUUGAACCUCCUUCUUGUAAGAUCAGACCAACUCCCAUCCCAUCUUCAACCACAUGAGUAAAACACUUUGCAGCAUUUAGUAAGUUACAGUGGAGAGGAAGAACUUCUUUUAACAGGCAGAAACCUCGAGCAGAACCAGACUCAUGUUAGACAGUCAUCUAGAGAUAGAAGGAGAUGAUUUUCCAUGAACUGAAAUGAACUCGUCUGACGGUUUCGACCGACAUCUCAAACAGUCAGUGACGUCUCUGCUAGUCCUUGAGCCCUGUGUUAAUCUCAGUGUUAAUCACCUGUGUUAUCCACAUCAACCCUUCUUAACAUCCGUGAGUGACACAGACAGGGCCUGACAGACGGCGGGGAGUAAAACAAAACAGGAACAAGAGAGCUGCACUUUGAAUACGCCGGAGCAAGAAUCAGCCUGAGACCCAGACUUCGAGAGUGCUGGGAUGUGAGAGAGUUGGUGGAGAGUCUGGCUUUUAUUCUGCUUAACUCCAGGGCAAACCGUCGUUCUCCUCCAGUAAUUGAGCUUCAUUAGGAAGCAAAGCAAUAUGUAAUCAAAGAGCCUUGUGGAGCGCCAUAGCCGCUGAGAGGGGGGCUCCAUUGAUCAAGCCCCUUUUUCCCAGCUCCCUGCCGCGCUGACAUUUCUAUGUAGGGGCGUCCCGCAUGGCGAGCCACACACCAGCAGCUGGGGAGAAAUAUCAGGACUAUGUUGGAGUGUGUGUGUGUAUGUGUGUAUGCGUGUGUGUCCUUGAAAGUUGAGUCAAUGUGUGUCCGUAACAGUUCUUACAUAACAGUGUGUGUUGGUGAAAAUGAUGUUGCACUCAUAACUGUGGGAAAUAUGAUGAAGUCGAGCAUUCAUGCGGCAGUUUGGGGCUUGUAUGUUUGAGUGCGUGUCUGUGUGUGUGUGUGUGUGUGUGUGUGUGUGUAACUGUUGUCAGUGCACCCUUGACUUUUUUUUCCCCCCAUCGAAUUCCACUGAAGAGCUUUUUGUGAGGAACAAAGUGAUUUUGAGCCCCCGCCUAUCGCCCCAUCAGCCCUAUUGAGAAGCAACGAUGAUAAAAGGCCCCAUGCAGUUCAUAUAGCAAAUCACACACACAGACACACACAAAGUACCAGAGUAUAUACCACCUCACAGUACAGUGUUAUAAUCGUCAGAUCUGUGGUAGUUUAUGGCGAAAGUUAGCUUCAGAUUAGGGCUGGGCGAUAAACUGAAAAUUUACCAAUAUCGAAAUUUACGACAAUUACCAAUGUCAUUUCGUCCAUGUCGUUAUAUUUGGUGUCAAAAAAAUAAAAAAUAAAAGUUGGUUUUGGAUGUGUAGGUAGGCUAUGGUCUCAUGUCCCUUUAAGACGCUGUUCUGCAUCGUAACAAAGAGGGAAAGACAGGUGAGGAGAUGGAGGACGGUUCAAAAGUUGUAGCGGCUGAAGUAGACGAAGUUAAUGUGGGAGAGCGUGAGCAGCUUGUGGAGUCGUUAUCGUCCAUUUAUCGUGAUGAACUGCUCACUAUAUCGUGAUAUUGAUUUGAGGCCAUAUCGCCCAGCCCUACUCCAUAUUGACACCAAACACAGUCCUCAGGCUGGAUUUCUGAGUCAUUGUUUACAGAUGUUUUUUUCACACAUCUGCCCAGACCGUCUUGUACCCAUCUCUAUCUUGAUCCCGCCACCCCACUUUCUCUCCUCGUCACCUCAGAAUUUACCGCCCCCCUUAAAAAACAAACUCGACAUGUACUCAGCUGUGUAUCUGCCGGAUUAAAGAGGUCAGCGGUUAAACCCACAACCUGAGAGAUCACUUCCAGCACGCAAACACCGCGCUGUAAUGCUCUUAACAGCUCCGCAUACGGACUCUGGUGGUCGAUUGGUUUGCUCAAUGGCACAAAGCAGAAGAAAGAGAGGGGAAGAGGUUGUUGGCACUAUCUGUUGAGUUUUUUUGUUUCUUUUUUGACUAAAUAUCUCAAAAAUGCAGUUUUGUCGUGUUCUAAAUGACCCCGGUGUUAAGUGUUAUUAAGAUCAGCGUGAGUAAAUAUGAUCAGUGGACGAUUAUACUUACAGUAAACUUGAAAUUCAGUUACUGUAACCCGUCUAACUGCGUACUAUCUUGAUUUGAUAAUUCACAGUGAUUAGGUUAUCCUGUCCCUGUGAAUGUCCCGCUCCUUGUCCCUCGUGUCCUCUCUCCUCCACUGUCCCUCUCUCUCUCUCUCUCUGCCUGCGCCUCCAGCCAUCUCAUCUCCAUUCCUCCACCCUUACCGAGGGGAGUUAUCAGUACAGCGGGGGUCAUUAAUUAGCACCGUCAACGCAGUGACAAGUAUUACAUUGUUACAAAUUGGUUAAUUACGCCGCGCAUGAGUGUGUGUGAGGAAAACAAAGAGAGAGCCGGUGUUGGUCGGUAGGUAAGCAUCAGCCGUAGCAAUCUGCCUAAGGAGGAAUGUGUGUACAGCGGUGGAGGAAACCAGUUAUCGAUCCACCUGCCCGCCUCGCAGCAGCUGAGGAAACAAGCCAACUUGAGUUGAUUUAUGGGCCGGCCGCAGAAAUUCUUAAAGUCUGAAUGGGGGUUAAAAGAGAAAGGAAAGAGCGAGCGGCUCAUGUUCACUUCAGAGAGUCAGCUAAAUCCCGUCUCAGUUAGAAAGCGUGUUGUUUUCUUGGAUGCGUCCUCUUUCGGCAAAUACUUCGAGUUUACUGAUAGAAGAUCCGCAGCUGAGAGGGGGAUUGAGAGCAGCUUGUAGAAGGAGAAGCGAGCGGUUGUCUUCACUUACUCACGGCUAACUCCAUACCGCUGAUUGAAGGAGUGUCCACCUAAACACACACACACAUGCUUACACACAGUUUUGCGUAGAAGUGCCCCAAUUUUACUGUGUUUGCAUGAGUGUGUGUGUGUGAAAAGGGGGGUUAACCCCAACAAGAACCCCCUACAAGAAAGCCUCUUUUGAUCCAUCCUUUCACCUUUGCAAACCUCCCCUUAUCCUUUUUCUCCCCCCUGUGCCCCGCCCUCCCCAACCCUUCACCCCCCAUUUGAACAGGCUAACGUUUUUAACACAAGGCUCUUUCUUGUCUUGGUCAGCUUGAGCUACACACACACACAUACACACAUAUGCGUACACACACAUACACACACACACGCUCUGGCUCUACAAAGGUAGGUCUGUGAGUUAGGACAGCGGCGUGUUUAUUUUUCCAGCGGCCAGUGCUCCCGACAGUUGCCUUUAUUGUUCAUUGUUGGCGGAUGGAUGGAGUGCGGGGGGAAGCAGGAGUAGAGGAGGGGGUGACGGAGGAGGGUAGAAGGGGGCAGGAGAGGGGGGUCAAGGGUGGUGUGAGACGGGCGCUACCAACAGGGAGGACAAAUGGAUGGUUCUCACCUUCAUGAGCGGUCAAAGGGCAGGUCAGCAGCCGCCUCCGCUCCCUCCAUCCUUCCCUCCGUCUCCUCCUUUCAUCCACCCCGUUGUGUUUCUCUUUCUUUUCCUCCUCCUCCUCCCUCGCUUCCCUCUCUUUUUCCCUUCUCCCUCUUUUCUUUCUUCCUCAUCUGGUUUGACUGGCGCAGGAAUGUGGCUCUGUUAAAGGUAGCAGCUGAGGAACAAUGGGGGAUUGUGCUACUCCACACACGCACACUGGCACACACACACACACACACGGACACACACACAUGGACACACACACACUCACAGGAUCAUGUAGGCAAACACUGGUACAUAUGACCAGACAUGGGCGCACACACUCGUCCUGAUUGUGCCUCGGUGCGCCUCUCUCUAACUACAUCCUGGUGAAUGAUUUAGACCUUGUGUGGAAGUGUGUGUUUGUGUAUGUGUAAUUGUGUAUGUGUGCAUGUGUGUAAUGGAGCUGGUAUGUCAGGAUCUGAGAGGUUAAAGGUCAGGCCAUGGUAAAUGUGAGCAGGAGGUUGGCUGACUGCAGGGUAAACACAGACCAGACACACACUCUCUUUCUCUCUCUUUCACCCCCUCUCUCUCUCGCUCUCUCUCUCUUUCUCACACACAUGCUUUCAUAAAAUAUAGCUCUCGAGUUUACCCAGAAUUCAACAGCAAUCAAAUGAAAUUCAAUUUUCGCUUCAAGUUUUGCAAGGAGUGUAAAUUUACAAACCUGGCGGAAUAUUUAUUUUGUUUGUUAACAUAUGAAUCUGGCUCUGAUCUUACAUUUGUUUUGCCGCCACAUUUUCCCUGUGUACAAAUGUUUCCUCAGCCAGAUUUAUUUUCUUUAUUUCAAUAAGGCAAUAAAGGCGCUGAUGGAUGGGACUCAAGUAAUCACUGCUGGCCUUCUGUGCCGCGCAGAAAAAGUCAACAUCUGGUUUUACAACUUUGCAGCACACACACACACACACACACACAGACUUUUUACCAAACACACCUCCUGUUGACGUGCCUCCCACCUCCCCUCCCACCGCUCCAAACCCCCUAACCGGUCAUAUUUUAAGCCGACCAACAAGCCAUGGAUAGCUUUACGCCGCUUUGUUGUUCCUUCCUCCUCUGUUCCUCUCCCUCAUGCCUCUGACCUCUAACCUCACCCCUACAAACCUUUCUGGCCUCCAGAUAGCCGUGAACAAAAAACACAGAACAUCUCAGUUUAAGUUUUGGAUGUAUAACUAUGUCGUCCUCCUAUUUUACUUGCAAUAUGUAUAAGAAAUUCAACUGUGGAGAAGCACACGUCCUUGCAUUUUCCAUUAUCGCGAAAUACCAAGGCUCAAAUUUGCAUCCACCUCACCUCUGACCCACUUCUCUCGCCCCGUAGGUACCCCGGACAGCCUAGCGGAGAAAGAGCGCCAACUCAUGGGCAUGAUCGGCCAGUUGAGCAGCCUGAGGGAGCAGCUCCUGGCGGCCCACGAGGAGCAGAAGAAACUGGCCGCUUCGCAGAUGGAGAAGCAGAGGCAGCAGAUGGAGCUGGCCAAGCAGCAGCAGGACCAGGUACGGGAGCACGCCGCGUACAAAAGGGCGAUGACUGAGAACACUGAAGGCUGAAGACAAGUCAUACACUUAAUACACAAAACAGUCUUUUUUGAAACAGAUCAGGACUACACGAUUGGAUUAUUCAACAUAAUUUAUUUAUAUUUUUUCUAAAUCGUGUAUUUUUCUCUCCGUGCACAACGCCUUCAGAUGGUCUCAGUCUGCUGAUUCAGAUCCUCAAACAUCCACCUAACCGUCACAAAUGGCCGUCACAAACACUCCGACGUGUGGUUUGAAAUCACGAUUUUCUGUCCUAACCCCGUUUACACACACAUGUACCAAACACAGUCACACACGCAUUUCAUACUGUACAAGUGUGAACGCAGCCAAAGACAUGAGCCUUUGGCAGCUCCAACACAGGGACACUGCGCAGGAACGAGCCGAGAGAGUAUGUAGUGUUGGAGUGGAUGAAGCAGACACACACAUAAAUACACACGCACACACACACACACACUCUACGCUCCCAGGCGAAAGUCUGCCAGGUAUUUGCAUAGAGAAGGGUUCCCGUCUUUAUUGUGCUUUUUAGCUUCUGGAGAGCAGGAGCUUACACACUCACGCAGACACGCUCGCCGUCGCACAUGUGUGCGGGAACAUAGCUGUAAGGACAAAUCACCUGUGACAAACGCACCGCUGCAGGCUGGAGUCUGCAUCCUGUGGGAGAGCGCACAUGGAGUGCAUGUUGUAUUCAUGUGUCGAAGUUCUGGGGAGAGUUUUUGUCGUUUUUUAGUUAAUUGUGGUUUUGCUAACGCCAAAGAAAAGCCAGCUUAAAUGAUACUAAUAUACCAAACAAGCAGAGUGAAUAAAAACAUUUAAAUGUCAGAGUUGUUUUUGGACUUUACCUUCACACCUUCACUCCCAGAGCUCCUCUAAAUCCAGUGUUUUGGUAACUGUGUGUUGAUGCCACUAAGUGUGACAUUGUUGUCCAAGCGGCUGUGAACCGAGUCCAGAUGAGAAGAGCUCUUGAAUAUUUCAUACCAGGGCAUCGACCCUCUGUCGUGCAACUGGGGCCUCAGAGACCUGCAGAUGUGUCACAUCUCCCACAGGCUCUGCACACACUUCAAACACACACACACACAAACACAAACACACACUUUCAGUAUAUACAUCCUAAUGAUGUGCUGAUCUUCGUCCUCAGAUUGCACGGCAACAGCAGCAGCUUCUGCAGCAGCAACACAAAAUCAACCUCCUGCAGCAACAAAUCCAGGUGAGGCCAGUGAAUGUGUUUCUGUGUGUGUGUCCGUCUGCUUGUGAGUAGUUUCCAGAGUGUUUGUGUGAGUCUUUUUUCCAGUACGGCCCACAAAGGCAAUUUUGUGAUUGUGAUUGUUGCGUUUUUUCCUCGCUCAGCCAUCAGCAUUUAAGGCCUUAAUCAGCGCUGAGUUGUUGUUCUCUGUUCCUCGACAACAAAACACACAAAUGCACAAACAAACGCGCACAACAAAGUUGGAUCCCUUAUCGCUGACAAAUACAGAGGUGUUAAACAUAUUGACAUGCAGACCUCAGACUCAAGCUAGUUGUCCUCUCCUACUCAAUCGUCUGACAUGGACAAGGAAGAUUAGGGAUGAGAAUCAGUAACCGGUUCUUUUUCAGAACUGGUUUCCAGUGAUUCGAUUCUUAAGAAUUGUUUGUCUGCCUCCUUAACGAUUCUGCUUAUUAGUUCCUCUUACGUCUUGUUUAUGCGUUGACGUAGUACGCGAGAAAUGUGUUUUUGUUCAGAAUUUUCCAGCAUGGUUAUGAGGCAUACUCUACGACUUUGGAAAUACAUUUCAAUGACGUUGACUGCCAGAGUCAUGCUAGCGGGUAGCUCUCGCACACCUUAAGCAGCUCCCUUUAUGGAGGCAGGGAAGAGUAAAAUAACAGAGGCGAAGAUAAACGAAUGUCACCGAGCUGUGAGCAGAUUUGUGGUCAAAGGGUAUGUCACGAAACAAAUUAUUAGUGCAUGGAUAUGUCAUAUCGUCGACCAAAGGUGACAAUCAUAGACUGUUUAAACUAUGGACAACUUAGUUUCGCCUCCCGCCAGUAUACGGAUUUGAAGCCAAAAAGCUCUCGGUAUAUCUGCGUUAUUUCUCCGCUCCAGUCUUACAGUAACUACAUGUCAACAUCACAAGCAGAGGGGGGAGAAAAUGUAUGAUCUGUGGAAUAAAUUUCUAAAGUUUGUCCACAGCCCCAUAGGCUGGAGGAGGCGGGAUUUAUGACCUAUACUGCAGCCUGUCACCAGAGGGUGCUGUUCUCGGGUGGCUUCACCCAGCGAGGAGGCAGACGGCGUCCAUUCUAUAUACAGUCUAUGGAGACAGUAAUUAAUAGUUAAUUCAAACAAACUGUUUUAUUUUGUUUCUCACCCAAUUAGCAUCGAUAAGGAAUCAUAUCGAUAAUGGAAUCAUAAUCGCUAAAUUCUUAACGAUUCCCAUCCCUAAUGAGGAUUGUAAUAAGCGUCUUAUUUAAGCGUACCACAGCUCAAACAAAAGUCCAACAUAUCACGUAUUAUUGCACAGACGAGGAGUGAACGAUCUUAUUCAGAAAAAACUUGCAAAGAGAAUCAACCCCAAAAAAAGUUUCUUUGAAUGUGCGUCUGUGCUCCUAAUAAGAAAGAUGGGCGGGUCUGUAAGAUGUAACACUAAAAAAUGGAAGUAUUGUCCUUUGGGUGCUACACUGGAGCCUCUAUGUUGGUCCAGGUGGCUUGGACCGAAUAGCCCGGGCCUUUGUAAAAGCAGAUGACACUGAAUUUUGAGCUGAGAAAGCCGGGCUUUGUAUCAUAAAGAGACACCCUGUCCGAGAGGGAACACACACACACACACACACAUACACAAACGCGCACAUGCACACACACAUACACACACAUAUACACAUUCCCCUUCCCCCUGAGAGGUUAGCCAUACACAGUGUGUGAUAAGAGACCUUGUGAUUGCAUGUGUGUGGGACGUGUGUCCAUGUGUGCUCACAAUACUGUGUAAAGCAGCUGUGUUUAUUUGCUUUGUGCGAAGUAAAUUCUGAAUUGUUCGGCUUUUUUUUUUUUGUCUCCUCCGAAAAAAAAAGAAAAAAAAGACGAACACAUGUUUGUUUCUGAGGAUUUCUCUGUGCAUUCUUCAGCAUCCAUUUCUUCAUCUGUGCAUAUGUGUGUGUUUGUGUGUGUGUGUGUGUUUGCCGCAGCUGUGUGUGUAGAGCUAUAAACACGUCCGCUCAUGAUUCACUCCCUCACGACCCCGUCGAGACAAAGCUCUCUUUUCCCAUGACUUUGCAACCUUUUCCCAAACAAGCGUCUCUCCAUUGAACGGGCCCAACAAUAGUUUCUCACAAGCAGGGGCAGCUGUAGGCAGCCUCGUUAAGAGAGAGGGACAUAAUCAACAGGGGCUCAUCACAGGAACGAGAAACACACAUACACACACACACACGGCGACGUAUAUCACACACGCACAAAAAAAUAACACCUUCACUCGCCCGAGUCCAGGUAUCGGAAGCAGGCGCGGAGAGAGCGCCGAACGCUCGCCCUGAUGAUCAAACACACACUCAUCAUCAAAGACUUGGUCGAGAAAUACACUGCUUAAUCAUUCAUGAAGAGAUUGUCCGCACAAUCCCACAAUACAAUGGCCUGCCAGAGCGAGGGCAGCAGGUUCAGUGUGUGUGUGUGUGUGUGUGUGUUUGUGCGCGCCUUGUGUCUGUAUGAUAAGCCUCUUGUGAUUGCGUUUCCCCCUAACGAGGCUGAGUUCAGCUGGCCCUCGGUGUGUGUGUGUGAGUGUGUGUUUGUGGGCGUCUGUGUGUGUGUGUGUGUGUGUGUGUCUGUGUCCUUGGCUUUGUUAGGCCCCAAACCCCCAAAGGCCUGUGAAGAAUGCUUUCAACCGUCCACUUGGAAGAGGUGAUGAAAUGAAACGAAUAAUCAAGCUCAUGAAAAAGAGAGGAGAGUGACACACAUCCCUCAUGAAAGGAGGACAAAUUAUUUAUUGUCCUCGCGUCCGGCUUCCUAUUUCUUCUCACCCCCUGAAACUCAAAUCAAGCCGGCGAUGUGCGUGUUAGCGUCCACUAUUUAGGCCAGUGGCACUCGCCAAAUGUGGCGCAGGCGGACAAACAAGCAAGUUCAUUUGCGAGGGGGGGUGGGCAUAACGAAACAAGCUAAUGAAAUAUCGUAGGAGAAGGUCUCACGUUCGGUGGCUAAACCAUUACCCUGAUAUCGCAAAGAGCGGGAAAAAUGACCAAUACGGUGCGAAACUUGUCUCUCAAUUCGACGACAUAACACAACUUUGACAAAACAGGAGCAUUAAAGCAUGCAGACACACAAAAACACACACACACGCACAGGCUUCUACCCCCUGCUAGGGGCCUUCUUGUUAGGCUCAAAGGGGUGAGCACAUUUCCUCCGUUUUUCCUUUGCUUUCUCUCUCGUCUUCUCUUAUUCUAAUUAAACGACUUGUCUCCGAGGCUCCCUCCGGUGAAGCCGGGGACGACUAUUGCCGCCGUGCUGGGAAGCGCGACGGGGAUGAAAGGAGCUCACCUGCCGAGCGGCUCAGGGCUUACCUUGAGAAAACGCGCGCGCAUUUUUUUUUCGCGGAACAGAAGCGAGCGCACGCACACACUCAGCGACAUAUACCGAAACAAGAGGGAUGAGGGGACGCGAGCGCGACCUGCCUAAUGAAUCAAACCCACUCAACCAAGACACACACACACACACACACACAGAGUCAGGUGUGUCUCUAUUCCUCUAUCUUUUAUCUCAUCAAGCACCGCUGCAGCUAAAGGUGAGAGACGGCGGACGCACAGAGAAGAAGAAGAAGAAGAAGAAGAAACGGCGGGAAAGAAUCAGAAGAAGAAGAGUAAAGCCACCUGAUGCUUUUUCUAGUUAAAGAGGGGCCAGACAUGCUGGCGACAGCAGUUAACAAGCUCUCUAUUAGGGUUAACCUACAUCAGUAACUCAAUUACACACACACAGACACACACCUUCAAGUGUGUUUCACCUGAUCGAGUCAAAGAGGCCGUUUUUUUUUUUCAUUUCAUUUUGCGGAAAAUUACGAGAAAACGCAAAAGCAUGAUGUCCAUUGACACACACACACACACACACACCAGCACCUCUGUACUCUGUGCAUAGGAGCAGCUAACCCAAUUGCCUUUGUAAUUGUUUAAUCACUUCCAUUUCGGUGUAAUUUGUAUUUUCUUAUGCGCGGGAAGUGUCGACGCGCACGCACCCUGAACCGCAACCCCGCUGAGACCCAACCCUCCCUCACACGCCACCCCCACACACACACAGACGUUACCUGCGUGUGCGCACGUUCUCGCCACCGUGCCCCUUACACCCGCAGCAGGCCGGCCUCUAAUCGCCCCUGUCCGUAUAAAGUUAAUGGACUAAUAUUGCAAACCCUCCACCUCUCUCUCUCUCUCUCUCUCUCCCCUUCUCUCUCUCUCUCUCUCUCUCUCUCUAAAUUAAUUAUUGGUUCUAUUGCUCGCACGUCCCUUCUUUAGCAAUAGGUCAUCCAGGUCUUGCAUUAAUUGCCGGAGCAUAUGGUCGCCAACAGAUUUUAGCUGUGGGACUCGCACUUUAGCGAGGGCUAUUUUUUUCGCGCGCUCAGAUGCGAGCCAUAUUGUGUGGCGCUGGCAGCUAUUGUUCGGCGCAUUAACUUCAUAGAGCUAAUUACUCCCCAAUAAUAACUUUACCUUGGAGUUUUUAGCGCGCCGCGUGCCAACCAACCUGUUUCGCACCCCAUAUGUUAAUUAGCGGCCACAUCUUCAUUAUGCCGCAGCGGCGCUUUAAGUUCAAGCUGUGCCGCCUGGCGCGUGGUGAACGCAGCCUCGACUCGCUGCCAAUUAUCCAACUCUUGCUCUGCUUUCCGUCUCUCUUCCUCUUUCUCUCUCUCUUGUUCAUUCUGUUCUGUCUAUCUGCUGUUUAUUUCCUGAGAAGUUCUCUCGCCAGGGUGAAUCGUCGACUUCUCUCUUUCUCUCGGUCCUCUUUGCCCCUGCGAAAGUUCUCGAGCAAAACUUUCACACGUUCGUUUUAAAUAUAUUUAUAUGUUUAGUGUGUAGUUCAUUUCGCGUCCAGAGCGUUUUUCUUUGUUUUGCACUCCCUUCCUGCUGAUUAGAGGAUCUCUCUCUCUCUUUUUUUUUUUUUUGUCAGAUGAGUUUUGUUUGUUCCAGGUUUCUUUUUUUGGACGGUUUUUCGGAGGAGGGUUUCGCAGAUAAAAAGCAAAGUCCCUUAUUCUCCACGUCAGCAGCCUACAGUAGCGGCAGUGUGAUGUUUCGUCUGUGUGUGUGUUAUAGGUUUUCAUGUUCGCUUUGGGGCCUGAUGUGAAAGAGAAGCUGAGGAGAGCGUUAUUCCCCAAAGCGCCUGCUGUUUCAGAUGUGCCUUUUCCUUUAUGUGGGAUCUGGAGAUUGUCUGAUAGAUCCGGCCUCGCUCUCACUUUCCUCCUUUUUUUUUUUUUUUUGUUUUCACUUUUUCUCGCAGGCUUUUCUUUCCUUCUGUCGAUGCAUCUCUUUGUCUCUGAUUCCCGUUCUCUGAUUUGAGAAACUCUUUCUCUCUUUUGUCCCUAAGUUUCAAAGUUUGAGCUGUGAUCACCAGACUAACAAACACAGCUUGUAGUCGGCUUUGAUGCAUUGUAUGACUCUACAUCAAAUACCAAGAGGAAUAUGGUAUUUUAAGUCAUUGUGCAGAUGUUACAGAAAUGUAAAGAGAGAGAGGACGCAGAUGAAGACCUGAUAUGAGAGUCCAAGAAGUGGACGAACCUCUCACCCCAUCAUCCCUCUUACACACACACUCACACACAAACAUCGUAUCCCCCUGUUACACUCUUUUUUUUUGCGCCUCGUGUGUGUAUUACCCUUCGGAGGUCAGCGUGUGCGUUUGCCAGCUCAACAGCUGUUACACACAUAUCCAGCUCAACUAUUAUAGCAGCAACAUAUGGGAGGUAAUGAUCCUCCUUUCUAUCCUUUCUCUGUUCCUCCUUCUUCUCCUUUUGUCUCCCUCUCUCGCUGUUUUGCUCAUUUUUUCCCCGCCGCUUGAUCGUCUUAUUCCAUUGUGGCGACUUAUUGCGCGUAUUGUGUAAGACUUCUGUAGGCUGAUUAAUGUCUCCUCAUUGUGCGCGGCCUUUUUUUGUCACCAGAUAGCAGAAAAAGAGGCAGAGAUAUAAAGAGAACAAAUUCUAUGACAUUUUCAUUUGUCAUAAAAGAAAGCCACGCGCUCGCUCGCUCGCACACGCACACGCACACAGACAUGUUAGCGUGCCAGCGUGUUGUAUGUAUUCAUUGCAGCUGCCACAGACUUAUCUCCCUCCUCUCCUCUCCUCUUUUCUCCUUUCCUUCCCUCUCCUCUCAUCUCCUCCUCCCUACGGUACAUUACUGUAUUUCUAGCCAGCUCCACUCUAGCAUAUGUCCAAUUAGGCCUGAAAGGCAAAGCGGAACUGUUCUGUCUGUGAUUCGUCCCUACAGGGGUCCUGUCCGAGCGCCGCACUAGAACGCCUCUCCCUUCUGAUCGCGCGGCGCGGGCGUCGCGGCGGUUUAUGGUUUACCAAAAUGGUGGAGUAAUUAUUGUUUUUGGUGUAAGGGGGGAAACAGGAGCCGCUUGAAGAGAGCGCUAUUCCCCUGCGCCCUGAUAGUUUGAUUACAGUGCUGCUGGCUGCCGCAUGCCGACACACGGGAGCAGGAGGAGGGGGAGGAGGAGGACCCACUCACUCACAGAACACACACACACACACACACACACACACACAAAUAGGUAUUUACAGUAGAAAAUUAUGCAUAUGCCCAGGGAAACUUGAGUGUACACACACACAGGCAGGGAGAGCUGGGAGCGCUGUUCGCCGUGACAGACAGCCGCCCUCUCUCUCUCCCUCUCUCUCUCGCCCUCUCUCUCUCUAUUUACCUGUCUCAAGCACUAACCACUUCAAGUGUCCAUAUCGCUGAGAUAUUACCUGAUUGUGCCGUGGCACCGCUGCAGCCCCGUGAUUGUGCAGCCAUUUCCAGCCAUUUUCAUCAUUCCAGAUCAAUUUUCCACAUCAAACAGCUUUUACCUGCCCAUUAUCCUAUUCAGCUAUUACCUCCCUGCCCUCCUGGCGAAGUGAGCGGCGGCGAGACGGGAGGAGAAGAAGAAGAAGCAGGAGAGAGGAGAUGAGUUGUAAAGAGGGUGCAAAACGCUUUACAACCAGGAGGACGGGUCAAAGGCGCGACCACCCGAUCGGGGAAUUGAUUUAAAGGGGCGCUCCACCAAGUUUAUUAUUCAGCAGUUUCUUCAAAGAGAUGUUGGAUAUAGAUGUCUACCAGAGAAAAUAUUGUUUUUAUAAAAGGACUGUGAAUGAGCAAUGGAGCUGAUCUGUUAUAUAAGUGAUUACAUUGCAUGACCUAUCUCUUCUUUCUUCGUUUAUCCUGUUCCUCGUAGGCGUUGCAUUGUUGUAACGCUGCCAUGACCGAAGAUUCAAAAUGAAAUCUGGUGUCCAAUAAAAACAACACGUUUCAUGUUGUAACAAGAGUUGAUUGAUCAAGCUGCAGAUGUACAUUGAUACCUAUGGAAAGAGUCAGUUUGAGGCCGGAUCCCAAACUGUCGUCCAGAACAUACUUUCUGACUUCUCCUCCUAGUUUUGGGCGCUCCAUCUUACCGGGAUUGCACCUUAGUUUUUAGCAGGUCUAUUAGAUCUCUUAUUUUCCUCCUCGUCUCACCUUUCUCCCCCCUCCGUCUCCCCCAUCUCUCCUCAUCUUCUCCUAUCUUCUCCUCUCAAACUGUCACUCAGUCCAUCACACGCAAGUCUUUGUGUGUUGUUUUUGGCAGAACGCUGUUUAGUGCAACCAUCUGUCUCCUACUUCUCUCUCUUUCUGUCUCACUAUCUCUCCUUCUCUCUCUCUCUCUCCUGUCGUCCCUGCCAAAGCCACCCAUCGGAGGAGCUUUUUUUUUCUUUCUUUUUUUCUUCUGCUUCUCCUUUUAAAAUCCUGGAAACCUUGUGAAGUCGUAUGGCUCUCUGCCGACGCGUGCGUGCGUGCGGAGAUGGGUUACGUCUGCGCGGUCGUGUCUGUGUAUUUGGGUGCAGCGCGUCAGUGUGUUUGGGUUGUUCGGGGAGAAGGGAGCGAACAUCAUCCUCCAAAUAAAAAGGAAAAGGCCAGCUGUUGAGAGAGUUUAGUGAACCGUCCUCAUGAGUUUCUUUUCCGUCUCUUGAAAUCACGAGGACAGGAUCCGUGUUCGAGCAUGAGUGUGCAUGUUUGUGUGGGUGUGCGUCCUCCAGACUGAUGUGUGUUCCCAAUAUGCAUAUGAGCCUAAGUGCAUAUGAUUUUGAGAAAUAAUUAUGAUGUAAUUGAGAUGUAACUGUCUCCAGAAUGGAAAUCGUGGCUGCUCUGAGAUCAGUUCGUCUAUUUUUAGUCGUAAGUGAACACUCAGACUGCUCAUCUUUUCUUCUCCUCUUUUCUUCCCCCCCUCCUUCAUCAGCAGGUCCAGGGCCAGCUUCCUCCGCUGAUGAUUCCUGUCUUUCCUCCAGACCAGAGGACUCUGGCGGCGGCUGCAGCCCAGCAGGGCUUCCUAAUGCCCCCUGGCUUUAACUACAAGCCUGGCUGCAGUGAGUCACAUCCACACACACACACAUAAAAACACACACACACGCACUCAUAAAUAUGUGCAACUUUCAGUGUCAGAGUCCGUCUGAAGUGUGAUGUUUCAACUGUUUUUCACCCAGCAAGGUAGAGUCGAACUGUUUUCCCACACAACGAGUCGGAUUGUUUCCCAAAAGACGAGCUCGCCCCUACAGCAACAACUCUCUCUUAAUAGAAAAACCAGUCCAAAUACACCCUUCCUGUUUACACUCUCGAUCUCUCUCUCUCUCUGUAUCUCACUCACUCCCUCUCUCUUGCUCAGUCCGUUUGGCUCCUUCCUUUUGUCUUGUCUAUUUUUUGAUGUAUAAAAGCAACAAAUACAGGCGUCCUGCAGGACAUGUUUUUUUUUUUUUUUUUUUCAUUUUUGGCUAUCGCGCUCCGGCUGUGUGGCAAUGUGUUGUUUACCAUGAUAGAAGACAGAGAGAGGGAGAGAAACAGAGAAAAAGAGAGGUGGGUGCUUGCCAGGGGAUGCUGGGAAUAAAUGCACGGUGGGGGGGAUAGCAGAGGGAGGGGGUAGGGGGUGGUAAAGUGACCUGCCCCAGGUUCUCCUCACAUUAACACAGGAUGCAGCCAGAACAUGUUUCCAACACAACCCACACACACACACUAGCUUGUGUCCAGAGAUGGCUUUGUGAUAUCGCAAACACACACACACACACAAAAAAAAACGCUGCAAACGUGCACACAAAGCUUGCUCAUGCACACUCAGUCCGGCCCCCCCACCCCCACCCCCUUAGAGUUUCACAGCUUCCCAAACAAGUCCAUUCCAUUUUAAUUAGUGCCAUCUUCACCCACGCCCACUGCCCACGUAAAUACCCUGUCAAGUGGUGGGCUUGUCUUUUCACUGCCUCCGCCAAUUCCAACCGGAUUGGCACGCCGCGCCAGGCUGGGCCGCCCCUGAGAAAACUCUCUGGCAACUUUCAAAGUUGGUGUGAGUUGAUGGAGUUUGGUGCCGCCGCUCUAAAUAGGGAAAUGUGUAGCAUUGUACUGUGACAUAUUCUCACGUGGCAUUGUAUCUCGCAGAUAUGAAUAGAUAUGAUCGGCUCAGUAUAGAAAACGGCGGUCGUCUCGCUCCAUCACUUGUCGAACAGUUUAAGACAAAGAGAACUUUUUACUGUUUCAACAUGAUGAAAAAUACAGAAACUGAACAUACAAAUUAUGGAUAUAAAGUCACAUUUUUUCCAAUCAUUGAUGUGAAAUAUACGAAUAUACGUGAUUUUGACCGUUACGCGUCAAACCGAACAAAAAUUAAUGAUCAAAAUGAAACAAAAUGAAGUUCAGAUAUUUAGUCUUCAACUUUCUGUCAAAGGUCAAACUUGAAAUCCCCUGAAACUAGUCAUCCAGAUAAACAAGUCAGUGUCUCCUUUUGGCUCACAGUCCCUCCUUAGAAAAUUCCCAUAUACUGAGUUUAUUAGAGUUCAAGUUCAGUCUUUCCCCUACAUUGAGGAUUAUCUUGUGGUGGUGGGCCGGGCGGUGUGGGGUGGCGCAGUGGUUGCUCGAUAAGUGCAUUCAGAAUAAUCUAGUCACACUCAGGUUUUUGAACUAUGCGUUUUAUUAGCACAGUAACCCCUGUCUAAAGCAUAUUAGGAGCCCUAACUUAGCAGAAAUGUAGGGGUGCCCACUGUAACUAAUAAUUCACAUUUCCUCUCAUUUUCACUGUAUUACUGAUAAAUAGAUAAUAAAUGCAGAAAUUACAAUGUGCUGUUUUAAAUUCAGUGUCACAUUUUAUUGUGCACUUUUAAAGCAUAAGGUAGACAGUGGGCUAUCAUUACACUGACCAAUGAGAAGUUUUUCGUACAUGGCAUUUGUUUACUACUUUAGACUGAUACAGACUGUUGCUUUAUUAACAAACAACCCAAAGGAAAAACCAAGGUCUGGUAAAUUAAAGCCUUGGUAUCAUAUUAAAUUCAAUAUUAAUUUGACCAAGAUGAUUUUGAAUGAAGUUUUCCAACAGCACAUUGUAUGAUAUAUUUCCAUAGAUAAAAGCUUGCAUCCCAUCUGCGGUGAACUUUCGCUUCUGUCAUCUUGACUCUGUCUCUUACGCUUGAAAUAGAUUUCAAUUGGCUUCAUGUCCUAAGAAGAAAAAGUCACAGUCAGUCUCUGAGACAAAGCCAGUGCUAGAAUAACAGAAAGUAUAUGAGGAAGAAAACAGUGAGUCAUGAUAAAACGCUUUAUAAUGUGUUUUGAUUAUUGCUAUGAAGCAUUAUGAUCAUAUGUGAGUGUUUAUAACUUCAGUUAUACAGUGCUAUAAUGUGAUUAUAACACAUUAUACAUAUAUUGUUUGUCAAAUAAAGUGUUACCAUGGGGGAAACUCUCAAGUUCAAACAUUGUUAAAGUUAUCUGCUCCUUUAUAUCCUCACUGUUAUUCUCAUCAGAGCUGAAUAAGACAUCAGAUAUAUUCAUUCAAGGCUUAAACUGAAGAUCUGUGAAAUUGCUUUUUGAGAAUAGAUGUAAAAAUGUAACUUUUGCAAACAUUCGCACCAAAGAAAUUCCUUCUAAUAUUUCUUUGAUGGUGAGAAAUUUGGUUCUUGUCUGCCGAGGUCGCUGUCCUCACGCCAAGAGCAACAUGUUUGCUUUCCGCCGUCCUUUUUCCUUUUGUUACAGCGACCCCCAGGAGGAGCAUAAAUAUCUUUCCCGGCUCAUGUUUGUCCAGGGAGCGAGGAGAAAAGACCCAUCUCCUAGAAUACACAGUCCUGAAAUAAUUCUUUAAUCCCUCCUGCCCUCCCUCUCUGCUGGAGCAAAGAAUGUCUCUGCUUCACUUUUUUUUUUCCUCAACAAAAAAAAAAAAAAAAAAAAAGAGAGAGACUUAUAUGGGAAAAAAUGUCGGAAGGAGAGUUUUGGCUUAUGCCGAGCGCACACACACAAAUUUACAUGGGCGCACACAUGCACAAUGGAAGGUCCUGAUACAGCCAAGAGGCUGACCGCUCUGCUGAAAGUUCAGGUCAGAAAUGCAAGGUCAAGCCCUGAGAACAUUCCCAAGUUUUCUCUGUCAAAAAAAAAAAAAGAAAAAGUCUCACCAGUAUGAAAGUCUGACCUCAGUUUGCUGCACUUUUAGUUAGCGGGCAUGUCCACAUUCAAAUCCGAGCCAUCAACAGGAACCUUUAUUCAAUAUGAUGAUAAUUAACAGCAGUAUUCCUCCUCCUCCUCCUCUCUGCCCUCCCUCGAACCCUCCACCUCCUCCUCCCCUCAUCUCUGACCUUUCUCUCUCCCCUUUUCUCUCUCGGAGUAAUCACGGCGUGGCCUAUCUGCACCUGGUCACUUAUAAUCCGCGCUCGUCCUUCUCUUCCCUGAUUUCCCCCCUCGCUCCUCUGUCAUCUCUCCCACUUUGUUUGUCCAUCUUUUCUUUUGAUUUAUCGGUCCCGACAAGAGGGAAGGGGAGUCGGAGGCAGGGGAGGGGGGGACGGAGUUGGAGAAUAACUUGUGAAGUGAGGAAGAUGACAACAAGAAAGAGAGACGAGUCUGAAAGCAGCCCUCUCUCACCCCCCGACAAAGCGAGGAGAACAGACAGUUGAGGGGAGGAGAAAAAAAAAAAAAAAAAGGACAGGGCAGCAAUCGUCAGUGGCGGCUCUUAAUUACGGCGCUGGGGCGAGCUUUAUCAGAAUCCCCUCACCUCGCUGCUCUUUGUCAGGGGGUAUUAAGGAGGAGGACACACAAUCAGGCUUUUCAUUAAGGCCCUACCGGCAGCGCACACAAAGGGCGGCUUUAACAGCUGCAAAGAGGGACUCAGGUGGUGGUGAUGGUGGCAGGAGGGGAGCUGAUGGGGUGAGGAAGGGGACGAAGGUGGGAUAAAAAUAAGGGGACGAGGGGAAAGGGUGAUGAAAGAGAGGGAUAAACGGAUGCUCCGACUGAUAACACUUUUGAGCUGAAUGAGCGUCUUCUCUUGUUCUUUCCAGGUGACCCCUACCCUCUUCAGCUCAUCCCCACAACGAUGGCUGCCGCCGCGGCCGCCACACCGGGACUGGGACCCCUCCAGCUCCAGGUAAGACCCCGAGUGUUUACAGAAGAACCCCAGGAAGCCAAAAACACUUCGAUCAUCGCAGACACAAACAUUCAGUCAAACAUUCUGUUUUACUUUACACUUGGGUGGUCCAAUUGGGAAUAAAUCCCCCUAACCCUGACAGUGUUCACACCACGUACUUCCCACUGAGCUAUACAAGACCACAAACACAGCCACAGGGGGGUUGCACAGCUGUCACUUUCAGCCCGAGUGUUAGCGAGUGAGUCGAGCCCAUAAAAACAUGUUCUCCAUGAUUAGCGCUCAAAAAUCACACAGAACUGACAAGUGUAACCCUAGCCCUCGGCUUUGUCCUGCAAUUGGAAGUACAGGCCUCCAAGUAUUCAGAUUGGCUGUCUGAGUUGAUCCGCGGGUGACGCUGAAGAGAUUCCAGCCUCUUUUUUUUUUUUUUUUUUUUUUCGCCGCACAAAAGCAUCUUUGUGUGCGAUUUCACUUUUUUAAGGUUAUCAUCACGCCUCGAAAUGAUGAAUACAUUUUGUUCUGUCUUUCCACGAGCGCCUGAACAUGCCAAGAAUGAAACACUUUUGGAUACUCUCAACUUUCGAGUUAAAAAAAAAAAAAAAGAGAAGAAUGCUGCUCGCUGUGAUGGAAAGAUAAUUUACUUUGUGUGCUAAAAAAAAAACACUCAUACAUGUAAAAAGAAGCAAAUACAUCCUGGGUUUUAGUAUCUUCAUCAUGAUCACAAAAGAUAUCUGAGUGUUUUAACAGACAAUAAUCCUCGCUGUCUUCAUGACUGUGGUUUUCAUAUUUUUCAGACUCGUACUGGUCAAACAGUAAAUAAUAAGGGGGAAAGAAAGAGGGGAAAAAAACCCACAAAGAUAUAAAAGAGUAAAACAGAGAUGAGUAAACACAUCUGUUAUUCCGCUCAUGAGGAGGAUGAGUCUGACUUGGAGGAAACACACACCACCAAACCGCACAUAUUCACACUCACAUCCUCCUGGGCUUUGGGGUUAAGAGCCCGAGCGAGCCUACCCCCCUGAAACCCAUUAACCCCCCAGUGUAGGACCCAUCCCUGGUACAGGCUGCACUUGGUCCUCAUGUCUGCUUGACGCAUAUUUCCCCCCCCACACACACACAUCUUUUUCACUUACUGUUUGUAAAAUAUGGGUUAAAGGUUAGUCAGAGUGUGUGUGUCAUACAUGUGCACCUGUCAGCCAAACGUGCCGCCCCAUAUGCUAGACACUAGAGGGAGAAUAGAAUAGCUGUGUAAUUCCAUCAUGGAGAACGGACCCCGCUGUCCUCACUGAUUUCAUUAUUACUCCCGUUUGUGUGUGUGUGUGUGUGUGUGUGUGUGUGUGUGUGUGUGUGUGUGGCUGAGAAUAAUGUCCUCUGAGCUGUUAUCACUGCUUCAAUCUAGCCGUCCAUAUGUUCGACUGUGUUCAGACUCACUCAAUCUCCAGUUGAACGGCUUUGUCCACCUUGCAAUUGGAUUUUUUGUGUGUUGUUUUUUUUGUACCAGCAGGGAGGGAUGAGAGGACACAACAAGUGCAAAAAAAAAAAAAAAUCUCACUAGCAGAUUUCUUUCUUACAAUCCUCCCAGAAAAACACACACGCAAAAUCUCUCUCUCACACACACAUACACACACACAGACACACACACUGAGAUUAAGGCUUGUCACAAAGAAACGGAUUUACCCAGGCUAACACAAGUACAGAUGUCUCAAUGUGGAUGGAUUUCCUUUGGGAUCGUCUCUGCGCCCUCAUUUGAUAAGGAGGUGUUUUCUGUGCUCAGACGAGACAUGACAGUUUGCUCUGGCCUGAGGUCGCCACGGCAACACAGUGAUUUUUAUCAAAGAGGGGCAAGAAAGAAGUCAACCCACUCGGCUUUAAUGCACAAAUGAAGGAUUUUAAAAAAGGGUUGAUGAUAAAGUUAAAGGAUGAAUUUAGGAGUGUAAAAAAAAACACAAUUUUAACACUUUAACACACUCGAACUACACACAUAGUCCUCAUAAGAGAGUACAGAUUUGAUGUUAUGCAAUCCUUCCUCACACCUAUAAAAUAACACUAAAUUUUGACUUUAUUUUGAACUACAUUAAAACAAUCUGCCGCUGUGAAGUUAUAACAAUAAUAACUUGAUUUGCAUAACACUUUUUCAAACAGAUUGGUAAUAACUGUUUUACAUACAAGAGCAAAAAAAGCUAAAACAGGCCCAGGAAUACUGCAACAACACUUUUAUAACUGAAGCAACGACUAAGUUUCGAAGUUUGGGAGACGAACACGAAAACUCAAAGGAUUUGGAUUUUCAGUCAAGUUUUAACCGAAUUGUUUAAUUAACAAUUUUUGCAGAAACAACAUACCGUGUGACAAAACUGGAGAAUUUUACUGUUUAUGGUAUACUUACACAUUUCUGAAACCCUAACAUGACAGAGGGCCUUUUAGAGAGACUGAAUCCUUCAUAAAUCAAGAUAGAAAUAGACUCCCAACCCUGGGACUGUAAAAUAGUUCAGUAAAUUCAAGAGGGGUCUGGCUGCAGACUUCCACUUUCAGGACUCACCUCCACUGAGAGGACCUGAGGUGACAGUUUUUGUCAGGCGCUCUAGUUUGUUUAAGUGGUCAUCCCGUCUUGUAAUUUGUCUUUGUUGAACACAUGAAUACACAAAAAAUCAUGUCAACAUUUUUUUCCGUAAAAUAAAGCCCCAAGAAAUUAAAUAUAUUCACAUGAGACAAAAAAUAUGUACUUCCCGGUCUCAUCUCUUUUAUUUUGAAAGGCUUCAAAUCAACUUCCGGUCCGCUCAGUGGAGGUCUGCAGCCAGACUGUCUUGGUAAAUUCAGAUCACUGUUGGGUUUUUAUCUACAUGAUAUAAAACAGUUAAAAGAGUCUGAGAACCUCAUUGCUAUAGGGACAGGGAAGAGAACCACUCCUCGACUCAUACAGAUACAGAUAUAAGUCUUUAGUGGGAAUUACCUACCUAAAUCCGUCGUCUAUAAACAAACGCAGGUGAAAACUGAGACAUUCAAAGACGUAAACAUCCAGAGACGUUGGCCCCGAGCUGGUUUAAGACGGACUGAAGCGAAGUGGAAAUCUGACGAUCAAAAUUUGGAAAAUCACAGAAUGUGUUUCCAUUUCAAAGUAAACCAUUUUACAGCAUCACCUCAUCAUCGAAAACAUCUAUAUUUUUGGAAAAGGAGGCACAAAAGAGGAGAAAAUGACCUUUAGUUGAUCACACUGUGUAAAUUGCAGGCAUGGUAAAAAGAGGACUGCGAGAAAAACUCUCAACAGCAUGGCUUUGAGUUAAGUGCAGUUCUUGGAAAAAUGUAUUAAUCUCUCAAUGAUUUAAAGCUCUUUCUAUGUUGAAAACAUCCUCCAUAGAAAUCAACAGAGUAGCACUUACAGUCAAUGGGAGCUUAACACACAAUCCUCCACAGGCGGUUUUCAAAGCAAUAGAGGCUUUGGAGAGCGCAAGUUUGGCAUUUAGUGUCUUAAUCUGGGGAGAUGAGUGUGACAUUGUGCAUUAGAGCAUGUUAAUCUGGUUCCCUAUUGACCCUUGAUAUCAUUGAUAUCAUCCAUAUCACAUAAAUGGACUGAAAAGGACUGAGAAAGCUGACAAAAAGACAGAGAGAGAAAACGAGAGAGAGGGAGAUAGAGGGAUCAGCAAUAAAGGUAAAAAGGCAGAGUUCCCAGAGAGGUAUUUAUAAGGAGGAUCAGUUAAAAGGAUAAACAGAGAGAAAGAGAUAUGAGGAGGUAAGAGGAGGAAAAAAGAGUGUAUGUGUGUGUGAGAGAUUAAAUAUGUGUGUGUGUGUGAGUGUGUGUGUGCAGCGUGGUAUAAAGAGGGUCAAUGGUGUGGGUCAGGCAUCAUAUGGAGAGGCAGAUGUUGGAACAUAUUGUCCUGGAUUACCGCGCCGUACACCGGAGAGAUGGACGGACGAACAACAGACAGGCAGUCUGAGGGAGAGAGGGAGGGAGGGAGAAAAAAAAGAGAGAGGGAAACCGAGACAGGGACAGAUGACAGAAGGUAAACCAGAGAACAAUCAAGCAACUCUGAAUCCUUAUCUAGAAGAGAGACGGAGAAUUGCUUCGGGUUUGAUAACUCCCCUCCAGGCUUCUUGGAAAUGCCAUUUACUGAUAGGAGCGGGGGAUCGAUGCGAAAUCAAUAAGCAGUGGAGAUAGGUGACUAUCAUUAGGCAAAUCCUGCCUCACACAAACAAUGAGGGAAGUCUGCGCGCUCCUGAGGUCUCUCACUUGAAACUGCGAAGAAAUUCCAACACGAAUAGUUGAGUUUGCGACGUUGAGGUAACAAGCACUUCAGAAAAGCGAUGUUGUUUCGAAACCGUCUCAGGGAGAAAAUAACCCAAAUACUUGAGAAGUCUGUCAUCAUCAGGGAACAUUUGUUCCGUUGUGUUUGUUUGUCCUUGGUGCCGUGCCAUAAUGGUAUGAGAAAGGCAUUGUAGUGAAGUAAAUAAACUCUUUUAUUUCAAUUUGAUUUAGUGCUUCGUUCAAUUAUGAAUAACUUUCAAGUUUCAAGGGAACAGAGGUCAAGGAACUUAAAAAUACACUGUUGAGAUAUAAAGAGGGUGAAGUAUUUGCAUGGAGGCUGUCUUUGAGUUUGGAAAACAAAACAGCUGGAGACGACCGAGUGGGAUAGGAGGUCCGCCGCGUAAGAGUCCUCAGAGUCGACGAAAACAAUAGAGCUCUAACUCUGACAACAACACCCAGGCGAGCCGCUAAUCUGACUAAAGCUGCAGAUUAUUGACCGAGACUCUCACACACGCAUGCAUCCAUGGAUCCCCCCUGUUAAGAGGACGGGGGAGACCGGACACAUCCAAACACACACACACACAAACACAGGCACUGUCAAUAGCACUAAUACCCGACAAUCACCCUCACUCAGAGGAACACCGAUAGUCACACAUCACCUUUUCAGCUCUUGUCAAUGGAGCUUAGUCCGCACAUGCUUCCACACAAACGUACAGAAAACACACUUUAAAGAGGGGGCGGGGGGUGAGUUGUGUGACAAGAGUGCGCUGACCACCAGACCCCCCUUUGUGCGCACACGAAAACAACAUGCAGAUGUGUGAGCGCCGGUCUCACAUUAUGGGAUUAGGCGCAGAGAGACGCGGUCAGACGCAGACAGAGUGACUUUUCAGAUUCUCGUUUUAAGUCUCAUCCUGCAACUGUGACUUGCACUGCUCCCCCCCCACCCCACCCAACCCCUCCUCGCUGAGUGUGUGUUUGUGUUUAUAUCGUGUGUGUGUGUGUGUGUGUUUGCUCCCCCAGUCUCCCCAGGGGGCUUUGCGCUGUCACUUCCUGUUUGUUGACAUGCAUGUCGUUGUGGCAACGCUCUGGGCGCGCUCCACAGUGCCUCUGCCCUCUGUACUCUGCGUGUGCGUGCAUGGGUGUGUGUGUGCAUGUGUGUGUCACUGCACGCCGGCCCAUUGAGCAGCCUUUGAGUGACGGGAGCUGGCCUUGUAAUGGAACUCAAUUCACUCCACAAAUAAAGAGGCCUUUGAACCACUGGUCCGAAUAUGUCAGGACACACACACACACACACACUUACGCACACACACACACCGCCUGUGGUCCACUCGCUAGGGGGUUUGGCUGGUAGGGAAAGGCAGGAGGGGGUUGGGGGUGUUCAUGCUCGACUGCACCACCCCUCCAUACACACACAUAUACACACACACAUACAUAAACACACUCCCUCUUCCAGGAGCCACAGUGCAGCUAAUUGAAGAGAAAUGAGCAAGCGGAGGCUGAUCUGAUCUCAGGGAGCUGGUCCUCCGCGCCGUGUCCGUGUAGCUUACCAGAGCAUGACCGAUCUCCUUCUGGUUUCCACAGCAGCAGCGGUGGCAGUGGUAGCGGCAGCUCACCCCUGCUUCUUACUGUAUGCACCUCAGUUAUCAUCUUUCCCUUCUCUGUCUGUAAUAGGAGCGGAUUUGUGCGUCCUCUUAAAAUACAAGCAGCAACAAACACGCACUUUCAGCAGCUGCACUAAACUCAUACUGUAGGAAACUUUCUGGGGAAUCUGGUCACAGGCUACUCUGAUUUACUAACUAAAACUAAAAGAUGCCAUCAAAACUAUCAAAUCUCCUAAAAAAUGCCCUGAACACCAUCACUUACACUUUCAUUUAAAAGGAUCUGGACUAUCUCCUGGAUCCUGAGCGUCUAGUUUAUGUUCUGAUCCAUUUUUUUUCUGAUCCAAUCCGAUACCGAUACCUGGGCUGAGCAUAUCGGCCGAUACCAGAUACCGAUCCAAUACUACUGUUGAAUGAAUGAACUGUUUACCUUACCCUGUGAGUGAAGGCAUCAGGGUUGAAAUCAGCCUUUCAAAAAUAAAAGGUAACAAAUAAACACAGAUGUAAAUUUACUUAAAAAUUCAGGGCUUGACAGUGCAACCGUUUCACUGGCAUCUUCAACCAAAAAUAGAUGAGUGUGAAUUUUAAAUAUGUUUAGGGGGACAUGAUUGCAUACAAAAAAUCGUGCGAGGCAACAAAAGUUUUUUUAUGUAAAUACCACGGUAAAGUCAGUUUUAGGUUGGAUAUCCAACAGACAUUCACUGCGGUUCUACCAGUUUGUCUUCUCACUCUCCAUAACUGGUAAUAGCAACAGCAGCGCGGUUAAAUCUACUCUGCAUCCUCGCUGUCAACGUCGGGUGUUGAAUAAGGGACCGUCAAUAAAGUACCGGUUGAUUUUCUCAGAAAAGGCUGUUUUCCUUCAAUAGCUUCAGUGUUAUGUCCAUUUAAACAAUAAUACUUAUGUCAAACAAUAAGACACACCUCUUUAUUUCCCUAAUUUGUUUUCUAAAAAUUUUUAUGUUAAAUUUAAAGGCAAAUUUUUAACAUUUUCUUCAAUAGCUUCCAUGACAUGUGACCAAAAGACCUAAAAUUGAUUUCAAAUAAUAGUACUCAUGUCGACCAAUGAGACAAACAUUAUUUGAUCAAUUUGCAUUGUGCCCCUUAAGUUCUUUAUGUGCUCCUUACUUUUUCAACUUAAGAGCUCAAGCGCUCCUCAUGAAAAAGGUUAAUGUCAAGCCCUGCAUUAUUUAUUAACAAAUAACAAAAAGAAGUAAGAUUUCAAUGUAAACAUUUAGUGCAAAAGGAUAGACAGACAUAGAAUAUAGAGCGAACAGAAUCGCUGUGUCGCUGUGUAUGAUAUUAAUUAAAAGAAAAAAAAGACUGGAUUGGCAUCAGAUAUCCGAUCCAGUUAAUUUGUCAAUAUCGGAGCCGAUAUCCGAUUCACAUAUCGGAUCAGUGCAUCCCUAGUUUCAAUAAAGUUAAUUUUCUAGAUCUUAAAAAUUAUAAGAAAAGUUUCAAAAUUCCUUUUAAGCAACACUAAGAAAGAAAACAUCACGGCUGCAGUGUUGUACUGUUAGUACUGUGUGUGUUGUUGCCACAUGUGAGUGACAGUCAGGCGGAGAUUAUUUCAAAUUCAAAUACGAGUUUCUCCCUAAUAGUACUUCUUUGUGAGUAUUUGUGCCGCCAGUUUGAAUGUCUCCUUUUUUUUUCUUGUUUGUACAAAAAGAGAUAAAUGUCUUUAUAUAAGAUAGCAGAGGAGCAGGAGCUAAUGUGGCUGUCAGGAGAGAUAGAGAGAGGUACAAACAGAAAGACAGUAAACAGAGAGAGAGAGAGAGAUAGCAGUGACAGCAUCUCUUCCUUGUCCAUUUGCAUAAACCAGCCUUUGUUUGACGCCAGUGGCCGGCAGCCAAGCGCCAACAGAAGGACGGAAGUUAAACUAAAAAAAAAGAGAGAGAGAGAAAGAGAGAGAGAGGUCCUCUUCCAGAAAAAAAUCUUCCACCAGAAAUAAAAAAUAACAAUUAUAACUAUUCAAAAAAAAAAACAACACAUCAGUUACUCCUCGCUAAACAACCGUUCUUUUGCUCUUUAGAGGACAGAAUAACAAUUCUGAGAAAACAAAACGGCGUCUUGGAGACCGGUAUUAGCCGACAUGAAAGUAAUUGAGCCGUGCGCAGGAUGAUUUUGAGGAGGAAGAUAGAGGGAGACGUGGAAAGAAGAAGAAGUGUUUAUGAAUAAUGAAGCUCCUUCCAAGUUGUGAAUAUUACGCUGUGUCUGUUGCUGUGGAAAUACAGGCCAGAGACUGUUUUGUGUGAUACAAUGGUAUUGCAUAAAUAUUCCCAAGUAUGUUCACACCAUAGCAGCUCAAGACAUAAUGCUUUUAUUUAAUUGGAAAUUAAUUGAAUACAUAAAUAAGAAUAGGAAAACCCAGUCCUCUUUUUUUUGUUUGUUUGUUUGUUUGCUGGAGCAGUUAUUGAAACCGUUUCUCUUCAUUUUAGACCAAAUUAAAACAUUGUUUUUGUCUCUUAUUGUCAGAAGCCAAUAAACAUUGCAGAGGCAAAAAAAAAAAAAAGACACUUCUGGCGUGUCCCAUCUGGCUACGCAAAUUUCUCAGAGUCCUCUGUAUGUCUGCGUCUCUCCCUCUCUUUUUCACCUUGAGAGAGCCGGGCUCUCCGGCCUGACCUCGAUAGCCUGAAUGUUUUCCCUUUCUCCCACGAUGCACCUGGAGGGGACAUGGCCAUCUCAGGGCCUGUCAGAGAGGCUGUUAGCGCUUCUCCCAUGGGGUGAGGGAGGGGGCUGACAGUGGAGAUGUCCCUCUCUAUCCCUCUCUGUCACACAAACAGAGGCCGGGCCACUAAUGGCCUCUUCUUCCAGAGCUUUUUAGCCGGCGUCUUCUUUUUUGUUUGUGUGCUCUCGAGUAUUCAUUUAUUCAUGUCGCCCUUUUCUUCUCCUUUCUUCCCUCCACCCCUCUCUUUCUCUUUUUUCUUUUCUUGCCCCCCCCCCUCCCUCCCUCCCUCCCCAACCUUAACUCAACACUUGUCUGUCUCUCUCUGUCUUCUCUCUACCUGUCUCUCUGACCUUGCAGCAAUUGUACGCGGCUCAGCUGGCGGCCAUGCAGGUCUCCCCGGGGGCAAAGCAGCACGGAGGAAGCCUGCCUCCCCAAGCCAACCUGGGUACACACUCCCCACCCACCAACACACACAGUCACAGCGACAAGGGCCGCAGCACCCCGCCUCCAAACAAAACCAAGGUAAGGGAAAAGCGAAGGCCCCCCUGCAAGUGUCAUUGCUUGUGCGUGUGUGUUGAAUACCAGAAAUGCCAGGGGAUGCAGGGAAAUAAGAGUCUGAAAACCAGAUUAAAGGACACUCAUUCAUAAAGUCCACAUGCACAUAGACAUAUCUUAACUUCACUAAUCUGUGCUCUGAAUCCUUGGAAAGCGGUCCUGCAGUCCUCCUGCGUCCCCUUUGGCCUUUCUUGUGUUACAACAGAGACUGAAAAAAGUGAAUGUCUGCCUGGAGGAGAUUGUGCAUGUGCCGAAGAAGUGUGUUCGAGCUCGUUCGAUGGAUCCUUCACAUUUCGAGUCCCCUCAUACUAAUGCGCAUCCAGGUUCGAAACCUGAAUCCUCGCCGCCAACUUUAUCACAAACUCCAGCUGGUGUACGGUAUGAGGAUGUAGCGGUGUUUGUGCCGUUUUCUCGGCUCGCUGCACAAAAGAGGAAAAAGGACGCCUCGUGUCCAUCCAAGUGGAAUUCUAUGAAUAUCUGGUCAGGCGUUGGGACCCCGACCAACAUCCCUCCAAACACACACACACACACGCACACAGACACAAACGCCAUGGUCCCUGCCAAACCUCAGUCCACCAAAAGACCCCCUGCAGGUGUAGUGGUCAGCCACAAGUCAACACAAACAGACUCUGAGACAUGGGAUCGGACUUGAGCAGGACAACACCAUCAGAGUCCCACAGAGUUUCCGUGUCUGAUUGUGCUAAUCCCACUUUUUAUCACAUAAAUCAGUUUCACAACUUUCUUCUUCUUUCCUAUAACUUUCCUGUCCUGUCCCAGUCUUCUUUCAUCUCCUCUCACUUUACUUCAUCAUAUUCUUCGUUAUCUCUCCUUUCUUUUAUUUUGCACCUGAUCAGCUAAUAGUUUCGACUAACAACACGUAGACACACUCACACCCGGAGAACAAACACACAUCGAAGUUUACAUCUGACCUUGCACCUGGUCUCCCUCGUCCAUCAUCCCCUUACAACAUGUCACUCACAAACCCAGGGCACACUUUACCAUCCCACCCCACUGACACCUGUCUUAUUACCAUAUAUAUGGACUUGGGCUGACAGGCAAGUGCCACGACCCACAGUGGAGGGGCUUUGGAGGGCCGUAAUGGCCUCGACGGUCCAGCAGGAGUGGCAGACUUGGGAGCAGACCCACAUGGCACCCAACAGGCCCUGUGGAGCCGGACUGGCCAGUUGAUUGCACCACAAUAUUGAUGUUUUUCUUUCACAUGCUCCCUCACAGUUAGUAAGCAUUGAGAGACAAAGUUUAAGAUACAUGCCCUGUGGUGUUUUAUGUUGGUCUAUCUUUUCAUUUUUUUCUUUUCUAGCUGCUGUUUUGUGUCACUUUUCCCCGCUAGACUUUACACUGACCAGAGCCUGGCUCUUAUUCACUCUCCUAACCACCUCUCCUCUUUCUCUCUCUCUCUCUCUCUCUCUCUCUCUGAGUGAGUGACAUGUAUAUUUCAAAGGUGUUCUCCCCCUAUGGGCCUCAUCUCAACUCUCUAGUCAUUUAGAGCCACGCUGUCUGCCUCUGCUCACAGCUGUUUGGACUCAGGCGCAUACCGCUUAAGUGCUUUACCCUCGGGUGAGACACCGGCGCACAUACACUUGCACAGAUGCACACAACACACAGGUGUUGGAUAAGACACCAUGCCAAAUCGAAAUGGUGCUGCCCCAUCACACACACACACACACACAUACACACACACACACACACAGGAAGAAAUCACUGCAGCAUACAUGUAGCUUUCGCAUACACAAGAGUGGAUCUUUAAAUGAAGGCAGGCAUGCAUACUGACCCAUACAAUAGUGCGAUUCAGAUGUUGCACCGUAUGCAGCCUAUUCGCUGACAUGCAAAACUCACACGCAGAAGCUAGGUGCAUGUAUUCAAUGCACAAUAUUGACACACCUGUUUUAAACGCUUCUCCUCAAGAAGUUUAAUCUUUUUUUAACACAUUUCUGAAAACAAGAAGUACUUGCUGGGUCAGAUUUUGCAUAAAAUUGUUGAAAUUUCAUGUGUGAAAUGAAAUAAGUGGAUGAAACUAGGAGUGUCCCGAUACAAUAUUGAUAUCAGAUAUGGGUCCGAUAUCAGCAAAAAAGAAUAUCGGAUACAAGCAGUCUAUUCCAGACUCCGCUCUGGCACCUCUAUCUAGCAGCUCCCGGAUCCAGCAAAGUAGUAAGGAGUCAGAGUGAUGUUGGCCUUGUGGCAAUAUUUUUGUUUAAGUCCAAAAAAGAUGUUGCAGCUGAGUAAAAAACUUGUAAUGCACAAUUUUGUGCAGAUAUCGGACCAAUAUUAGUAUCAGUCAAUAUUGAAGGCUACAGUAUUGGUAUCAGUCAUUAUUAAAGGCUACAAUAUUGGUAUUGGUCAAUAUUGAAGGCUACAACAUCGGUAUCAGUCUAUUUUAAAUGCUACAAUAUCAGUAUCAUAUUGGAAGUCAAAAAGUUGCAUCGGGACGCCCCUAGAUGAAACUGUUAAUAUGUUCUGAAUUAACUUAGUCGACCUGAAUGACACACUUAGUUUCUAUUAUAGAAAUUAAAAACUGAGUUUAAUGAUAAAAGUCAAACAACUCAAAGCUAAUGUGUCAAGAUUACAGAAUCGAGAGUUUAUCAGACACAAAGAUCUUCUUUCAGUCUAUUGAACCGAAAUUUUUUUAAAGACAGUGUUCAGUCACAACAUUCCUGCUCUGAUUAGAAAAACAAACACAAAAAUAUUAUCUGUCUAGACUGUCAAGGUGAAGCCACAUUAACAAGACUGUUUUUCCCUCCAACACAAAUUAGCAGAAAAUUUCGAGUGCAUUUACAUACUUGAGGAGUUAACGUUUGAAUCGCUGCCACACACUGUAAGAAACAGUGUCAAAUCUGCCACUUGUGUGUCGUCUGCUGUCUGGGUGAAUUAGAUAUGACAAUAUAAUUAAUAUCCAAACAGUCACUUAUAGCUGGGAGCGAAAGGAGAGAAGAGCGGGUAAAAAAAAAAAAGAAGAGAGGAAAAAGCAGAGAGAAAGAUAAAAGAAGAGAGGCUCAUGUAAAGGUCUUGACAUGGACACACACCUGAACACACAGACACCUGCCCAAGAUAAACGGCGGCGGCAUAAACACUUGUCCUCUUAAUUGAACCGUCAGCCCCCAUGAUAAGAUGCAGAACCCUGAUGUCGCUCUCACAUGUCGGAAACACAGCCCACACACACUCACACACACACACACACAUUAUCUCUCCCCUCCUGCUUCUUCUUUGUCCCUCUGGCUCUCCUCGUCGUCUCUCUGCAUGUUUUCGGUCUUAAAGCUGGAGACAGUUUCAUCAGCCAAGAGAGGCACAAAAGCAAUUGUAUUAAUUCCAGAUUCCAAGCCUUACAGAGGCUUUAGAGGCCUAACACACACACGCUCAUAAACACACACCCUCACUCGGAUACGCGCGCACGCACUCACACACACACUGUCAUGAGAUUUAAAGCUUGUUGAACAAUGUCUCACAGUGACAAACACACACACACACACACACACACAUUAACAAGUCGGUCCAAGCCUCUCAGCCUGACUGUCUAAACUAAUUCCUCCACACUGGCAUAAUGCAGGUUGGCCACCUUCCCACCGUAGGAUUUGGCUUGGCGCGGAGGGGAGACUCCCCCAUCCACUGUACAAGAGGCUGAGGCAUUAUCUAUUUGUAAUAAAUAUUCAAACACAUCCCCAGCCAAAGCCCACCAUAAUAUGGGUCAGGAUUGAGAAGAUCCCACUCAGUUUUUCUUUCCUUCUUUCUCUGCUCUUCCUCUCCGGCCCAUUGUCUCACUGAAGGCAUCUUUGGGGGUCCUCCUUCUUUUUAGAAAGACCUCCCUAAUGAAGGACAAUCCGGUUAGGCCUCAUCGCUCACACACACACACACACAUAAAGUGAUGAUCGCGCACACACACGCACGCACAGGCUUAAUUGGAAGGGCUUAAUUGAGUUGUGAGGGGCUCAUAAGCUUAGAACGACUCAAGGAGUGGGAAUCAGGGAAAGUCGGCCUUAAUGAGUGGAUAUGCCACACACACUUACACACACGCACACACACAAAGUGCUCGCUCUUCUAUUGGAUCCCACUAUAUACUGGUUUCUGCUCUGCCUAAGCAGCAAUUAGACUAAUGACCAGUAAAUAAAGACAAAUAAUACCUCUGUAUUCCAUGGUUUUAAUUCAGCUAUCACACACCUGUAGUGUCAAAACUUCACUAAUUGGCUUUAUUUAAAAAAAAAGUGCACGUGAUGUAAAUUUGGCGUAAAGAGUUUGGAUGUAAACCAACUUACAGAUGCUGUUGUUGUUGUGUCUCCGUAAUUCUGCGUCUACCUUUUAAUUGUGGAGUUUUAAUUACACAGAGUGGUCUGUCUGUGUGCAUCUGGCCCCUCUGUGAUUUAAUUCCUUUCUUCUCGUCAUGUGACCCUUUGAGAUCGCCCUUGAUUGGAUUAGGUCAUCAGCAUGGGGUGGUGUUGCUAUGACGAUUAAUGUGAUAACAGCCCCCGGUGUCUCGCAGUGGUCCACAUGCCAAUUCAUUUAGGGACUACUGUCUGUUUCCAUGCAUUGAGGUUAAUCACUGUGUGAAGACAUCUUCUGAAACAGAUACAGAACUAAAAGGAGUGACGGUUAAAUCUUGUUUCGCGUCAUGAUACUUUCAUGAGAAUACAGCAGGAAUCGGCUACAAGGGCCUCAGAAAAAAAAAAAAAGCUACUUCAGAGGUUAUUGAUCAGUCGCUGCAUUUGUGUGAAAGAGCCGCCCCGCCGCCCCCUCCAACGCUGAUUUUCACAGCCAUGAAGGUCCCGAGUUUCUAAUGGAGCAAGUGCACAUUGAAGUGGCAGACAGGCCUCUGCGCUGUUUGCUGCUUGAUACGCGGAGACGUUACCACAUCUUUAGACUCUCCCAGCUGUGAAGUCUGAGGAGGUUGUUGUUUUUGUGAAACACAGACAGAGAGAAACGUCUACUGUAGUUUUGAGGACGAUUUUGAGCUUUUAGUUUCUUUUUUUGUGCAGUUGCUCUCGCUUUAGGAGAAGCAUCGCAGUGCAUGUUUUACCGGAGCCUGCAUGUGGUGUGCACAUGCAUGUGCAUGAAUCUCUUUUGCUACACUGUGAUGGAAUUGAGUUUGCAUGUGAACGUCAGUGGUUUGCACCAAAGUUUCUCAGUACUUCUUCUUUUAUUUGUGCUGUUAGUCGUUUUAUGAUAACCUGUUUGGAAACAGGCAGUGGCAUGCACCUCAUCAUCUGUCCCACCAGGCUUGCAUAAGAUUCCUUUGCAUGGGCUUCCGUGUAAUAACUACAUGUAAAAGCCUAAAUCACAAGUGGUCUCAGAAAGGGGGAGGGGUCGGCCCCGCCCCCUCUCGCCUCCCACUUCCAAAUUCUUAUAGUGGUCACAGCAGGCGAAACUGUGCUGUUUUGGUUUUUGCAGGACAGUGAGGGUGCACAGCCACUGAACCUGUCGGCCAAGCCUAAGGCAUCCGAGAGCAAGUCACCCAACUCCCCCCCAACUUCCCCACAGGUUCCUGCUGCUGCUGCCACCAAGCUUGGCCCCGCAGGCUCCAUGAAGCACAGCAUCGCCCCCUCCAGCAUCGGUGGACCGCAAGCCAGAGUUAGCUCAAUUGGUAAGUGGACAACUGUACAUACACACACACACACACACACACACACACACACGCACACACACACACACAGCACGCAACAGGAAGUGGAAAUACAUUUUGUGUUUAUUUUUUACUUAUUUAUUUUAAAUACUGUCCCCACUAAAAGUAGUAAGAUUGCACCUGUGACAUGAACUCAUAGAAGGUAAAGGAAAUCACUUACCAUAGGAACUGCACUUUAAGUCACACAGGUUUAUGAGAGACACAUGAAUAUAGGGCUGGGCGAUAUGGCCUCAAAUCAAUAUCACAAUGUAUUGAGCAGUUCACCUUGAUGACAAUAAAAGGACGAUAACUACUCCACAAGCUACUCACCCCUUCCACAUUAACUUCAUCUACUACACCCGUCUUUCCCUCUCUGUUCUGACGUAGGACAGCGUCUUAAAGGGACAUGAUACUAUAGCCUACCUACACACAUCCAAAAACAACUUUUAUUUUUUUAAUUUCUUAGACACCGAAUAUGUUGACAUGAACAAAUUGACGUCGGUUAUUGUCAUAAAUUUCUGUGUCUGUAAAUUUUUGUUUUAUCGUCCAGCCCUACAUGAACACAGUCAAGGAUGUGUAUUUUCUAUGCUUUGCAGCUCUUUCUUACUCCGUCCAUUGUUGACGUCCUGUCAGCUAUUUCACCAUAGAUUUCUGAACCAUUGGUAGUCAUGAAGUAUCAAUAGUCCCACUGCCUAUAAGCAAAGGUGCUUUAACAAAACCUAGGUAGGGAGAAAAGAAUUAUAAGGCAGCGUUGGUGGACCGGUCUGCCUCGUGAUGCUUUGAUUUGUGCACCAGGGCUCGCCUCUUUGGGCCUAAACUGGUUGCUCUGGUGCACAAAAAAGUCAGAGGUAAGAGGGUUUUAAUGGGCUGAAAAGACAUCUGAUAGCACAGGAAAGAAGUCUUACACCUUUACACGUUGGAGUUAAACCUGCAACCUCCUGGUAUCCCCUCAGCAACAUCCACAUAAGCAGUUUUAGAGUAAAGAUGACCGCGCUUUUCCUGCUGAUAUGUGAUCGAUUGUCAGAAAUUAGUUAUAAUAGUCAUGCUUUAGGUUUACUUGUCAAGAAUUCCACUUAAUUUGAUGCACAUCGUCAUUUUAAUCCAUUUUAAAACACAGAUUUUGCACCCAGUGUAAGUGCAUCAAACAUUUAAACCAAAAGAAUUAAGAAAUUGUUGUUUGAAUUAAAAUCUGUGUCUUCCAGGAAAAUAGCAGUGGCCUCUCUGGUGGUGGCGGUGAUGACAAGAAUAACAUUUCCCUUGUAGUGUUUCUAUUGUUGCUAAUGCCUGCGCCAUAAUCAUACCCGGCCAUAUGUAUACAUACAUAAAAUAUGACAUAAAUGAAUCACCAUUUUGUACUCCUAAUCCAUUUUUCACGCAACACUGAUAGUUCAAAUAUUACACAUAUGUAACAGGCUAUAAUUAGUGUGUUUGUGUUUUUCCUCCGUGCCGCUAUUUGCCUCCGGGCUGCUUCAUUGUUAUGUGUUUAUUAGUGACUGAAAGAGACAGAGAGACAUAGGAGCGAGGGGAAGGAGAGAGAGAUGGGGAUUAGCCGUUUUUUUUUUUUUUUUUUUUCCAAGCGAUGAAGCGGGGGAAUAAUAAAGAGAGAGGAGCGCAUGACAGACAGGAGGUAUCACCAAUGAGAUUAGACAAGCCUCUUACACGAGCCAGGACACCGCAAACACCCAGCAUUAAUGACACAAUGACAGCACACACACUCAUGCACACACACAAAAGCUCACAAUCCCACCUCCUCCUCCUGUGCAAUAGACAGUUAGUCAUUUUUUUCUGACUUCUUGGCUAAUCUCACUGUUUUUCAACAAAUCGGCGGAUUUAAUAUCAGAUUAGUGGAUUUGCAGUCCCAGAUGUUUUUUGUUCGGAAAAAUGGAUUACAGUGUUUAAAGUUUGUGUGUGAUCCCUGCUGAAUUAUUUGUGUGUGGGGACCAGCGUGUUUUGCGCCGCCGAUCCCAGUGUACGCCGCACAGCUCCCCGUCCCAUCUGUUGCCACCGGGGUUUAGCCGGUCGCAUUUGUUAUCGCAGUUCAUCGUCGUAUUAGGAUUCCCGUUACAAGUUCAGAGGGGAUAGAGGGCGCAGACAAAUUGGAGAAGAGUCGAGAGGAGGCCGUUUUGAUGUGGGAGCGAUUAUUCCUGCAUGUGUGUGUGUGUCUGUUUGUCUGUGUGUGUGUGUGGGUGGCACAGAGUAUGAAUAUGUGCUCAGAUUGUACAAAUUCAGACGUGCAGACAUGCUCGUGGUAGACGCUGAGGAAAUUGAAAAGGUGGCAGAGCUCCACUGAGGGAUCAGAGAGAUUAAAGAGUUUAUUUAUACGCUCAAAAGAAAGAGCAAAGUUGCAGGUUAGAUAAUGUUGAAUUUUAGAAGCACAUAUUAGUGAAUAUUAGUGCAUAUAGAGUUAAAACACACUUCUAUUUUAAGACUUAACUCUCAUCAAACUCGUGAUAAUGCGUCUUUAGUAGCACUUUACUUAACGUCUAUCUUUAUAAUUCAUUAUAAAUAUAUGUAUAAUGCAUUAUAAUCACGUUAUAAACACUCAUAAAUUAUCAUAAUGCUUAAUAGCAAUAAUCAUAACACAUUAUGAAGCAUUUUAUCAUGAAUUACAAGGUCAGGUAUUAUAAUGUGUAAUAUAUACACAUAUAUUUAAGAUGUGUUAUAAUUUGCUUAUAAACUUGUAUCACUAUUAUAAUAAACACUCAUUAAUUAUCACAAGUCUUUAUAACAAUAAGCAUAACACAUUAUAAUACCUAACCUUGUAAGUCAUGAUGAAAUUCUUUAUAAUGUGUUAUGAUUAUUGCUAUUAAGCAUUAUUAUCAUUUAUGAGUGUUUAUAACUAUAGUUAUACAGUGCUAUAACAUGAUUAUAAAGCGUUAUAGAGAUACGUGUCAAGUAAAGUGUUAAAGCGUCUUUUAUAAUAUGAAUAACACAAACAGUAUAGCAGGAUUUCCAAUAAGAUCUAUUCAUGUGUUUUCUCUUUGGACAGUCGGUUAAAAGAGCUCAUAUUUGUGCAUCAUAUAAUAUAAAAAUGUACGCCUUUAGAAAACUGUGAAUACAUCUUUUUUUUUUUGGCUUCAACAAGAAAGUCUAAAAUCUGCUGCUGUUGCUGUGAUUAUGCACACUCAGUCUUCCUGCGUAGAAAUCUGGGUCAUAUCUGCAGGUAAAACGAUUAUUAAACUGUGUUCAUUCCUAAUAGUGUCACCCUUCUUACACCACUUCUCCUGAGUUCAUCCGUUCACAGCGCACCUAUCUUUCUUCUCUGACACCUAAUAACCCAAAGGCACGCUCUCUUAUUCCUUCUUCAUCCGUCCAUCAAUCCAUCAAUCUCUCUACCCUUCGUGAACUCAGCUGAGAGGCUGUCAGCGCCUGUAACCUUAACCGCUAUAACACAUUUGUCUUUGUCCCCCCCUCGUCAUAAAAUACCGCAGUCCCCCUGACCUCCCCGGCUGCCCUGUUUCUGCGGUGCAAAUGUAUUGUGCCUGUCUGUAGAGAUUUGGCACUCAAAGAGAAACAAAACUUGUGUGUGUGUGUUUUAGUGAAAAACAGAAACAGAGAGAGAGAGAGACCCUCCUCCCUCCUCUCUAUCUGGGUCACACUCACUGUCUGGACGGUUGGCAUCGCUGUCAGUUUAAGCGAGACUCACACACACAUUCAUAAGUGCAAGAAUAUCUCCCUGUUCCCCCUCCCUCUCGCUCUUUUGAAUCUAGAUUAAAAUUGACUGCCACCCGAUUCCAUCGCCCUCUCCGCUCUCCCUUUUCUGCCCUCUGUCAGCAUCCACCCCGCUGCCCCUCUGCCCCCUUUUUUUUUUUUUUUUGGCCCCGGUUCCAUCCAGAUUUUCCGGUUAUGACUUUUGAAAGAGUUCACAGCUCUGUCAUUACCAAUCUGAAGCUGGUAAUCUGGCCUGAGAUGGCAUUAGCCGUGCGGAUUAGCGCUGAUAAAGGCCCCAUAAGCCAGCCGCAGCUCUUUGUUAAGAGCAAACCCGACUGAUAGAGAGAGGCGAUAGCAGCACACACACACACACACACACACAACCACGCAUACACACACACACACACAGUCAAAGCAGAUGCCUCAUCGGAGGCUAAGCUGCGGAAAUAAUACAAAUAAUAGGUGGUGAAGGAGCAGAGAGAUGUGAUCUGCAUUAGACGGCGAGACAGAUGUUCUCCACGGGUGAAAUUAGCAGGACUUUCAAGCUGUAAUACAGUCAUCAGACCACCUCUCUGCAAGACAGGGCCUCCUCGGAUAAGAACAAGUGUGUGUAUGUGUGUGUUACUGUGUGUGUGUGUGUUACUGUGUGUGUGUGUGUGUAAGAAAACCAGGCUCAAGAAAGAAGAGUGGUCAGGAGUGUGUGUUUACAGCUGAGGGCAGGUGGGCAGCUUGAAGCAGGGCUGACUCGGGGCACACUCUGACUCACACACCCAGCUUGACAGUCAAGUGGUCGGUGUGCGAUUGUGUUUAUGUGACACACACACACAUACACAAAUACAAAAACAUGUAACUCCCAGUCUCCUCUCAGUGAUUUUUUUUUUAACAUUUAAACUCAAACCACGGUAAAUAAAUCCAAAACUGAUCGCACGUUUUCACUCUCUGCCCCUCUGUCACCGUCCGUGUCUCAGCAGACUUGCUGUCGUCGCUAUCCUCCACAGCCUACCUGAACGACCACGAGGCCGUGACCAAGGCCUUCGCCGAGGCCCGGCAGAUGAAGGAGCAGCUGAAGAGGGAGCAGCAGGUCCUAGACGCAAAGGUCGCCGCCGUCAGCAACCUCAGCCUCAACAACGGACGCUCAGACAAGGUAAAAACCGCUGAAUGUGGCGCCUUUAUCGCUGCUCUGUGAAUAAAACUUAGAACUUUAUUUGUCUCUUUGUGGUUUAACAACGAAACAGAAACUAGUUAGUUUGAUUAUAUAAAAAUAAAGAAUAAAUCAUUUGACUGUAGCUGCAAAGUGUGUAACCUCCUUAUUAGUUUAUGUCAAAGUGCCGGCUGUUAACCAGAAUUAUCUCUCAUAAUUUAAUAUAUUAUUGAAUUAUAUUAAUUAUACAAAUAAGACAGAAGUUUGACAGACUGAAAGUACUUUAAAGAGGAUGAUUUCCCCUCAAAAUACUGAAUUUAUAUUGACCCUAAAAAAUGAUAUUUAUGGUUUAAUUUGGACAUUUUUUCACAUGGAGAAAAAUGUAAGAAAAAGCUGAUCACAUCUGUUAUGAGUACACGUAAACUUCAGAAAUAUAAAAUACAUCUGUUUCCAAAUUGUCUAAAUUUAAAAUCAUUUAAAAUCGUAAAUAAAAACAACAAUCUAAAGUCAGCCCAGGCUGCGGCGUCUCUUUGUCAGCGGGUUAUAAUUUGUCUUGCCAUAUGCCAUCCGCUCUGCACCAUGUAGGAGGUAAAUCGGUGUACAAUGCACACGCAGGAAUGUGUCGGAGCUAAAAAGGGCCAGAUAAGGUAAAACCAGAGGCGUCUCAAAAGUAAUGAGUGUGUCUGUAAGGCUCACUGCAGGGCUACAGGCGUGUGUGUGUGCGUGUGUGUGUGUGUGUGUGUGUGUGUGUGUGUGUGUGUGUGUGUGUCCGUGGAUGUGUGUGGCAGAGCGGAGCGUCGGAGAGACGGUAAUGUGAAGUGACGGCGCCGGCUCCUCGGCAGCGUGGCUAAAUUGUGGUUAUUUGUUAAACACAUUGGGAGUCAGCUGGUGCACACGCAUACACACACACACACACAGAAAACACACACACACACUCGGAGAACAACAGUGUGCUUGAAGCAUCUGCACCGCUGACAUUCAACAGCUCUAUCUGUCUCUUUCUUUCUCUUUUUUUUUCAGCCUCUCUCAUCUGAUGUGUUUCAAACAGUCAAACCCACACUGAUCUGUAUUCAGUCCCGGCGUUUUGUGCACAUUUAGACAGAGUGUACAGAGUAACGUACUGUACAAAAUAAUAGCUUAAGCCUAAUAGCCAAUUAGAUCCACACCAGGAGAAAUUGGUAUUUUCUACGGGGAGUGAAGGAACAUCAACGUUUUUAUUUCAGGAGCGUUUUACACAGCUCGUUCCUGCAUUAGAUGGAACUAUUAAGCUUUUUUUUACUCCAAUGCAGAGGAUAAUAAUAAUAAUAAAAGUCUUCACAUAUAUUUUAAAGUUAAGGUUAGAAAUUGAAAUAUCAGGAUUUGAUUUAUUUUAACAAAUGCCCCUCGCGCUCACACACUGAUUUUUUUUGGCUUUGUGCUGCACGAGUGCGAAGCGGGGCGAGCUCCCUGCGUGCGAAUACAACAGUGUCAUCUCUGACACACUCAGAGGAUUAGUUUUGUCGCUACUUUGUGUCUUGGCUCCAGUGUCAGCCAUUCAAUCCACUUUCCUCAUGUACUGUACCGGGGCUUAAUGUCAGACUAGCCUGUCAUCCACUCUGUCUCUCUCUCUCUCUCUCUCCUCAUCUCUCAGAGCUCGCACAUCUUUGCUCUUUCUCUCUCGAUCAGGUAACUUCUCUGAUUUACAAACAAUCACCACACCAGCCCCGAAUCAGCGGGAGAUUAUUCUUCCUCUAUUAAAACACACUUAAUCCAAAAUUGAAUACUUUUCAAUAACUAGAAAAAGGAUAUUUUCUGCCUCGCUUUUUAGUCUUUUUAGGCACAUUUAUUCCAACCUGGGGGAGGGAGGGGGGAAGAGAAACGAUCGCUAACAAUUAAACUCUGUCGGACUAAAAACAGAGAAAAUGCUUUCAUUAUCAUUCUGCCCUCCCUCCAUCCAGCCCAACAGCUCGCCAGGGUCACAUGUAAAUGGAGAGGGACACUUUUUGGAAGGUUGUUUUAGAAGACGACAGUGUUUUGCGCGCCGCUCCUAAUCGUAUAAUUAAACUGUAAAACGCUGGCACUGAUUCUCCGCUGUGUGUGUGUGUGUGUGUGUGUGUGUGUAGACGCCGUCCGCAGUCAGGUUCCAGCAUAGAGUGUGCCGGCUGCUUGCAUUAAGCAUGUAAAUGCUCAGUAAAUCAGCCUUUUAUUGGUUGUAAUAAAUACCCAGGGGGCCGUGCGGCGUGGCCUCGCUCUCGUCCGCGCUGCACUCUCUCGUUCUCUCUCUCUCUAAUGCGUCGACCCUCGGGGGCCUCUGCAAGAGAGAGGCAAGCCGCGGCACUCCACUCUCGCAGGUGGCUGCCAGGAGUGGCUUCACACUUCACACAAACACACAUAUAAUAUACAGUACACACACACACACACACACAAAGCGGUAAACAUCCAAAUAGGACUAAAUGUAAUCAACAUUCUUGCACAAGCAAACAGAUGUGUGUUGAAGCAUGCAGGCGCGCCGCACUCUAACAAUUUGAUGUUGACAUUAACAUUCCCACAAAUUCACAUGAAAACAAACUCAAAUGCAAACUGUCCGCUCAAAAACCAGCGCUAUUAUUCCUCCGGAUGAAUUCGACUUUUAUUCACGGGCGUAUUUCAGAUCGAAGAUGAUUUCUUUUUGCAUCUUCAGACACGAACUCUCUCGUAAACAGUCGGGCUGAAGGCCGUCAGCGAACCGAUUUGACGGAGAAAAGUGACAUUAAACACUUUGUGCUGCUCUUAUGCGAUAAAUAGUUUAGGUGAUGAAGACUUGAGAGGAGUGGAAUCUGGAAUCUAUGUCUGUGUGAGUGUGAGCGCUCGCUGUUUUUCCAUAUCAUCACAGCUCGGCGGUUUCACUCAUUCAUACGUUCAGAAUCAUUGACUCACUCUCUGACCGACUGCAACUGUGAACUGUUUGUGUUGUUUAGGACAAGGCUGCCUUGGAGAGUCUGAGUCAACAGCUGAAGCAGCAGGCGGAGGACAAGUUCAGCCACGCCAUGCUGGACUUCACCAUGAGUGGAGAUUCAGAUGGUAGGAGCGCACACGCAGACACACACAAACACAAACGCACAAUCCACCAUUUUUUUUAAAGAGAGAAGAAGUUUACGGUUCUUUAUAUCAUUUCUCAGCUCAUUCUUUCACCCUCUGUCCUCCUCAGGCUCCCCGAGUGUGUCCGACUCCAGAAUAUUCCGGGAGGCGCGGGGUCGCGGCAACACCGAGCCGCACAUCAAGCGGCCGAUGAACGCCUUCAUGGUUUGGGCCAAAGACGAGCGGAGAAAGAUCCUCCAGGCCUUCCCUGACAUGCACAACUCCAACAUCAGCAAGAUCCUCGGUGAGGCUUCGCGCUCACGUGGUCGUCUUUGAAUGACAGGAACCCCUUUUUCCCCUCCCCUUUUCUUGGUCACCCCGCUACACGAUGAAGAUGCACGCGCCGCGCUUUUCCCGUUUCCUGCUUUUUCAGACGCACAUACACACACGUUGAUUUCAUUACACGCGGUGGCAUCGUGUAAGCGGCUGUUAAUGAACGGCUGGGGAGAGCACGGCUCCGACAAAUGAUGAUAUAAUUCAUUAUGCAUUAAACAAGCAGCGCGAGGCCGCCUGACAUUUCCCCCGGACCGCCGGGAUCGGCCCUGACAUUUUAAAGAGCUCCUAAGCGUUUUAUAACACAGGGAAAUCUGGUUUUAAUAAGCCCCCCCACCCCCUUUCCCUCUCCUCUCUCUCUCUCCCUCUCUCUCCCUCUCUCUCUCUCUCUCUCUCUUCGCCGAUUGCUAACAGAUCGUCGACCAGAGAGAGAAAAAGACAGCGAGAGAGAGCAGCCAAGUGCUGACAGCUUUUACCCAUUAAACAUACAGUAGUCAAGUGCAAAUUCAGACCAGAUAUGUAACUCACAGGGGAGGACACGCUCAAGAUUACACACACACACACACACACUCACAAACACACACAUGCAGGGGACUGAUACCACAAACCGAGCUGAAACAGAGCGGCGAGGGAUGGCGGCAGGUUCGGCGGAGUCCUCAUUAAUGGAGAUGAAUACCUGUCGCCUCCACUGCUCUCCUCAUUAACCCUCUUUUACUUUGCCGUGUGUGUGUGUUUGUGUGUGUUUGUGUGUGUUUGUGUAAGAAAGUUAGCGUCCCUUAAAUGCUGUCACAUGUGUGUCGGUAUGCACAUGUGAUGCGGGGUCAUGCAUGUCACACGGGCGCUUGUUUGUCACACUCGCUGUAAUUGAUCUCAAAGCAGACAUACAUCAAACUGAUCCGGGGUCACGUAACAAACGGAUGUAAACUCUUUUACUGUUUUUGUAUUUGAAGUCUUUUUCGCUGCGGCUGAUUAAAACGACGGUAUCGAACCUUUUUUUUUUCCAGGCUCACGCUGGAAAGCGAUGACCAACCUAGAGAAGCAGCCGUACUACGAGGAGCAGGCUCGCCUCAGCAAACAGCAUCUGGAAAAAUACCCCGACUACAAAUACAAGCCGAGGCCUAAACGCACCUGCUUGGUGGACGGGAAGAAGCUGCGCAUCGGCGAGUACAAAGCCAUCAUGAGGUCCCGGAGACAGGAGAUGAGACAAUACUUCAGCGUGGGGUAGGAGAGCAUCCAGAUAAAAGUCCCUUAAUCGUAUAUUUUUAAAGGUUCUUGUUGUCUUCUUGGUCUGUUUGUUUUUGUUGGUGAUAAACUGAAUGUUGGAAUGCUUUGUUUCUUGAGUUUUUUUAUUUGUUUACCUUAAAGUCAGUGAUUUCCAAGGUCAAAAGUUUAGCCAUGAGCUGACUCAGAGAUCAGGGAUAAAAAAACACGAAAUCCUAUUUUCCAUGCGCAGAAAUAAAAAACUCAGAACCUCCCAGAUGUGAUCUUUGUUUAUAUCAAAUGAACAGCCCCUCAUGUUAGACACAUUCUCCUGAUGGUGAAUGAAAAGCCGCGGCCAGCUGUUGGCUCAUUUGAGCAAAUUAUAAUGAUUGAAAGCAGAAGAGGGGGGGCGAGAGAGGGAGCCCGUUUGGGUUCGAGGCGACAGCGGCGUCACGCAGGAACCGCUCAGAGUCUCUAAGUGAGGCGUCCCGACCAUAGACUGUAUAUAGAAUGGAAGCCGUCUGCGUCCUUGCUUGGUGAAUGCACUCCGAGAACAGCACCCUCUGUUGACGGGCUGCAGUAUAGGUCAUAAAUCCCGCCUCCGCCAGCAAUCCCUAUGGAGCUGUGGAUAAACUUUAGAAAUUUAUUACACUGAACAACAAAGAGUCCCCACAUCCCGUCUCUCUUUCGCUUCCUGUCAUAUAAGAGUAGGGGUGUCCCGUUACAACUUUUUCUACUUCCAAUACAAUACCAAUAUUGUAGCCUUCAGUAUCGGCCGAUACCGAUAUUUGUCCGAUAUUAGCACAAACUUGUGCGUGACGAGUUUUGCACUCAGCUGCAACGUCUUGUUCGGACUUUAACAAAAAAUACUGUACAUACUUAACAAAAAAUAUAGUACACACUGUUGUUGUGAUCAUGUGGUCUCCACAUGCUGGAUCAGGGCGCUGCUCGAUAGCAGUGCUGGAGUGGAGUCUGGAAUGGACUGCUUGUAUCAGAGAUUUUAGAUGCAAGCCGAUAUAAUCCGAUAUUUGUUUUUUUGGCUGAUAUCAAACCUUUAUCCAAUAUCAAUAUCAUAUCAGGACAGCCCUUUUUAAAAGUGAGGUUAGUGUCUGAGUAGUUGUAGUAAUUUUUAUGUUCUGUGUCUGUUACAGGCAGCAGGGACAGCUGCCCUUGUCCUCUGCAGGCGUGGUUUACCCAGGAGCCCUGUCCAUGGCAGGACUGCCCUCCCCCCAGAUGCCCUCCGAGCACUCAAGCAUGUCCAGCAGCCCCGAACCCAACACCAACCACCACCAGAACCCCCACAUGCCCGGCUUAAAAGAGGACGAGCCACGAAUCAAGGAGGAGGAGCUACGGCUGGACGACAGCAACGGCGACGUGUACGACGACUUCGACUACGAGGACGAAGAGGCCGAUUACGCCAGCGAUAAUGACAACCACAUCACCCAAUAGGAGGGCGUGAGAACCGCCUCCUUCAAAGCCAAUCACAGCUGGUUUACCCCCACACAAUCCCAAACCCACCAAUCAGGAAGAAACUUUUCCUUUUUUUUUGCCAAUCACCUUGAAUCUCACACAAAAAAACAAACCCCACCCCUUUCUUCUCCUUCCUGACUAACAUGGACUCUUAUUAACGAGCCAGACCCCCCCUCCCACUGGAGUCCUGAUACCAGCAUCUGAAUCAACUGAAGCACAGGACUGUCAAUCACACUGACUGUUACACAAAAACCAGAGUCUGGGAGGAAGAGACGACUAAGCCGGCUCUGAAGCUCGCUGAGGAAUAUUCAAAGUACUACUGCAGGAGCGAAAUGCCACGAGUGAGGAGAAAUAAACAUCAACCCUUUUAGGCCUGUUUGUAGAGAAAAAAAGGAGACGACGUCGGAGGUAAAAGACAGAACAGUGGACCUGUCAAAGGCGAACAGAUGACACUUUAAAGAUGGCGGACCUGUUUAUUAUCAAGAGACACUUUUAAAAAAACAGCUUUUUUGUUCUUUGGUUCUAUAAUAUUCUCACUCAGGUACACGGUGCCAAUAAGUGGCUUGUGAAUGUGAUUUGUUGUUUUUGUGCUAAAAGUUUGAAUAAUAAUAGAAAAAAGAGACAAUUCCUCCUUUCCCCCCCUUUUGUUGUAAAGCACCUGAAGAAAUCAGACAUGUUUAUUUUUAACGAGAACAUAUCUUUUUUUUGACAGUGCGGUCAGCAGUUCCCCCGCAGACCCCCUCUUUUUUUUUGUUUUCGGUGUUUUUUUGCGACUGCCUGCUCCCCCUUGUACAGAAUCCGAUGGGACGGUCCAGCCAGGACUGACCAGUACAGAGUGGACCGUCCCACUUGAAGGAUUUUCAAGGAGGAGGGGGGGAGACGGGGGGAGUCUGUUUAUGGAGCGGAAACAAAAAGCACUGUGUUGUGAGACAAUCCACCUCCGUCCCCACGUUUCUUAACCUCUCACAGGGCGAGACGCUCAGCGGCGGCGGCGGCGGUACCGUUUGAGGGUGUGUUUGCGCGCCGAGUCUUUUUAUUUAUCCCGCUCUUCUUCUUCUGCGAGAACGAGAGCGUUAGAGGUGUAUGAUACAGGAAGACAGGCAACUUCUUCUGCUGCUGUUAUUUACUGUACACACACUCACACACACAUAAACACUUACACACACACACACACACACACACUGCUGUUCUGCCCGUGUUUUUCCUACUCCCUCCAACCAGUACGGUCCUGCUGUCCCAAGCCGGCAGAGCUGAGAUGAAGUCAGCCAGUCAGUGUUUCUGUUUGUAUUUGAAUACUGUAUUUUAUUAUUAUUUCUCUUCAAACUGCCUCUAGUCUAAUAAUAUUAUUAACAAUAAUUAUAAGGAUGGUCAGCGUUUCCUAAGUUUAGUAAGUUAUGUACAGUAUAAUUUAUUUUUCUCCUCUUUAUCGGGUUUUUAUGACCAUAUGAAACUAUGACAGUCAAUGAAACAUUAUUCUAUUUAGCUGGUAGGUAUUUAGAUCGAAACAAACCUUGUCAUUUUACCUUGCUUUGUUUUGCCUUCUUAUGUUCCCUUCUUUUACAAGGCGUUUGUUUUUUUUGUAUUGUUUUUGUUUUUGUUUUUAUUAAUCCUCCGGACAGGCGGGUGGGCGGAGUCAGGACAGCAAGCUGAACAGAAAAGACUCAACGCCAGCCGCGUCGUCCGAGCUGAAGACGUAACCUUCUCAUGUCCAAACCCAUUUCUAAAAAGCACUCUGCCUCUGAGCGGUCAGAGGAAAAGAAGAACAUGAUUUUAUUUUAUUUUUUUCUAAUGUUAUUAUAAUUUUAUUUGUAAUGGUUAUUAUAAUGUAUAAUGUGAAGUUUCCUCUCUCUCUCUCUCUUUUUUCUCUCUUUUUUUAAUCAGUUCGAUCACUUUUAAAAAAAAAACUGUUUUCUGUGAACAAAGAGUCCCGUCCCCGUUUACUAGUUCGGACGCCUCACUUAAGACACAGUGGAGCAUCUUUGCCAUGGAUCCCCACAUACACACACACACAUAAACACACACACACUUGUGCACAAUCACAACAAAAACGAAGAGAUUAUCAUGACAACCAACCAAAUCCUAUGCUGUCCUUUUUUUUCUGUUUCUCACGAAAUCUAGAAUUUUUUAGAUUUAAAACUUGUACAUAAACUUAGAUGGAUGUUUUCUUUUCAAUCAUAGGAAAGCAGUGUUUACAUGAUCCACAGAGAUGCUCCACUGUGUGCGUGUGUGUGUGAGUGAGACGGCUGAGCAGACCUAACUUUUUAAAGUCACACUUCUCAUCAGGAGCCCUUUGCUUUGUUUGAGCUCCACGCAGUGCUACAGGAGCCAUGACUACUCUUCAGGUGUGCUGUCAACGUAGUGACCCUCCCCCCACAAUCAUUCUUGCUGUAGAUGUUUUGCUACACGCCUCAUAACGAGCCUCUGGGUCUUAAUUUGCUGUAUAGUCCCCGUCCCUCCCUCCAAACACCCCUGUUGUCGCCCCAUGGUUCAACCCAAUGCUGGAGACAGGGGAAUAAAUGGAUGAAUCCAUUUUUAAGGCGGGUGGGUGGGGCAUUAAGACGUCAAUCAUCCCUGCUGGCAAGGUCUGUCCCCCAUAUGAAGACAAUGAAAACGAGAAGACGAUAAUUUUAUUAUGAGACAAUCAAAGUCAUGAGUGGAGCUCAAAACAAAGUGAGAAUUAUUACAAGUAAAAAAUAUCUUACCAUCUCAACUUGAAAAAUCAAGAAAGAUAAUUAUGUAAAUAUAACAUAGAGUUAUAGAUUUAUAUUUUGUUCAUAACACAGUGUAAUAUAAGUUGUAUAUUUCUUUUUUUCUCUCCCUACUGUCUCUUUUAUUGAUGUUAUCCAUGCCACAGAAAAGCAGGAGUCACAGUACUCUCACAAAAAAAUGAAGAAAAAUAUCAAAGAAAUAAAAGAAAAAACAGGAAAAAAAAAAAAAAAAAGCCGUGGGCUGCCACCACCAUCUGUUCUAAGUUCACUUUUUUUUCAGUAUUACUGCCAGACAAGGCUCUAAUAAAGACAGCAAUGUGUUCGGUAAAAAA